GACCUGGACUGUCUGGGGGGAAAGAACCGUGCAUCAGUAGCCCUGCCCAUCGAGGAGGUCCUCCAGACCCUCAAUGACCUCAUCACCUACUUCCAGGUGCCUGACGCUGAGCUGGAGCACGAGGAGAAACAGAUAAUGCUGCGCUCUCUCAAGAACCGACAGAACCUCUUCAAACAGGAAGUGAGUUCAUCCACACAUGAAGUGUCGGGUCGCAAUCCUGCCUGACGGUUGCUUGGCAGCAGAGGACAAUAAAAGUCAAAAGUCAGGGGUUUCAAUUGUGAUUAAGGCAAUUUUAGUAAGUGGUCAUUGCAGGAGCCGGGCUUAAACGCAGUGUUGCCAAGACACACUGUUUUUAAAGGCUAAAUCAAUGGAUUCUUGGUACAGUAUUUCAAUGCCAUAUUGUAUUUCAGAGCAUUGCUUUUCAACUGUCAGCAGUUUUGUUCUGGGUUUUUCUGUGACAACAAUGCAGUGGAGCCUUUUGAUAAGCCUCUCUGCCCAAAAUUGUUCUCAUCAAUUAUUAAACGUCAGUUGCCUAACCUUGUGCCUGUGAUGUUAAAUACACAACGUCAACUACUCUCCCUAACUCAAACAAAAGCUGUUGCUGUGGAUUUAAUUUUCCCCAGUGGUUCACUUUGUCUUCAAGCAAUAAGUUGAUAACAUGAAUUAAUGUAAAAUAGCUGUGUGCAGUGUUUACAUAAUUGGUAUUACCAUACACAACACUGUUUCCGGCAUACACAGAUCCUGCCCUUGGAAUGUUUCAAUAACCCAUCUAUAUCCCAGCCUACACACUUCUCUAUAAUUGUAUUAACAUCCCAAAAUGACUCUUUUCCAUGCCACUCUCCCAUACAUUACAGUUGUAAGGUCAAUUUUUCAUUGUUGACAGCUGAUAGGCUUUUCAUGGAGUUAUAAAUCACCUGCAAUUUCCCUUCCUCACAGCUGGGCCUGCUGCUUAGCAUACCUGAUCGCUAUUACUGUCCUAGAUUAAUCAUCAAGGCAUAGGAGAGACUAGGAGCAGGUUAAAUGAGGACACAUGAUGAUGAUGUCAGAGUAAUGAUGGAUGUGUCUUUGUUUCAGGGCAUGCUGACGCUGGUAUCCUGCUGCAUUGACCGUCUCAACGUGUACAACAGUGCAGCCCACUUCGGGGAGUGUGCCGGGGCAGAUGCUGGGGCUUCCUGGAAGGACAUCCUUAACCUGCUCUAUGAGCUGCUGGGUGAGAGAGACAAUAGAAGAGUCCUCCAAGGAGUCUUAUAAACAAGUCAUCACACCAAUACAGUAACAAUCACAUCAAGAGUCACAGUAAAGAAAAUGGGUAAACACAACAGUAGACAAAGACAGGACAACCUGUCUGCCCCUUGUUUGCUUGUUACACACACGCGCACACAAACACACACACGCACACACACUUCACAGUAAUCAAUCACAGGGACCUGAGUCAUUGUAGCCUGCAAUGAAAGCCCUGGCCAUCUCUGUGUCCCAGUACUGCUCUUACUGCUGCCGUGGAAUUAUUUGUCUCAGCUGAGCUGGCAUUUACAGAGCCGUUUAUGGUCCUCUAGGCACCCUAGGGUGGUGUUUCCCCACCUUACACUCCUGUCUGUGAGGAUGCCUCAGUUAGGGCUGGCACAAUUACUGUAUAACCGUGUAACCAACAGGUAUGGAUGAAGACUGUCAUGAAAAUAAAAUAACAGUCAUAACCGUAAAAAAUAAUAUACAGUUGAAGUCGGAAGUUUACAUACACCUUAGCCAAAUACAUUUAAACUCAGUUUUUCACAAUUUCUGACAUUUAAUCCAAGUAAAAAUUCCCUCUCUUUGGUCAGUUAGGAUCACCACUUUAUUUUAAGAAUGUGAAAUGUCAGAAUAAUAAUAGAGAGAAUGAUUUAUUUCAGCUUUUAUUUAUUUCAUCACAUUCCCAGUGGAUCAAAAGUUUACAUACACUCAAUUAGUAUUUGGUAGCGUUGCCUUUAAAUUGCUUAACUUGGGUCAAAUGUUUCGGGUAGCCUUCCACAAGCUGAAUUUUGGCCCAUUCCUCCUGACAGAGCUGAUGUAACUGAGUCAGGUUUGUAGGCCUCCUUGCUCGCACACGUGUUUUCAGUUCUGCCCACACAUUAUCUAUAGGAUUGAGGUCAGGGCUUUGUGAUGGCCACUCCAAUACCUUUACUUUGUUGUCCUUAAGCCAUUUUGCCACAACUUUGGAGUCAACUUUGGAGUCACUUGGGGUCAUUGUCCAUUUGGAAGACCCAUUUGCGACCAAGCUUUAACUUCCUGACUGAUGUCUUGAGAUGUUGCUUCAAUAUAUCCACAUAAUUUUCCUUCCUCAUGAUGCCAUCUAUUUUGUGAAGUGCACCAGUCCCUCCUGCAGCAAAGCACCCCCACAGCAUGAUGCUGCCACCCCUGUGCUUCACGGUUGGGAUGGUGUUCUUCGGCUUGCAAGCAUCCCCCCUUUUCCUCCAAACAUAACGAUGGUCUUUAUGGGCAAACAGUUCUAUUUUUGUUUCAUCAGACCAGAGGACAUUUCUCCACAAAGUACGAUCUUUGUCUCCAUGUUGCAAACCGUAGGCUGGCUUUUUUAUGUCGGUUUUGGAGCAGUGGCUUCUUCCUUGCUGAGCAGCCUUUCAGGUUAUGUUGAUAUAGGACUUGUUUUACUGUGGAUAUACAUUCUUUUGUACCUGUUUCCUCCAGCAUCUUCACAAGGUCUUUUGCUGUUGUUCUUUGAUUGAUUUGCACUUUUCACACCAAAGUACAUUCAUCUCUAGGAGACAGAACGCGUCUCCUUCCUGAGCGGUAUAAUAAUAAUAAUAAUAUGCCAUUUAGCAGACGCUUUUAUCCAAAGCGACUUACAGUCAUGCAUGCAUACAUUUUUUUUGUUGUGUAUGGGUGGUCCCGGGGAUCGAACCCACUACCUUGGCGUUACAAGCGCCGUGCUCUACCAGCUGAGCUACAGAGGACCACAAUGUAUGUAUGACGGCUGAGUGGUCCCAUGGUGUUUAUACUUGCGUACUAUUGUUUGUACAGAUGAACAUGGUACCUUCACGCAUUUGGAAAUUGCUCCCAAGGAUGAACCAGACUUGUGGAGGUCUACGAUGUUUUUUCUGAGGUCUUGGCUGAUUUCUUUUGAUUUUCCCAUGAUGUCAAGCAAAGAGACACUGAGUUUGAAGGUAGGCCUUGAAAUACAUCCACAGGUACACCUCCAAUUGACUCAAAUGAUGUCAAUUAGCCUAUCAGAAGCUUCUAAAGCCAUGACAUAAUUUUCUGGAAUUUUCAAGCUGUUGAAAGGCACAGUCAACUUAGUGUAUGUAAACCUCUGACCCACUGGAAUUGUGAUACAGUGAAUUAUAAGUGAAAUAAUCUGUCUGUAAACAAUUGUUGGAACAAUUACUUGUGUCAUGCCCAAAGUAGAUGUCCUAACCGACUUGCCAAAACUAUAGUUUGUUAACAAGAAAUAUGUGGAGUGGUUGAAAAAACGAUUUUUAAUGACUCCAACCUAAGUGUAUGUAAACUUCCGACUUCAACUGUAUAUAUACAUUAUAUUGUUAUAUACAGUACCAGUCAAAAGUUUGGACACCUACUCAUUCAAGGGUUUUUCUUUAUUUUUACUAUUUUCUACAUUGUAGAAUAAUAGUGAAGAUAUCAAAACUAUGAAAUAACACAUAUAGAAUUAUGUAGUAACCAAAAAAGUGUUAAACAAAUCAAAACAUAUUUUAUAUUUGAGAUUCUUCAAAUAGCCACCCUUUGCCUUGAUGACAGCUUUGCACACUCUUGGCAUUCUCUCCAGCAUCACGUGGAAUGCUUUUCCAACAGUCUUGAAGGAGUUACCACAUAUGCUAAGCACUUGUUGGCUGCUCUUCCUUCACACUGCCGUCCGACUCAUCUCAAUUGGGUUGAGAUUGUGGAGGCCAGUUCAUCUGAUGCAGCACUCCAUCACUCUCCUUCUUGGUAAAAUAGUCCUUACACAGCCUGGAGGUGUGUUGGGUCAUUGUCCUGUUGAAAAAUAAAUUAUAGUCCCACUAAGCCAAAACCAGAUGGGUUGUCGUAUCGCUGCAGAAUGCUGUGGUAGCCAUGCUCGUUAAGUGUGCUUUGAAUUCUAAAUAAAUCAUAGACAGUGUCACCAGCAAAGCACCCCCACACCAUAACACCUCCUCCUCCACGCUUUACGGUGGGGACUACACAUGCAGAGAUAAUCCGUUCACCCACACCUCAUCUCACAAAGACACGGCGGAUGGAACCAAACAUUUCCAAUUUGGACUCCAGACCAAAGGACACAUUUCCACCGGUCUAAUGUCCAUUGCUCGUUUUUCUUGGCCCAAGCAGGUCUCUUAUUAUUAUUGGUGUCCUUUAGUAGUGGUUUAUUUGCAGCAAUUCGACCAUGACGGCCUGAUUCACACAGUUCCCUCUGAACAGUUGAUGUUGAGAUGUGUCUGUGACUUGAACUCUGUGAAGCAUUUAUUUGGGCUGCAUUUUCUGAGGCUGGUAACUCUAAUGAACUUAUCCUCUGCAGCAGAAGUAACUGUGGGUCUUCCAUUCCUGUGGCGGUCCUCAUGAGAGCCAGUUUCAUCAUAGCGCUUGAUGGCUUUUGCGACUGCACUUGAAGAAACUUUCAAAGUUCUUGAAAUGUUCCGUAUUGACUGACCUUCAUGUCUUAAAGUAAUGAUGGACUGUCGUUUCUCUUUGGUUAUUUGAGCUGUUCUUGCCAUAAUAGGGACGUGAUAGGGACGUGGUCUUUUACCAAAUAGGGCUGUCUUCUGUAUACCCCCCCACCCUACCUUGUCACAACACAACUGAUUGGCUCAAAUGCAUUAAGAAGGAAAGAAAUUCCACAAAUGAACUUUUAAGAAGGCACACCUGUUAAUUGAAAUGCAUUCCAGGUGACUACCUCAUGAAGCUCGUUAAGAGAAUGCCAAGAGUGUGCAAAGCUGUCAUCAACGCAAAGGGUGGCUAUUUGAAGAAUCUCAAAUAUAAAAUAUAUUUUGAUUUGUUUAACACUUUUUUGGUUGCUACAUGAUUCCAUAUGUGUUAUUUCAUAGUUUUGAUGUCUUCACCAUUAUUCUACAAUGUAGAAAAUAGUAAAAAUAAAGAAAACCAUUGAAUGAGUAGGUGUCCAAACUUUUGACUGGUAGUGAAUAUAUCGUUUUUUUGUGUGGAAUGAACAGCUGACUGAAAAAGGGACGGCCGGGCAUUUGUGCGGGUGAGUCAGUUUCUGAGGUGAUGAAACUUUGUUGCUCCUUGCUGAAACAAGCAAGGUGUACUAGAAAAUGAGUCUUCAGUUGCUCUCCCUGCAGCAGCAGCACACAUAGAAAUAGAAAUUAAUAGAACGGUCUUGGAACCUCUAAUCCUGGCAAUUUGACUGGUAAACUCUUGGGUACACUCACAAUGGCUGCUUGCAAUUGUGAUGCAAUAAUUUCCAUGGUAAUGUAGAAUGUUCAUUCCAAUGAUGUUAAAGGGGAAUGAUGUGGCUUAUACAAUGGAAUGUAUUUUUUCUAAUGUCAGUUGAGUUGAAUGUCAGUGGAGUUGAAUCACAGCACAUAUUGACACAUCCUGCUUUUACUUCCUGCUUUGCUCCUUGCAAUGGCCGCCAGUCCACCCAUUUUGCCAGUGGUCCCAACUCCGGUCCUCGAGUACCCCCAACAGUACAUCUUUUUAUUGUAACCCCGGACAAGCACACCUGUAAUGUUCCCUUCACAAUGACAGUGGUGAAGAAGGCGUGUGUAUUGCUAUUGUAUUGGCUAGAUAUUGGGCUCCCGAGUGGUGCCGUGGUCUAAGGCACUGCAUCUCAGUGCUUGAGGCGUCACUACAGACCCCCUGGUUCGAUUCCAGGCUGUAUCACAACCGGCCGUGAGUGGGAGUCCCAUAGGGCGGCGCACAAUUGGCCCAGCGUCGUCCGGGUUUGGCCGGUGUAGGCCGUCAUUGUAAAGAAUAAUUUGUUCUUAACUGACUUGCCUAGUUAAAUGAAGGUUAAAAAAUAAAUGAAUAUGGCUGCAUUGUUGGAGCUAGAAACAUAAGCAUAAGAUAACAUCUUAACGUUGGUUUACCGUCACCUAAAAUUCCAUCACAGCCCUAGCCUCAGUACACAUGCACUCUAGCAACACACACAUACACACACACAAACACAUAUGCAUUCAUGCUACACACAUCACAGUUGCUGCACAAUUUAAACACUUGCUCCCCAAAACAGGUGUAAAUAUUGGACUAUAACUUGUGCCUUCCUGUGUUAUACUUAUGCUACAAUGUUUAUUCUAUUCUACUGUGGCUCCCGAGUGGAGAUCCUGGUUCGAAUCCAGGCUCUGUCGUAGCCGGCCGCGACCGGGAGACCCAUGGGGCGGCGCGCAAUUGGCCCAGCGUCGUCCAGGGUAGGGGAGGGAAUGGCCGGCAGGGAUGUAGCUCAGUUGAUAGAGCAUGGCGUACGCCAGGGUUGUGGGUUCGAUUCCCUCAGGGGGUAUGAAAAAAAAUAAAAAAAGUAUAAUAAUAAUGUGACUAACUGUAAGUCGCUCUGGAUAAGAGCGUCUGCUAAAUGACUUAAAUGUAAAAUGAGACAUUUACUUUGUUUGUAUUCUCAUCUUUUCUUAUUUCUUAUUGUUGUUUCAUUGUCGAGAAGGAACCUGCAAGUAAGCAUUUCGUUGGACGGUGUAUACCAUGUGUAUCCUGUACAUACAACUAACUUAAACACACACACACACACACACACACACACACACACACACAUACACACACAUACACACACAUACAAACAUGGGCUUGGGCUGGGGCUGGAGCUCGUUGCUGGGGCUGGGAGUGGAUAAAGAUAGCAUGCAGAUUUCACAUCUGUGUGAAGUGCUUCCAGGGCUUCUACCCAACAUCUCCCCCAGCACAUGUCUACAGCACACUCCCAGCCAAGCUGGACUGCCCAUGCUCACCAGAUGGCUUCAAUACCACUUUUACCCAUAUCCUUGAGUUAGGCCUCUUAAUUGUUAGAAUACGGUCUUUCAGAGUGGGAAAAACCAGUCCAACCUUACAUGUCAGUUGUACAUUAUAGUCAUUCCCUCUUGGUAGUAGGAGCACGUCUCCCUCUCAGAAACUUCCCAGUUCUAGUGUCCGUAUCAUUGUCUGAGCCCUUCACAGCGUGUUUACAUGGUGCUUUCUCCUCAUGGGGAGCAUUAAUGUGCAGACCACGUCCCCCCUCUCAUAUUCCCUCCUCCACACACCUGCACCAGCUAAAUGGAUUUGCGAGCUAGGCCUCCUCUCCUCUGUCUAUGCCAGGCGACCCUGUCAUUUCUUGCUGGGACAACUCUCCUUUCCUCUUCCCCUGAUGUCACGCCCUUCCUCUGCUGCUUAAUUAAUAUGCGUAAAGGCUUCGAAGAAGGACACUACUCUUUCCUUGGCAUGGAGUGUGGUUUAAGGUGUGUUUUGUGUGACGUUGUUGUUGUGUAAGAUGUAAGGUUUGGCAGUGUUGUUGGCUGUAGACCAAAGACAAGCAAUUUGAUUAUAUGUUACCUGUCUUCUUCCCUUGACUGACAUGGGUGUCAUUGUUUGUUGCGGAUGAUGUGCAGUGUUUUUCUAUAGGAGCUAUGUUUUUGCUGUACUGUAGGUCAAAGAUAAGCAAUUUGCAUUAUCCUCUUCAAACUUGCCAACUGGAUAUGUAACGUGUCUGUAAUAUGUCUCCUCCUCUUGACCUGUGACCUUGUCCAUGUGUCCUGUAGCUGCGCUGAUCCGAGGCAACAGGAACAACUGCACCCAGUUUUCCAACAACCUGGACUGGCUGGUCAGCAAGCUGGAGAGACUGGAGUCCUCCUCAGGUACCAUGAUAACGCCAUGACACGUGUUUAAAUGAUAACAUGAUACCACCAUGACACGUUUAAAUUAUAACAUGAUACCACCAUGACACGUUUAAAUGAUAACAUGAUACCACCAUGACACGUUUAAAUGAUAACAUGAUACCACCAUGACACGUGUUUAAAUGAUAACAUGAUACCACCAUGACACGUUUAAAUGAUAACAUGAUACCACCAUGACACGUGUUUAAAUGAUAACAUGAUACCACCAUGACACGUUUAAAUGAUAACAUGAUACCACCUGGACUCGUGUUUAAAUGAUAACAUGAUAACAACAUGACACAUGUUUAUGAGGACAACAAUUGAAAUAAGCCUGCGGCCUUUAUUGUGCUUUUAUCCUUGCACAUUUUUGUAUCUACGUAAUGUCUCUGGCUGGAGCAGCCUACUUCUUUUAAUUAUCCAAUCGAUUCAGUCAAUCAAUCAAUCAAUCAAUAAAGCUAAAGCUCUGUGUGACCUUGUCCUACCACUCCUUGACCUGCAUGCUGACUGCACAUGGUUUAAAAGGUGAUGUGUAGUUGGAUUACACUGUUGUAAACCCCAGACCUGGUGUUUAGAGUCCUGGAUGGGUUUAGUAAUGCCUGGCCAUGUAUUAUCAUACCCUCUUCUUGUGCUCAGGAGCAUGUGUUUGAGAAACAACCUUUUGUGUCUUGUUCCCUUGUCCUCUGUGGCUGUUAAUUGGUGAUUUGCCAUGGCAGGCAUACUGGAGGUUCUCCACUGCAUUCUAAUUGAGAGCCCGGAGGCUCUAAAUAUCAUCCAGAGAGGACAUAUCAAGUCCAUCAUCUCCCUGCUCUACAAACAUGGACGCAACCACAAGGUGAGCUGGAACCGGAGGAGGACCUGUAUCAAAUAUAUCAGCAUGAUCAAAUGAAUAUACUGUAACUACAUAGUUUUUGUUUUGAUUCUAUUUAUCCAUCACAAGAGCUUGACCACAGUUUCUUAUAGCACAGUAAUUCACAGAUGAGCCUGCAUUUUAUUAGUACACCCAGUGCUGACAGGGCUGCAGAGUUGUUGUUCAAAUCAAAUCAAAUUGUAUUUGUCGCAUGUGCCUAAUUUCACCUUAAAGUGAAAUGCUUACAAGCCCUUAACCAACAAUGCAGUUUUAAGAAAAAUAAGUGUUAAGUAAAAAAUAGGUAAGUUAAAAAAAUUAAAACAUAAUUAAAGAGCAACAGUAAAAUAACAGUAGCGAGGCUAUAUACAGGGAGUACCGGUACAGAGUCAAUGUGCGGGGGCACAGGUUAGUUGAGGUGGCUGGGUCUUUCAGCAUGACAAUGAUCCCAAACACACCGCCCGGGCAACGAAGGAGUGGCUUCGUAAGAAGCAUUUCAAGGUCCUGGAGUGGCCUAGCCAGUCUCCAGAUCUCAACCCCAUAGAAAAUCUUUGGAGGGAGUUGAAAGUCUGUGUUGCCCAGCGACAGCCCCAAAACAUCACUGCUCUAGAGGAGAUCUGCAUGGAGGAAUGGGCCAAAAUACCAGCAACAGUGUGUGAAAACCUUGUGAAGACUUACAGAAAAUGUUUGACCUGUGUCAUUGCAAACAAAGGGUAUAUAACAAAGUAUUGAGAAACUUUUGAUGUUGACCAAAUACUUAUUUUCCACCAUAAUUUGCUAAUAAAUUCAUAGAAAAUCCUACAAUGUGAUUUUCUGGAAAAAAUAUUCUCAUUUUGUCUGUCAUAGUUGACGUUUACCUAUGAUGAAAAUUACAGGCCUCUCUCAUCUUUUUAAGUGGGAGAACAUGCACAAUUGGUGGCUGACUAAAUACUUUUUUCCCCCACUGUAUAUGUACAUGUAGGUCAAGUUAAAGUGACUAUGCAUAGAUAAUAAACAGAGAGUAGCAGCAGCGUAAAAGAGGGGGUGGGUGGGGGGGUGGGGACAAUGCAAAUAGUCCGGGUAGCCAUUUGAUUAGCUGUUCAGGAGUCUUAUGGCUUGGGGGUAGAAGCUGUUAAGAAGACUUUUUGGACCUAGACUUGGCGCUCCGGUACCGCUUGCCGUGCGGUAGCAGAGAGAACAGUCUAUGACUGGAGUCUUUGACAAUUUUUAGGGCCUUCCUCUGACACCACCUGGUAUUCAUAUUUUUUUUUUCACCUUUAUUUAACCAGGUAAGCCAGUUGAGAACAAGUUCUCAUUUACAACUGCGACCUGGUAUAGAUGUCCUGGAUGGCAGGAUGCUUGGCGCCAGUGAUGUACUGGGCAGUACGCACUACCCUCUGUAGUGCCUUGCGGUCGGAGGCCGAGAAGUUGCCAUACCAGGCAGUGAUGCAACCAGUCAGAAUGCUCUCGAUGGUGCAGCUGUAGAACCUUUUGAGGAUCUGAGGACCCAUGCCAAAUCUUUUCAGUCUCCUGAGGGGGAAUAGGCUUUGUCGUACCCUCUUCACGACUGUCUUGGUGUGUUUGGACCAUGAUCAUUUGUUGGUGAUGUGGACACCAAGGAACUUGAAGCUCUCAACCUGCUCCACUACAGCCCCGUCGAUGAGAAUGGGGCCGUGCUCGGUCCUACUUUUCCUGUUGGGGCUGGGCAUUUGACGGUAAUGUGUAUAGGCAUUGUGUAGCAAUAUGUUUACAUUUAAAUUAGAUCUCCAGCGGGGCUGCCAUCUCCUUUGUCAUAAAUCACAGUGGUUGUAUCAUUUAGCUGUAGCCCCUCAUAAAGCCACUGAUAAUAAAGCACAGGUCUUGGCCUGGCGCCCUUGGCUGCCGUUCCUUGCCCAUUUAAUUCCUCUGCUUUAUAAAGCCAGGAUGGGCCCACAUGCAUCAAAAUGACAUUACUGGAUGUGGUUUCUCCUGAUUAGCAUCUCUCAAUAAUUAUGACUGGCUGCAUUAAAGAGUGGCUGAAUUUUUUUCUGCUGCUCAUUAAUAAAAAAAGAGAUUUGAGUCUUGGGGUGUGGUUCGAUGUGGGUGUGUUAUGUUUGCUUUAUCGUACCCUGGAAGUUACUGUUGUUUGUCCCUAUUGAGGCACGGUAGCAACAACAUAGCCACUGUCACGAUCGUCGUUAGAUGAAGCGGACCAAGGCGCAGCGUGAUAUGCGUACAUUCUUUUAUUUGCAGUACACAACACGGACCAAAACAACAAAACAAACGAUACGUGAAGUCCUGGGUUGAACACAAACCUUCCGGAACAAGAUCCCACACUAAACAGUGCCAAACAGGCUGCCUAAGUAUGGACCCCAAUCAGAGACAACGAGAAUCAGCUGCCUCUGAUUGGGAACCACCCUGGCCAACAUAGAUCUACACGAUCUAGAUCAUGAACAUAGAAAAUACAACAUAGACACUACACACCCUAGCUCAACAUUUAAGAGUCCCCAGAGCCAGGGCGUGACAGUACCCCCCCCCCCCCCCCCCAAAGGCGCGGACUGCGACCGCGCCAACCAAACACAAGAGGGUAGGGGCCAGGUGGGCAUUCCGCCUCGGAGGCGGAUCCGGCUCCGGGCGUGACCACCACUCUCUCUCUACCCCCCCGUAGCGCCCCUGGUCUGGUCUGGCCCCGCUGGCCGGAGCUGGACUGGACAUCAGUGGAGCGGAUUGCUCUGGCUCCGGAGUGGAGCAGCUGACCGGUGCCGGACCAGGCCCCGGUGGAACAGGCAUGGACCGUGCCGGACUGACGACGCGCACCACUGGCUUGGUGCGGGGAGCAGGAACGGGCCGGACCGGGCUGACGACGCGCACCACUGGCUUGGUGCGGGGAGCAGGGACAGACCGGACCGGGCUGGUGACGCGCACCACUGGCUUGGUGCGGGGAGCAGGAACAGGCCGGACCGGGCUGGCGACGCGCACCACUGGCUUGGUGCGGGGAGCAGGAACAGGCCGGACCGGGCUGGCGACGCGCACCACUGGCUUGGUGCGGGGAGCAGGAACAGGCCGGACCGGGCUGGCGACGCACACCACUGGCUUGGUGCGGGGAGCAGGAACAGGUCGGACCGGGCUGGCGACGCGCACCACAGGCUUGUUGCGAGGGACAGGAACAGGCCGGACCGGGCUGACGACGCGCACCACUGGCUUGGUGCGGGGAGCAGGAACAGGCCGGACCGGGCUGGCGCCGCGCACCACUGGUUUGGUGCGAGGGACAGGAACAGGCCGGACCGGGCUGACGACGCGCACCACUGGCUUGGUGCGGGGAGCAGGGACAGGCCGGACCGGGCUGGCGACGCGCACCACUGGUUUGGUGCGAGGGACAGGAACAGGCCGGACCGGGCUGACGACGCGCACCACUGGCUUGGUGCGGGGAGCAGGAACAGGCCGUACCGGGCUGGCGACGCGCACCACUGGCUUGGUGCGGGGAGCAGGAACGGGCCGGACCGGGCUGACGAUGCGCACCACUGGCUUGGUGCGGGGAGCAGGAACAGGCCGGACCGGGCUGGCGACGCACACCACUGGCUUGGUGCGGGGAGCAGGAACAGGCCGGACCGGGCUGGCGACGCGCACCACAGGCUUGGUGCGAGGGACAGGAACAGGCCGGGCUGGACUGUGGAGACGGACUGGAGGUCUGGAACGGAGAGCUGACACAACCCGUCCUGGCUGAAUGCCUAUUUCCACACACUCCGUGUGAGGCAUCAGCACAGGACGUACAGGGCUGUGCACUCGUACUGACACUACAGCACGUGGCACUGGCGCAGGAUAUCCGGGACCGAGGAGGGGCACUGGAGGCCACGAGCGUUGAGCCGGCACACUCCGUCCUGGCUGCAUGCCCACCUUAGCACGACACGUGCGUGGUGCUAGCACAGGACGUACAGGACUGUGCCGGAACACUCGCGGCACAGUACGUAGCUCUGCAUAACUCGGAACCUGCCCAGUCUCACGCUGCCUAGCCUGAGUACGGGGAGUUGGCUCUGCUCUACCUCUAGGCUCCGCCAACCACCCUUCCAGCCCCCCAAACCUGGUGGCCUCCUCUCCUAAAUCGCUGAUGCGCCCUGUAGCUGCCUCCAGCAGCCCCGUCGUCCAUGCCGUGUGCCCCCCCCAAAACAUUUCUUGGGGUUGCCUCUCGCGUGUCCGUCGUCGGCACGGUUGGUGCCGUUUCUCCUCGCUUGCCAGGGCCUGUACCUUUGCCCAGGGCCCUCUGCCCGCGAAUAUGUCCUCCCAAGACCACCAUUCGCCCACCUGGGACAUCGCCAACUCCUCCUGCUUGGCACGCUGCUUGGUCCUUUUAUGGUGGGAUCUUCUGUCACGAUCGUCGUUAGAUGAAGCGGACCAAGGCGCAGCGUGAUAUGCGUACAUUCUUUUAUUUGCAGUACACAACACGAACCAAAACAACAAAACAAACGAUACGUGAAGUCCUGGGUUGAACACAAACCUUCCGGAACAAGAUCCCACACUAAACAGUGCCAAACAGGCUGCCUAAGUAUGGACCCCAAUCAGAGACAACGAGAAUCAGCUGCCUCUGAUUGGGAACCACCCUGGCCAACAUAGAUCUACACGAUCUAGAUCAUGAACAUAGAAAAUACAACAUAGACACUACACACCCUGGCUCAACAUUUAAGAGUCCCCAGAGCCAGGGCGUGACAGCCACUACCACUUCCUGUGUGAUGAGGUGAUGUUGAAGGAGUCAGGCGCAGGAGGGUAAAUCACAGAAUAACAGGCUUUAUUCCACAAAUACAGAUUUACGCAGUAAUGCGUCAAAAUCACUUCAGUGCGCAAAACAGGUGCACUGGAAAAUACAAAGCACACAGGGAAAUAUCCCGGCGACACAAAAUACAUGGAGCUUCACCGAGCUUCACUAUCCUCCACAAUAAACAAUCACACACAAAGACAAGGGGGCAGAGGGAACACUUAUACAGGUACUGAUGAGGGGAUAUGAACCAGGUGUGUGUAAUAAACAAGACAAAACAAAUGGAAUGAUGAGAUGAUGAGCGGCAGUGGCUAGAAGGCCAGUGACGACGAACACCGAAGCCUGCCCGAACAAGGAGAGGUGGCAGCUUCGGAGGAAGUCGUGACAUCCUGAAAAUAGUCCGAAUUAAUGGAAAUCAAGAAAUCUGUAAUUAAUUGUUUUAUGCCGAGGAGGUCUUAGUCACACAAUUUUACAUCUAGCUAAGGUGUUUGGUGCAGUAUUUCUCAAAUGUGCAUGAUAAACUAGUCUGUUACCAGAGUGUGUCUGUCUGGCAGUGUUUCAUAGGGUUUCAUAGUGAAUCAUGUUACAAAACAGGCCGCGGCGGGACACAAGAUGCUCGUGAAUGGAUUUAGAAUUUUGGAAUAUUGACAAGUGGCAUUUGGGAUGCAAGUGUGCAUCGUCUCAAUUCUCAUUUUGCCCAAAACAUUGGCAUACUUGAGUGAUCACUAUCAAGAUCACCGCAGCUCUUUCUCUGUGCAUGACAAUUCUCCCUAGGGGUUACAAUCCCGUGUUACUGGGCAAGUGGGCAUGAUUGUAAUUCAAACCCAACCCUCAAGGAAGUUGUGACGACCUCAGUUACACAAAUCUUGCAAAACUCAGUUUUGGAAUGUACUGACUUUAUGACCAUAAUUAUCCUACUUACGCUUUUUUGUCAAUUUUGACACUACAAUAUAUGGUUCUGACUAAUACCAUGCCACAUAGACCGCUAUCUACCAGAGAAGUUGUUUUUUAAUAGCUAAAGGAAAACGUUUUCCCUUUAAUAGUAACAUGGAAAAGGACUACGGAUGAUUUGGUCCUGUUCUCUCUCUCUGUCUCACUUUCUCUCUGUCUUUGUCUCUCUCUCUGUCUGUCUCUGUCUCUGUGUCUCUCUCUCUCUCUCUCCUCAACCUGCAGAUUUUGGAUGUGCUCUGUUCCCUCUGUGUGUGUAACGGGGUGGCAGUACGAGCCAAUCAGAACCUCAUCUGCGAUCACCUGCUCCCCAAAAGAGAUCUGCUUCUCCAGACCCGAUUGGUCAAUGACGUCCAAAGGUAAAAAGCCAUCCAAUCCCAGCCCGGAAAUAUUAGAUUAAGACGGUACUGGUUGUAAAGUAUGAGGGAUGUAUAGUGUUGGAUAUCCUUCUCAUUGCUGUGUUUGUUUGAUUGGAUUGUGCAAGGCAAAGGUGCAUAUAACAACAUCGAUCACAAUUACCAGUAUGUGAUUAAGCCCUAAUCUGUGUCUCUGAUCUUUGGCAGCAUGAGGCCCAACAUCUACCUGGGAGUGAGUGAGGGCUCAGCCCAGUAUAAGAAGUGGUACUAUGAGCUGAUGAUUGAUCAGGUGGAUCACUUCUUGACCAGCGACCCCUCUCACCUGCGCGUGGGCUGGGCCACCAACAAGGGUUACGCCCCUUACCCAGGUGGAGGGGAGGGUUGGGGGGGCAAUGGGGUGGGGGACGACCUCUACUCUUACGGCUUUGACGGACUUAAUCUCUGGUCAGGUCAGUUUGUUUUCAUCUGAAUCUCAAGCACAUUAAGUCACCUGCUUUAUAAAUGAUGAGAAGUCACCCAGAGUUUGGGCCAGAUUGUGUCUAGACAGUGUGUGUGUCCUGCACGGCAAAUCUCUCUGCCCACUAUGUGUGCGUGUGCAUGUGUGUGUGCGUGCUUUCGUGUGCGAAAGUGAGUGUGUGUCUUGCAGGUCAUAUUUCUGUGCUGAGACUGUGGUUUAUUGCAGGUCGUAUCUCCCGGGCGGUGGCUUCUAUUAACCAACACAUCCUGACCUCUGAGGAUGUGGUGAGCUGUUGUUUGGACCUGGGAGCUCCCAGCAUCUCCUUCAGGAUCAAUGGACAGCCCGUACAGGGCAUGUUCGAGAACUUCAACAUCGAUGGACUCUUCUUCCCUGUUGUCAGCUUUUCCGCUGGGGUCAAGUAUGUGUUUGUCUUACACACACACCUGUGUCAUUUAUUUGAAUGAACACGUAUACACACAUACGGGGCACUCUCCUCAAAUUGCUUCCUAUUCUCCCUCUAGACUGCACAAAAAUCUAUCUAAUCCAUCCCUCCAUCAUUUCCUCUAUAUAUUAAUCCUUAGGGGCUCGGAUGCAGGUAGAGGCCUACAUCUUACUCACGUAUGUUGCCAUGGCAACUUCAGAUUAUGUGAUUGACAUGUCUGCAAAAUGACAUUUCAGGCUCUAGCAAGCCUUCCAGGAUUUCAUGAUCGACCCAGUUUUUUGCAGCAAAAUGGCAUUUUACUAUUCUGGACCUCUGUCCGAGACAUGACGCUUGACAGCUCAAAACAUUUCAGUUCACAUCAAAUUCCACCAAGGCCUGCAAGCUACACUGUAUCUCAAUUACCACAAUAACAUUUGCAGAAGCAUUAUACAAAAUUAACAGGAACUCAUAUUUAAAGAAAUUAUUAUAGUUAUUCUGCAUAUGUCUGUAUGUAAGAUGUCACAGGAGAGAUGCAGGCCACAUCAUAGACUGUAAAUAACAAACCCUGUGGGGCUUGAACAUUUCCUGUCCUCUGUGCAGUGAGCCAUGCUACGCAACGGCAUACACUUGUUAAUAAUUGAUUGGUGAACUGCACUCAAUGAGACUUGGAGUGAAUGCGUCAUCAUCGCUACUACUUCAGCUGCUAUUUCGGUUAUGGCCCAGGAGGGCUUCUGAGUGGUGGGCUGAAAUGUUGCAUCAUUCUCAGAGUGGGGUUAGUCAUAGUCACUCUCUGCUCUGCCGGGCUCAGCUGGAGCUUGGUUAGAGCUGGGCUGGGGAUGGUGCUCGGUUAGAGUUGGGCUGGGGCAUGGUUAAAGCUGGGUUGGGGCUGGGACUUGAUUAAAGCUAGGUUGGGGCUGGGUCUGGGGUUCGGUUAGAGCUGGUCUGGGGCUGGGGUUCAGUUAGAGCUGGGCUGGGCCUCAGUUAGAGCUGGGCAGGGGCGGCUAGAGCUGGUCUGGGCCUCAGUUAGAGCUGGGUUGGGGUUCGGUUAGGGCUGGGUUGGGCCUCGGUUAGAGCUGGGCUUGUGCUGGGGUUCGGUUAGGGCUGGGCUGGGGCUCAGUUAGAGCUGGUCUGGGGCUGGGGCUUGGUUAGAGCUUGGUUGGGGCUCGGUUAGAGCUGGUCUGGGGCUGGGGCUUGGUUAUUUAUUUUAUUUUUUUAUUUCACCUUUAUUUAACCAGGUAAACCAGUUGAGAACAAGUUCUCAUUUACAACUGCGACCUGGCCAAGAUAAAGCAAAGCAGUGCGAUAAAAACAACAACACAGAGUUACAUAUGGGGUAAAACAAAACAAAGUAAAAAAUACAACAGAAAUACAUAUAUAUACAGUGUGUGCAAAUGUAGCAAGUUAUGGAGGUAAGGCAAUAAAUAGGCUAUAGUGCAAAAUAAUUACAAUUAGUAUUAACACUGGAAUGAUAGAUGUGCAAGAGAUGAUGUGCAAAUAGAGAUACUGGGGUACAAAUGAGCAAAAUAAAUAACAAUAUAGGGAUGAGGUAGUUGGGCGGCUAAUUUCAGAUGGGCUGUGUACAGGUGCAGUGAUCGGUAAGGUGCUCUGACAACUGAUGCUUAAAGUUAGUGAGGGAGAUAAGUGUCUCCAGCUUCAGAGAUUUUUGCAAUUUGUUCCAGUCAUUGGCAGCAGAGAACUGGAAGGAAUUGCGGCCAAAGGAGGUGUUGGCUUUGGGGAUGACCAGUGAGAUAUACCUGCUGGAGCGCAAACUACGGGUGGGUGUUGCUAUGGUGACCAAUGAGCUAAGAUAAGGCGGGGAUUUGCCUAGCAGUGAUUUAUAGAUGGCCUGGAGCCAGUGGGUUUGGCGACGAAUAUGUAGUGAGGACCAGCCAACAAGAGCGUACAGGUCACAGUGGUGGGUAUUAUAUGGGGCUUUGGAGACAAAACGGAUGGCACUGUGAUAGACUACAUCCAAUUUGCUGAGUAGAGUGUUGGAGGCUAUUUUGUAAAUGACAUCGCCGAAGUCAAGGAUCGGUAGGAUAGUCAGUUUUACGAGGGCAUGUUUGGCAGCAUGAGUGAAGGAGGCUUUGUUGCGAAAUAGGAAACCGAUUCUAGAUUUAACUUUGGAUUGGAGAUUCUUAAUGUGAGUCUGGAAGGAGAGUUUACAGUCUAACCAGACACCUAGAUAUUUGUAGUUGUCCACAUACUCUAGGUCAGACCCGUCGAGAGUAGUGAUUCUAGUCGGGUGGGCGGGUGCAAGCAGCGUUCGGUUGAAGAGCAUGCAUUUAGUUUUACUAGUGUUUAAGAGCAGUUGGAGGCUACUGAAGGAUUGUUGUAUGGCAUUGAAGCUCGUUUGGAGGUUUGUUAACACAGUGUCCAAUGAAGGGCCAGAUGUAUACAAAAUGGUGUCGUCUGCGUAGAGGUGGAUCUGAGAGUCACCAGCAGCAAGAGCGACGUCAUUGAUAUACACAGAGAAAAGAGUCGGCCCAAGAAUUGAACCCUGUGGCACCCCCAUAGAGACUGCCAUAGGUCCAGACAACAGGCCCUCCGAUUUGACACAUUGAACUCUAUCUGAGAAGUAGUUGGUGAACCAGGCGAGGCAGUCAUUUGAGAAACCAAGGCUAUUUAGUCUGCCAAUAAGAAUGCGGUGGUUGACAGAGUCGAAAGCCUUGGCCAGGUCAAUGAAAACGGUUGCACAGUACUGUCUAUUAUCGAUCGCGGUUAUAAUAUCGUUUAGGACCUUGAGCGUGGCUGAAGUGCACCCAUGACCAGCUCGGAAACCGGAUUGCAUAGCGGAGAAGGUACGGUGGGAUUCGAAAUGGUCGGUGAUCUGUUUUGAUUGACCUUUGAAAGGCAGGGCAGGAUGGAUAUGGGUCUGUAACAGUUUGGUUAGAGCUGGUCUAGGGCUUGGUUAGAGCUGGUCUGGGGGUUGGUUAGAAGUGGUCUGGGGGUUGGUUAGAGCUGGGCUGGGGGUUGGUUAGAGCUGGCCUGGGGCUCGGUUAGAGCUGGUCUGGGGUUCGGUUAGAGCGGGUCUGGGGCUUGGCUAGAGCUGGUGUGGGGCUAGGGUUUGGCCUCAGUGGCCCUCAGUGGUUCAAUGUUCUGCUCUAAUCCCCUCCACUAACCCCUCCUCCACUAUCAACCUAUCAACCCCCCUCAUCACUCUCAAGCUGUCAUCCACAUACUGAACACACUGAUUGACUAAGUCUCUCUCUCUCUCUCUCUCUCUCUCUCUAGGGUGCGUUUCUUGUUGGGUGGUCGUCAUGGUGACUUCAAGUUCCUGCCUCCGUCAGGCUACGCUCCGUGUUACGAGGCCCUGCUCCCUAAGGAGAAGAUGAAGGUGGAGCCAGUGAAGGAGUACAAGAGGGACAUGGAGGGGGUCCGAGACCUGCUGGGGACCACACCGUUCAUGUCCCAGGCCUCCUUCAUACCCACCCCUGUGGAGACCAGCCAGGUAACAGGGUUAUGGCUUUCAGCUCAGAACGUCUCACAUGAACUGCAACACGGCUUAUCUUAAACACAGUAACAGUGGUUAUACUGCAUGUUUAAAAGGAGGUUGUACAGUGGUACCUACAGUGUAAGUGUUUCCAAAUAUCCACAAUGUAUGAUUGAUGACAUAGGCCUGCUGUACUGUCUACAAACAGAUGCUGUUUAUCUACGACACAGAUUCUUUGUGUUCUCUGUCUCUCAGAUCGUCAUGCCGCCAUACCUGGAGAAGGUCCGGGACAGACUGGCUGAGAAUAUCCACGAGCUGUGGGGCAUGAACAAGAUAGAACUGGGCUGGUCUUAUGGGAAGGUAGGAGACCUCUUUAACACUGAUGGAGAGAAUAGAUUCACAGAGCACUGGCAGUGGCAAACUCUUUUGGGCAGUCCAUGUCAUUGACAUACAUAGGAAAGACAAGAUACAUUACCGCUAAAUGGGUCAUCACUCAGCUGAUCAUUUCAACCAAUAUAAACAUAAAUCAACUUUUAUCAGGGAAAUAAAUCUCAGCUUGCAAAUGUUUGUUUGUGUUAAACAAUUAUCAAUAUAAUUGACCUAUGUGAAAUGCAUUAACCCUAACCUAAUCUUAUAGAUUCUACCAACAUUAAAGCACCAAAACAAGCCUGUACACCAUUAUGCUUUCUCUUUUAUAAUUUGCGGUUCAAACCCAACAGAGGGUAAGUGAAGAUUACUCCCAUUUUUCUCCUUUUGUGCUCCUCAUGCCAUUCAUUCUACAGACUCCAUUUUAGUUUGUUUGUAGGCGAAAUACUCAUUUUCUGUGUCCUAAAUCAGUCAUGAAUUACAAUGCAAUUGUUUUACUCAAGGGCACAGCAGGACAUUUUGGACAUUUUGUUGCAGCAAUAAAACAGGAAAUAGAUCUCAGUGACAUGUUUGGACCAUUGAUAAUAAGAUAAGAUAAUUAGGUGUGUGCUAACAUUUGUCAUAUUCCACUCCCCCUGAGACAACCUCAGAGAGUGGGGUCAAAGCCAGGGAUCAGCCAUUAUAACAGCGACCCUGGAGCAAUUAGGGUUAAGUGCCUUGCUCAAGGGCACAUCGACACAUUUUUCACCUAGUCGGCUCAGAGAUUUUAACCAAUGACCUUUCGGUUAUUGGCCCAACACUCCUAACCGCUAGGCUACAUGCUGCCCAACAUUGUAAUUCAGUUCAGGGAACUUUAGUGGACACUUUACUGAUUGGAUAGACCUUAUGAGGGGUAUUUUUCUCUCUCACUGAUAGUUGAAUUACAGGUUAUUCAACUGGAUGCAAAUUCAUUAAGUCCUACUGAUACUAAGACUGAAUGACUGUUUCUUGGUUUCAUGUUAGUACAUGAUUGCCAAAGUGACUUGUUGUGCCCCACUGCCCUUAAAGGUGCAGACGAUCAAUACCAGAAACAAUAUGCAACACAGCUCUUAUGUCUAUAUUACAAAGUGAUGGAUGUGUGUAGAGUAGACCCCCACACACUACCCUACUGAAUGAUUCUCUCAUUCCUGCAGUCCCUCCUUCCACCCUAUCCCCCUUUUAAACACCACUGUGAUGGUGUGAUUUGUCCACCCACAGGAUAGCCAGCCAAUCCAUCAGUUCCAACAUCUUAAUAGAGCCUUUGAUUUAUGGUGAGCUCUAUUACGCCAGGGUCAAACUCUCAUAUUCAUUUAAACAUAAUUCUGCACCCCUGACAUAGCAGUUCGGCUUUUAUAUCUGGUUUUAACGAGACCUCGUUAGCUUAGGCCGGGUGACAUUGUCCUGGCAGUGCAUGGAACUAGCUACACCAGGGAGACAGUGUGCUGAAGCCAGGCUGAACAGAACACAUAUCUGGACUGCACUGUUAUUGUAUUCCACUCUCCAGAGAGCACAGCUUCACUGCUGAUUUUAAAGAGGUCUGAGUUUUAGUGGCUGUGGUUGCUAUGGGGUACAGAGGUAGGGUAUUUAUAUUAGCUGCCUGACACACUUCAUGAUCGGAGGCUAGUAUUGUUAUAGAAUAGUUGUAAUAGUUUUAUCAGCAUGGACCAUUGACGGUAUAAACAUAGUCUCAAACAAGCUGUGUGACUCCAUUCAUACCAAGGCUAGUAAGAAUAACAGCAUGGACGUCUUUGUCCUCUGACAAAGCCCUAUUUGAAUGGACUGUAAUAGGCUGUCUGGACUGUAAUAGGCUGUCUGGACUGUAAUUGGCUGUCUGGACUGUAAUAGGCUGUCUGGACUGUAAUAGGCUGUCUGGACUGUAAUUGGCUGUCUGGACUGUAAUAGGCUGUCUGGACUGUAAUUGGCUGUCUGGACUGUAAUAGGCUGUCUGGACUGUAAUAGGCUGUCUGGACUGUAAUUGGCUGUCUGGACUGUAAUAGGCUGUCUGGACUGUAAUAGGCUGUCUGGACUGUAAUAGGCUGUCUGGACUGUAAUAGGUUGUCUGGACUGUAAUAGGCUGUCUGGACUGUAAUAGGCUGUAGGAAACUCUGUUAGGUAAAAUAAUUCCUGCAGGAGAGUUCUUGUACUAUUCACAAAAGAGCUGCCUGGGGUUAAUUUAGCACACGAAUAGCCAUAUAUCUGUAUAACAAAACCACUUCAUGUUUUCUUGGUCAACAUGGAUCUAUUCCUGCCUGGGCUGGAGAGAGCAGCCAAAGGGAUUGUUUGCGGUUAAACACAGCAGUCAAGAAUGGAAUUAUAUAUCUCACUUGGUAUUCAGGACUCACACCUCUCUAUCUCCCAAGAAAACAUGCUCCUCCUCUACAUUCACAACAUGUCCACUAGACUAGACCGCAUUAUCACUCCAGGACACCAGUAGUCCUUUGUAAGUAGACAACAUCCCCACACUCUUAGAAAAAAGGGUUCCAAAAGGGUUCUUCGGUUGUCCCCAUAGGAGAACCCUUUUUGGUUCCAGGUAGAACCCGGGUUCUACAUGGAACCCAAAAGGGCUCUACCUGGAACUAAAAGUGGUCUUACUCUUGUGGGGACAGCUGAAGAACCCUUUUAGGUUCUAGAUAGCACCUUUUUUUCUAAGAGUGUACUCCCCUGUGGAUUCACAAAAACCUUGAUUGUGAUUUGAAUUAUACUCACCAUGGUUUGUAUAGUUGUGUUUUUUAAUAAGGUAUUAGCUUUUGGAAUAUUUAUUUCCCCUUUCCUUAAGACAUUUGUAAUAUGUCAAAUAUUUGUACAUUAACAAUUCUCAUGUGUUUCCCAGAUAAGGGAGGACAAUAAGCGGCAGCACCCCUGCCUUGUGGAUUUUUCCAAGCUGCCUGAAACGGAAAAGAAUUAUAACCUGCAGAUGUCAACGGAGACCUUGAAGUAUGUCCUGCAUUAUAAGUAACACUAUAUUAGUUUCACUAAGAAAGAGAGAGAAAUAGAAAGACAAGGAGAGAUCCCCACUGGACACACCACGUCAUAUUUGGUUGAGAUGUUGAUCAAUGAGAUUUCAACCUUUAUUCAACCACACAAAAAGGACUGCCAGACGUUUGUUGAAUUCCCAAUGUGUUAUCACUAUGCUUUCAACCAUCUAAACGCAAUGGAAGAACAAUGUCUGAUUUUUGAUUUAGUUGUCAUCUAAAUGUCACAGCGUCUUUCAAACAUUUAAAAGCACAACAAAGUUUAAGUGUGAAUACAAUGUCAGAUGUUUUUUAUUUAUACAACUUAAUGUGUUUAUCACUGUGCUUCAUCUUAAAGCACAACCAAAUGACCUGAAUUGCAGUUGAGAUUACAUUAAAAGUACAUUGUGCAAGUGAUCAGAUUCUGCACAGAUCAUUAAAGCAAUUGUGAAGAUCUCCACAGACCGGUGACCUUUGCAUGCUACGUUGAACAUGCACAAUUAGUAUGAUUACAUAAGAAGACAUUUAUAGUUACGGUAACCUCAAAAUGUGGCCAUGGAUGUGUUACUCAUUUUAAGGUUGAAUAGUACUGUUACAUUAGUUAUUAAUAUAGCCUUAACUUUUCGCUAUAUACUGUAUUACAAAAGUAAUAUUGAAUUGUGUUUGGUUGACAAUCCAACCAAAUAUCAACAUUUAAAAGAGAUGUAUGUAAUGCUUUGAUACUUUCAUCUGAGCCACUGGCUUAAUCCUAUUCUUUAACUUUUAUUUUUGGUUUAGUUGGAGACGUAAAUCCAACAUAUAAUUUGUUAACUUGUCGACAAGUUAAUAGGCUAUUUACUGUAUUGCAAAAGUGAUAUUGAAUUGUGUUUGGCUGUCAACUCAACCAAAUAUUAACAUUUGAAGGAGAUGUAUCUUUUGUGCCACUGACUUAGUCUGGCUUCAAUUCUAGUUUGUCUACAAAUGUAUAAUUAAUAUGUUGGAUUCACGUCUUCAUCUCAUCCAAAAAUCGAAGUAACAAAAUAGGACUAAAUCAAAUCAAAGUUAAUUAAAUUGCAUUUAAAGUUUGAUUUGAUUUAAUCCUAUUCUUUAACUUUGAUUUUUGGUUGAAAUGGAGACGUGAAUCCAACAUAUUCAUUAUUAACAUGAAGAUUACAUUUGAAAUCAACCAAAGCUUGAAACCCUAGGCCUUUAUGUAUUGUCUAUUUUUAGUUUAACGCUGGGUUGAAUUUAAAACAAUAGCUGUUGAUGACUUUGCAAAUGCUACAGUUGAAGUGGGAAGUUUACAUACACCUUAGCCAAAUAUAUUUAAACUCAGUUUUUCACAAUUCCUGACAUUUAAUCCUAGUAGAAAUUCCCUGUCUUAGGUCAGUUAGGUUCACCACUUUAUUUUAAGAAUGUGAAAUGUCAGAAUAAUAGUAGAGAGAAUGAUUUAUUUCAGCUUUUAUUUCUUUCAUCACAUUCCCAGUGGGUCAGAAGUUUACAUACACUCAAUUAGUAUUUGGUAGCAUUGCCUUUAAAUUGUUUAACUUGGGUCAAACGUUUUGGGUAGCCUUCCACAAGCUUCCCACAAUAAGUUGGGUGAAUUUUGGCCCAUUCCUCCUGACUGAGCUAGUGUAACUGAGUCAGGUUUGUAGGCCUCCUUGCUCGGACAUGCUUUUUCAGUUCUUCCCACAAAUGUAGGAUUGAGGUCAGGGAUUUGUGAUGGCCACUCCAAUACCUUGACUUUUUCCACAACUUUGGAAGUAUGCUUGGGGUCAUUGUCCAUUUGGAAGACCCAUUUGCGACCAAGCUUUAACUUCCUGACUGAUGUCUUGAGAUGUUGCUUCAAAAUAUCCACAUAAUUUUCCUUCCUCAUGAUGCCAUCUAUUUUGUGAAGUGCACCAGUCCCUCCUGCAGCAAAGCACCCCCACAGCAUGAUGCUGCCACCCCCGUGCUUCACGGUUGGGAUGGUGUUCUUCGGCUUGCAAGCACACCCCUUUUUCCUCCAAACAUAACGAUGGUCAUUAUGUGCAAACAGUUCUAUUUUAGUUUUUUCAGACCAGAGGACAUUUCUCCACAAAGUACGUUCUUUGUCCCCAUGUGCAGUUGCAAACCGUAGUCGGGCUUUUUUAUGGCGGUUUUGGAGCAGUGGCUUCUUCCUUGCUGAGUGGCCUUUCAGGUUAUGUCGAUAUAGGACUCGUUUUUACUGUGGAUAUAGAUAAUUUUGUACCUGUUUCCUCCAGCAUCUUCACAAGGUCCUUUGCUGUUGUUCUGGGAUUGAUUUGCACUUUUUGCACCAAAGUACGUUCAUCUCUAGGAGACAGAACGCGUCUCCUUCCUGAGCGGUAUAACGGCUGAGUGGUCCCCAUGGUGUUUAUACUUGCAUACUAUUGUUUGUACAGAUGAACAUGGUACCUUCACGCGUUUGGAAAAUGCUCCCAAGGAUGAACCAGACUUGUGGAGGUCUACAAUUUUUUUUCUGAUGUCUUUUGCUUUUCCCAUGAUGUCAAGCAAAGAGGCACUGAGUUUGAAGGUAGGCCUUGAAAUACAUCCACAGGUACACCUCCAAUUGACUCAAAUGAUGUCAAUUAGCCUACCAGAAGCUUCUAAAGCCAUGACAUCAUUUUCUGGAAUUUUCAAGCUGUUUAAAGGCACCGUCAACUUAGUGUAUGUAAACCUCUGACCCACUGGAAUUGUGAUACAGUGAAUAAUAAGUGAAAUAAUCUGUCUGUAAACAAUUGUUGGAAAAAUUACUUCUGUCAUGCACAAAGUAAAUGUCCUAACCGACUUGCCAAAACUAUAGUUUGUUAACAAGAAAUGUGUGGAGUGGUUGAAAAACGAGUUUUAAUGACUGCAACCUAAGUGUAUGUAAACUUCCGACUUCAACUGUAUAUAGGCCUAAAUAGUAUCAUUGAUGAUAUAUGACUUUAGAGUAUAGUUACAUUUAAUUUGCUCUGUUAAAACCUACCCUGGGAAUGACUUUGAUAGCAACAGUGAAUCUAUUUAGUUAUUAAGAGAUCUCUCAAUAGUCAUUCUCACGAUAGCACCUUGGUAGUAGUCAGUGACAAAUAUCAAAGCUAAACAGGGCUGGAUUAAAACCCUGGAUGGGAGACCAAAGGGUUAUCUGUAGAUAUAUCAACUCUCCAGUAGGAGGUGCUGCCCAGCCUAUAGUCUUUUUCUGAUAGUGGAUAUAACGUUGAAGAAUCUGACGUUUUUUCAAAGGUACAAAUUCAACAUAUUUUAUACAUGGUUUGUCUAUGUUGAAAAUUGUAUACCAUGAUGACAUACACUAAUCCUGUGGUUGAAAUUUCACCCUGAUGACUUUUUUCAAAUCCAAUGUAUUUUCCAAAUAGAUUACAUGUCACAAUACGUUGGCAAAUGACAUUGAAACAAUGUUGAUUCAACCAGUUUGUGCCCAGUGGCAUAUGACUGACAAAAGGUGUGGGUGAACCAGGGGUCAGUUAGGUAGUAGACUGAAGGCGCUCUCUUGCUGGACUCUCAGCACCCCCAGUGUUCCUGAUAUCACCCACCUGUCACUGUAGGACAUCUGCUAUUGAUCCACUGACAGCCCACACUGAGAAAAACAAAAUAACGUUUCAAGAGACAGAGAAGUGUGUGUGUGUGAUUAGAGAGAGAGAGAUAAAGUCUGGUUUGAGUAACGUUCAUCCCAAGUGACGCUGACACAACAGAGACAGACAGCCUGGGCCCCUAAAGAGCAGCCCUGCUAUUCUGCCAUCACACCACAUCUCUCAUUUGUCCUCUUACAAUGACAAAGCAAUGAGAUUUUACUGAUACAAGUGUGAAUAACUAUUUCUUAACAAGUCCUUAAGGUGAUUAUAUGGUUUCAUAAUGGACCAGGACAUGCACAAUUAAACAAUUCAAUGCUCUCUGUGUAUGCUCAUGCUGGUUCAGUUGCCACUCUGCUUGAUGUAGAAGUAGUGCAGAAACCCACCAAACCUAAUAUCAUAACAUUAUGCCUGCUGAUUGUAGUAUUUAGUUAGAGUGUGCAGGCAAUGUGAGUCACCCUCUCAGAGAGCUCAUCCCGUGUAGACAGGUCUUAUCGCCAGGAUGGAGAUUGUUAAUCUGUGUCUCUUCACAGGACCCUGCUGGCAUUAGGCUGCCAUGUUGUCCAGGUCAAUGCCAACGCUGAAGAGGACCUGAAGAAGAUCAAACUCCCAAAGAAGUAAGAGUCUACUAGACGUUUGAAUACACAGAUCAGCAAGAACCCAAUACAUGAUUUACCAACUUUUAGAGAUUCCUAUGUUCUGCAUAGGCGAGCACAAAGUAUGAAAAAUCAUGACAUAUACUGUUUUGUCUAGUAGUUUACCAUUCUAAUGUCUUGUCUUGUUUUAAGCUACAUGAUGUCGAAUGGUUACAAGCCCACGCCACUGGAGCUGUCUGACGUGAAACUGACCCCAGGCCAGGAACUUCUGGUGGAAAAACUGGCGGAAAACGCCCACAACGUGUGGGCCAAGGACAGGAUCAAACAAGGAUGGACCUAUGGCAUUCAGCAGGUUAAAGUACCACACAGGCAUCUGCGUUAAAAGUCUUGUGAAAGCACUGCAGGUUUUGACCACAGCUCACAUAACAGUUGAACUUGUUAUCAGUAUAAAAUACACCUGUCCACAACCUCAAACAGUCACACUCCAAACUCCACAAUGGCCAAGACCAAAGAGCUGUCAAAGGACACCAAAAACAAAAUUGUAGACCUGCACCAGGCUGGGAAGACUGAAUCUGCAAUAGGUAAGCAGCUUGGUUUGAAGAAAUCAACUGUGGGAGCAAUUAUUAGGAAAUGGAAGACAUACAAGACCACUGAUAAUCUCCCUCGAUCUGGGGCUCCACGCAAGAUCUCACCCCGUGGGGUCAAAAUGAUCACAAGAACGGUGAGCAAAAAUCCCAGAACCACAUGGGGGGACCUAGUGAAUGACCUGCAGAGAGCUGGGACCAAAGUAACAAAGCCUACCAUCAGUAACACACUACGCCGCCAGGGACUCAAAUCCUGCAGUGCGAGACGUGUCCCCCUGCUUAAGCCAGUACAUGUCCAGGCUCGUCUGAAGUGCAUUUGGAUGAUCCAGAAGAGGACUGGGAGAAUGUCAUAUGGUCAGAUGAAACCAAAAUAUAACUUUUUGGUAAAAACUCAACUUGUCAUGUUUGGAGGACAAAGAAUGCUGAGUUGCAUCCAAAGAACACCAUACCUACUGUGAAGCAUGGGGUUGGAAACAUCAUGCUUUGGGGCUGUUUUUCUGCAAAGGGACCAGGACGACUGAUCCGUGUAAAGGAAAGAAUGAAUGGGGCCAUGUAUCGUGAGAUUUUGAGUGAAACCCUCCUUCCAUCAGCAAGGGCAUUGAAGAUGAAACGUGGCUGGGUCUUUCAGCAUGACAAUGAUCCCAAACACACCGCCCGGGCAACGAAGGAGUGGCUUCGUAAGAAGCAUUUCAAGGUCCUGGAGUGGCCUAGCCAGUCUCCAGAUCUCAACCCCAUAGAAAAUCUUUGGAGGGAAUUGAAAGUCUGUGUUGCCCAGCGACAGCCCCAAAACAUCACUGCUCUAGAGGAGAUCUGCAUGGAGGAAUUGGCCAAAAUACAGUGUGUGAAACAGUAAACACACUAAAGGCUUUAUAACAUUGAACUAAAUAAUGACCCUUUCUCAAUGUAAGAGCAGCAAGCCCAAAAGCAAUACUACUAAAUGUGACACUACCCCCACCACCUCCUGCAGAGUGACGAAUGACACCUAAAGGAUACACAGAAUAUAAGUAUAGCGCCAUAGUAAUAUUGUCAAACGCCCAAUUAACUACUCAAUGACCCUUAUAGAUUGGCAGCCCAGUCAUAACAAACGCUGGCUUAGAGCUGGUCCAGCAGGAUGAUGACUGGUGUGCGUGUGUGUCUGUGUGUAUGAUUCUGACUGUGCCCAUCUGUGCUCAAUGCAGGAUGUGAAGAGCAAGCGGAACCCUCGCCUGGUGCCAUAUGCUUUAUUAGACGAGCGCACUAAGAAGUCCAACCGGGACAGCCUCCGUGAGGCCAUCCGCAUUCUGAUUGGAUACGGAUACAAUAUCGAACCUCCAGAUCAGGAGGGCGGUAAGUUAUCAAUACCACACAAAACCAUGCUGAUAUACAUAGAACAUUACAAGACUUCCUGUGUUGAUACUGUGGCCAUCUUCCCACCCACCAGGCCAUGUGGUGGACAGACUGAGCAUCGACAAGAUCCGUUUCUUCCGUGUGGAGAGGACGUACGCGGUGAUGACGGGGAAGUGGUACUUUGAGUUUGACUUGGUGACGGGGGGAGACAUGCGUGUUGGCUGGGCCAGACCUGGAUGUAGGCCUGAUGUAGAGCUGGGCACUGACGAGCUGGCCUUUGUCUUCGACGGAUACAAGGUGAGCCCUCAACUCUCUAUUCUACAUGCUUAUAAUGGUAUGUCCUUUAUUUGUAAAGGGAAAACGACACUUACGUUUAUGAUAGUUGGGCUCCCGAGUGGCGCAGCUGUCUAAGGCACUGCAUCUCAGUGCUUGAGGCGUCACUACAGACCCCCUGGUUCGAUUCCAGGCUGUAUCACAACCGGCCGUGAUUGGGAGUCCAAUAGGGCGGCGCACAAUUGGCCCAGCGUCGUCCGGGUUUGGCCGGUGUAGGCCGUUAUUGAAAAUAAUAAUUUGUUCUUAACUGACUUGCCUCGUUAAAUAAAGAUAAAAUAACAUUUAAAAAAAAUAGUUGAUGAUGGCAUAGCUAGCCUGGAGAGUAUGAUUUGUGUAUAGUGCAUACAUUUUCAUACUGGCCCCCCGUGGGAAUCGAACCCACAACCCUGGCGUUGCAAGCGCCAUGCUCUACCAACUGAGCUACACAGGCCUAGUAUUGGGAUGUGGAGGCUGACUCUCCCUAAGGACAGGUCUGUGUGGAUGAAUAGUAUUGGGCUGUGGACGCUGACUCUCCCUAAGGGCAGGUCUGUGUGGAUGAAUAGUAUUGGGCUGUGGACGCUGACUCUCCCUAAGGACAGGUCUGUGUGGAUGAAUAGUAUUGGGCUGUGGACGCUGACUCUCCCUAAGGGCAGGUCUGUGUGGAUGAAUAGUAUUGGGCUGUGGACGCUGACUCUCCCUAAGGACAGGUCUGUGUGGAUGAAUAGUAUUGGGCUGUGGACGCUGACUCUCCCUAAGGACAGGUCUGUGUGGAUGAAUAGUAUUGGGCUGUGGACGCUGACUCUCCCUAAGUAUAUCAUAAUAAAUCACAUUUUGAUUGAGUCAGAUUGUAGAGACUGAUUGUGUGUGUAUAUAUUCAGGGUCAUCGUCUGAACAUGGGCAGCCGUUUCUUUGGGCGGUGUUGGCACGCGGGGGACGUGGUGGGCUGUAUGAUCAACAUGGAGGACAAGUCUAUGAUCUUCACCCUCAACGGAGAGAUCCUCAUCACCAACAAGGGCUCUGAGCUCUGCUUCGCUGACUUCGAGACGGAGGACGGUGAGUGUGUGAGGCAGCCAGCAUUGUGUGUGAGACUGAGGAUGAAGAGUGUGUGUCAAGGACCUCUCUAAGCUCUGCCCCCUCUCUGAUGUCUCUGUGCCGUCAAAGCACUGACAGACAUGCUGCAAAAUAAGUGAAAAUAAGAGCCUCACCAUUAUGAAUUGACCUUCAUAUAAUGUCACACUUGUAAAUGGCUUUUAGUAAAAGCUGGAUUGAUAUCCCCUCCCCCUGCUGUGUGUGUGUUCUUAGAAUGAGAAGGGGAAUGAUGACAGGUGUUCUUACUCUCCCUCACUCUCUCUCUCUCCUUCAUUCUCUCUAUCUCUCUCUCUCUCAUUCUCUCUCUCUCUCAUUCUCUCUCUCUCUCAUUCUCUCUCUAUCACGCUCUCUUACCUCAUUCUCUCUCUCUCUCUCACUCUCUCAUUCUCUCUCCCUGUCUCUCUCUCCCUCUCUGAAAUUCUCUCUCUCUAUCAUUGAUUCUCUCCCUCCCCUCCUCUCUCUCUCUAUCACGCUCUACCUCAUUCUCUCUCUCACACACUCUCUCUCUCUUUCUCUCACUCUCUCUGUUCCCCAGGUUUUAUCCCAGUGUGUAGUCUGGGCCUGUCCCAGGUGGGUCGUAUGAACCUGGGGUAAGGACGCCAGUACCUUUAAGUACUACACCAUGUGUGGUCUCCAGGAGGGCUUUGAACCCUUCGCCGUCAACAUGAACCGUGAGGUCACCAUGUGGUUCAGCAAACGCCUCCCCACCUUUGUCAAUGUGCCAAAGAACCACAACCACAUAAUGGUAAGACCGACAAUUGGAAAGUCAAAGGGUCAAUGACAAAAUCAAAAUGGUAAUAUACAUGAUAUGUAGAGGUUCACGGAAGGUUUACCUUAAAUAACCAAUAAGGUAUCUCACUGGAGAAUGGCUAAAUCAGUUGUCCAAAUACAUCUCUAUCCCAGGUGACUAGAAUAGAUGGCACCAUCGACAGCCCUCCCUGUCUGAAGGUGAGCCACAGGACGUUUGGGACCCAGAACAGUAAUGGUGACAUGGUGUACUGUCGUCUGAGCAUGCCCGUGGAGUUCCACUCCUUCUUCAAGACCAGCCCUGUCAUCGACAUGAACGGAGUGCACGAAGAGCACGAGUCCCUCAAACUGAAACACAGGUCAGACCUCGUAACACGCAUUCACUGUUGUACAACACAAACAUCUCUAUAUGACACUGACAGUAUUAAACUUUGUUUCUGUAAAAGCACUUUAUCUUCUAACAUUUAAAAAUGUCCUUCAAUGCUGAUGUUUUCCUUGUAGACAUCCAUUGAAGUCUAUGAGACACAGUCAUGAUGGAAUAAGAGGAACAGAUUACAGCAACAUCACCAUGGUAUGAAAUGGAUCAUAAACAGCUGAUGAUAGUUCUUGGUUUAAUGACACUUCAGGUGCCAUGUAGUCAAGCUAACUUGCCACCAUGUUUUCUUGCAGUACUACUACUCUGUCAGGGUUUUCGCUGGUCAGGAUCCAUCCUGUGUGUGGGUGGGCUGGGUCACCCCUGACUACCAUUACUAUAGCAACCACUUCAACCUCAGUAAGAACCGGACGGUGACGGUUACCCUGGGAGACCAGCGUGGGCGGGUCCAUGAGAGGUAAUCAUGCUGUUAAGGAAACCCUCAUCCUCAUGUCGGUAUGAAUAGUGAUUAGCAACUAAUCCGAUACUAUGUUAUUUUUCCUCUUCCUCUCCCCUCUUCCUCACCCUUCCUCAGUGUGAGGAGGAGUAACUGCUACAUGGUGUGGGGUGGGGACGUCACCAGCUCAGGCCACUCGUCCAGUCGCAGUAAUGUGGACCUGGAGAUAGGCUGUCUCAUUGACCUGGCCACUGGCCUGGUGAACUUCACUGUCAAUGGGAAGGAGCUGGCCACCUCCUACCAGGUACUGCAUAGCCAACUACACAAUGUCUCUCUUUAAGAUGUCCACUGCACAGUCUACAAUAUCCUAUCACACGUUAUCUCUUCAGCCUACUUCCUUCCUGCUGCUAUCAGCCCUACAGUCUCUGUCCUAUCAUUCAGUCUGCCUCUUAUCAGACCUACACCAUCUAUUCUCUAAAAACUGAUUUUCCUGUCCUGAUCUCUUCAUUACUCAGUGUGAUAGUCACUCAGUCCCCCCUGCCUCGGGCUCAGCAGCAGGGUAGGGGCUGUCUGUCCUGCCUGCUCGCUCUCAGCUCAGUGUCUGGCUGUCUGUCCUGCCUGCCAGCUCUCAGCUCAGUGUCUGGCUGUCUGUCCUGCCUGCCAGCUCUGAGAUCAGUGUCUGGCUGUCUGUGUAUGUACUCUCAAACCAGACAACAAAACCUCCUCUUUAAAGGGCAUGAUCUUCUUAAUUUCUCCUCUCGCAGAAACUCGGCAAGCUUUUAAACUGUUCUGAGCCAUCCUGCCAGCCUCUUCCCUAGUCUCUCUCUGAGAUGCACGCACGCACGCACACACACACACACACACACACACACACACACACACACACACACACACACACACACACACACACACACACACACACACAUACACACAUAUACACACACACACACACACACACACACACACACACACACACACACACACACACACACACACACACACACACACACACACCGAGUCAGAUAGCUCUGGAACAUCAUGCACUCUCAAUGCUACUCUUUAUAAUCCCCCUCUAUACUGUAUCUGCAGUAUGGCCUCAAUAUGCCUUUUCUGUCUGCAAACGUCUUAUGUUAAUACUGUGCUCUUUCUUGACCAGGUGGAACCCAACACAAAGCUGUUUCCUGCUGUGUUUGUGCGACCAACCAGCCCCAACCUCUUCCAGUUUGAGCUGUCCAAGAUAAAGGUAGAGUAACUCGAUUUCAAUCCCUACUAUCCACGUAUGGCCCUGACCUGAAGUCCGUUUUAAUUCUAUCCACCGUUUCCACUGGUAUAUCAUCCAUUGUGUAAACUACAAUGUGCUCUGUGUGACCUCUGACCUCCACAGAAUGCCAUGCCCCUUUCAGCUGCCAUCUUUAAGAGUGAGCAUAAGAACCCAGUGCCCCAGUGCCCUCCGAGGCUGGAUGUCCAGACCAUCAACUCAGUGCUGUGGAGCCGUAUGCCAAACACCUUCCUAAAGGUGGAGACAGCCAGGGUCAGUGAGAGACACGGCUGGGUGGUGCAGUGUCUGGAGCCCCUGCAGAUGCUGGCUGUACACAUACCUGAGGAGAACAGGUAGACAUUUACAUAUGCUUACACAUACUAUGCACACACAUACACACAUGCACCACACACCCUGGUUGAGGACAUAAGCGCUCCUGUAUACGUCCUCUAUCUGUUUAAACAGUAUACUGAUCUCCCCACCAGGUGUGUUGACAUCAUGGAGCUGUCUGAGCAGGAGGACCUGAGGAAGUUCCACUACCACACCCUGAAGCUCUACUGUGCCCUGUGUGCCCUGGGAAACACCCGCGUGGCACACGCCCUCUGCAGCCACCUGGACCAAUCCCAGCUGCUCUACACCAUCGACAACCAGUACCUGUCGGGCAUGCUGCGCGAGGGCUUCUACAACAUCCUGAUCAGCAUUCACCUGGAGACGGCCAAGGAGGCCCGCCUCAUGAUGAACAACGAGUUUAUUAUCCCCAUCACCGCCGAGACGCGCAGCAUCUGCUUGUUCUCCGAUGCCUCCAAGCACCACUCUCCUCCCGGGGUGGGCCUCAGCACCUCGCUGAAGCCCCGGCUCAACUUCUACCCCCCCUGCUUCAUCAGCACCAAGAGGGAGCAGCACCUGUACAGCCCCCAGAUCCCCCUGGAUGCCCUGAAGGAGAAGGCCAUCACCAUGCUGACUGAGGCAGUGCAGGGCGGUGGGCAACACAUCAGGGACCCUGUAGGGGGCAGCGUGGAGUACCAGUUUGUGCCCAUCCUGAGGCUGAUUGGCACACUGCUCACCAUGGGCGUGCUGGGCAGUCAGGACGUUCAUAAAAUCCUGCUCCUCAUCGACCCCAACGUGUUUGUGGAGCACAGCGAGGAGGCCGUCACCGUGGUGAUGGAGGCCACAGAGAAGGAGGGGCUGACGGGCACCGAGAAGAAGGCGGUGGAGGCCGGGGAGGAGGAGGCGGCCAAAGAGGCCAAGCUGCCAAUGAAAGGUCUGCUGGAGAAGAGGCUGCCUGAGCCAGUCAAACGACAGGUAACAUGGCCACUGAGACUGAGACACUGCUUCAUCUAGGCUUUCAAUCACAUGCUCUGCAAAAAUCCACUGACAUUUAUAGUCCACUUUAAAAUCACUCAACCAUGUAAUGUCUCUGUAUCAAUGCUUUCUAUUCUAAUAAGUUUCCUGAACAUAUGUGUCAUUAGUGUCUGUGUCUAAAUCCCAGCUGAAAUGAUACGUAUGUGGAAACUGUGUUUGUCUCCUAGAUGUGUGAGCUGCUGCACUACUUCUGUGACUGUGAGCUGAAGCAUCGCAUCGAGGCCAUCGUGUCCUUCUCAGACAGCUUUGUCUCCAAGCUGCAGUACAACCAGAAGUUCAGAUACAACGAGCUGAUGCUGGCCCUCAACAUGUCUGCUGCUGUCACCGCCAAGAAGACCAAGGAGUUCCGCUCCCCUCCCCAAGAACAGGUACACACUGAAAUAGAAAUAACCUAAGAUGGCCUCGUAGUUAAUGAUGUAGGUUAUGGUGAGUUUAUCAUCUCCCUCCUGUAGAGUUACAGUAUGAGAAAGUCACAGACAAGCAGUUUUAGUCACAGACUCUCGGCCGUGGCCUUAAAUCUGUGAUUGAGUUAGACUUUUUGAAAUGCUGCCCACUUCAUGACAACUGGGAUGACUGCAGACAUCUGUGUGUGUUAACCUUGUUACAUUGAUAUAGAGUUUGCACAUUAACACAGAACAGGCUGCUGCUGAGACUACUGUUCUGAGCGAGCGAGCGAGCACACGCACACACACUGCACAUUGUUCUCUUAAACCUCAAUGGCACUCUGUCCACCUCUCCACUCUAAACUCUAGUGAGUAGUGUGGGAGUAUUCAGUAAUUUUUCCACAUUCAUGGUUAAUAUAUUUAUUCCUUUUCCUCAAAUUCCCUUUGGUUUUGUAUCAGUGGGUUCUUUCAUUGCUCCCUAGUGGCGCAGCUGUAUCACAAUCCGGCUGUGAUUGGGAGUCCCAUAGGGCGGCGCACAAUUGACUCAGCGUCGUCCGGGUUUGGCCGGGGUAGGCUGUCAUUGUAAAUAAGAAUUUGUUCUUAACUGACUUGCCUAGUUAAAUAAAAUAAAUAAAUAAAAAAUUGUGGAGAGUACCGCUCAGCUGGCCCGGAGUGACUGAGAGAGGCUUAGUGACCGUCUCUCUAACUGCUCAAGGCUGGGGGAAUCCAUCCCUGUCUGCUGUGUUAUUGCCCCUGCCCGGGGACGGGGACACAUCCAGGCUUUACGACCUCCCCCCCUGGCCCUGCCAGACAGGAGGAAGGGAAGGACACCUCAUUUCUUAAUCUACACAGCACUUCAGGGUCACAGCUCCCUGCUUACUUCAUCACUUUUCACAAACUUUAAUGUUGUUUUACCUGGAUCCUUCAGUCUCUAUUACUGCACACAAGCUUUGUCAUAUUUACUAUUUUUCUGAACUAUCUAUGUAUAAAGUGUGUAGGGCCCAUUGCAUACUACAGUCAUGUGGCCUAAAUGACAGUUUAUGUGUGUGUUUCAGAUUAACAUGCUGUUGAACUUCAGUACGGGGGAGGACUGCCCGUGUCCAGAGGACAUUCAGGAGGAGCUCUAUGACUUCCACAAUGAGCUGCGGCUGCACUGUGGUAAAGAACAACAUCAGGAGGGUUUAUGUCUCCAGUCUAGACCUGAAAAUUAUGACCUGCCAUCUCACUAGGAAUAAAAAUGAAUGGCAGCAUUACAGGGCCUGAGUGGGAAAUGAUACCGUAGAGAUGAGAUGUGGAAUUUAUUGAAAACAAAACUAUGUUAUUACUCACAGCAAAUUGGACACAAUGCUUGUCCAAAUAGGACUGGUGAAAACAUCCCCAGCAAGAGUUAUUAUAAUUGCAUUUUUCACUUCAAAAACGAUGUAAUAUAGUUAGUUCUCAUCCUGUAUCCUUGUAAAUGUAUGUUUAUUGUCUGAGCUCCCAAGGUUAAUUUGAAUUACAGGAGGAUAUUGUAUUAGAGCUUCCUGUGCGUUUCUUUGCAAAAAGGAUGUCUUCUCUCUCGCUGCUGAUGUGUUUUAGUUCAUUGCCUCUCCAGAUUGCUCUGACAUCUUGAUGUUUUGCUAAAUCAUUGAAAAGGGCUGUACCUAGGGGGUACUAUACCGAUGUAAUGUCUUCUACAGUUAUGCUGCACUUCUCUGACCUGAAGCAGCACCUUAGGAUGGAGACUGCAUGAACAGAGAAAGGAAAGACAGAGCAAAAUAAACCCUAUGAUACAGCUGACAGAUGUUGCCAGAUUGACCCAUAGGAAACAAUAUUUGUCCAGGAGUGGGAUUUUAUUCCUGUGCUGUGUGUUUAUGUAGGAAUCCCUAUGGAGGAAGAGGAAGAUGAGCAGGACACGUCUAUUAAAGGUCGUCUCCUGGCCCUGGUCUACAAGAUCAAAGGUCAACCUCUGAAGACUGAAGAGGAGCCCACGGAGCAGGAACAACAAGCCCCCUGUAACACUAUACUAUUAGUAUUACUAUUAUUUCUAUAUGUCACAGCCAGCAAUAACAUGAACUGGCGACUCUGAAACCCACCUUGUCCCGCUAGUCCUGUAGUCCCUGAAGAUAAUACAGUCCCUCAGUAAUAGCAUGUUUCCUAAAAGACUCCUAUAAUAGGUUAUCUCUCCAAAACAAGUCACUGUUUACUCGCUCAGUACGGGGGAGGACACAGGAGGACAGGGAAAUUGAAAGCAGGGUAGCUGUUGAAUAGUGAUGCUGGCAUACAGGCCCUGUUUCAUUUGUCUGGCAUGUAGUACAGACACCCAGUGGCAGUCAUUUCCAUUUCAAUUUCAAUUUUACUAUGGUAAUGCAGACCCGGUAUAGGAUUGGCUGCUCCGCCUGGUAGUGAGGGGCAUCUUCACUCAGUCCUGCUCUUCUGCAGAGAGAGGGGGAAAACACUGCACUGAUUGAACUCAGGCUUCUUUAUCCCGAUCACACACACACACACACACAUGCAGAGCACUGUACCAAUGUGAGUACAGUAUGGAAAUUGUCUGACAUUCUUCAUGUACAAUGCAAUGUCAGAGGCUACUAAUGAAUUAACUGAUUGCCUCUAAUCAAGACUCCAUAAAAAAAUUAUACAACAAUGUUUCACAAUAGCAGAAUCCUCAAUAUUAUCAGGACAACUCUACAUUUCUUGAAACAUUAUCCUCCCGAGUGGCGCAGUGGUCUAAGGCACUGCAUUGCAGUGCUAGCUCUGCCACUAGAGAUCCUGGUUUGAAUCCAGGCUCUGUCGUAGCUGGCCGUGACUGGGAGACCCAUGGGGCGGCGCACAAUUGGCCCAGGGUAGGGGAGGGAAUGGCCGGCAAUGGUUGGUAGAGCAUGGCGUUUGUUGUGGGUUUGAUUCCCACGGGGGGCCAGUAUGAAAAAUUUAAAAUAAUGUAUGCACUCACUAACUGUAAGUCGCUCUGGAUAAGAGCGUCUGCUAAAUGACCAAAAAAAUGUUUUUGGUCAAACAGGAAGAUGAAAAACAUGUUUGCAUUCUUCCUGAAAAUGGGUACAGCUCACUGCCAAUAAUAAGAGUGCUUCUGGCAUGGACAACUGCCCAAAUUGCGGCGGGUAAAUUUGGCCUGAAAUAUGCACCUAUGAAUGCAGAUGGUUUAAGGCAAUCUGUCCCCAGACAGUUAGACUGACCCCGAUGUGGACCACAUGAGACCCCACGAUUGAUCUCACAAGAGAGAGGAGAUGAAAAUAGACGUUGUGUAUUUCCACUAAAAGACUUGUUAGGGUAUUUUCUUGCUCGUGUUGGCUGUUUUCUUCAGACAUGAUUGAUUAUAACCAUGCUGUGUAACAGCAGCCUGGGUACAGGGUUUCACUGCUACUGUAGGAAUUAGGAGUCCUGCAGGAAGGAGUGAAGAAGAGAGAGUGAAAAAAGGAAAGGGUGCAAUGCAGUGCUUUGAUGCAUCUAGUACAGUGUAUAGACCACUCUGUGUUUCCUCUUGAUAGAACUUCCACAAUUCCCAGAGGUGUUGUUUUGGAGAAGUCCCACUAAUCAACACCCCUACCCGAAACUCUACUUCCCCCAGCCCCCCUUAGCCCACAGAGAGUCCUGAUUCAGCAGUGACACAAACUCUCCUCUGCAAUCCCCAUGUCCUCAUGGCUGAGUGGUCCUAUUACAUUUGGUCAGCUGUUUUAUGGGCCCUCCACGGCCUCCAGUUUCUCCACAUGUUCCACUCCCCCAGGUUCGUCCCUCUGUCACCUCAGCUUUCCCAUGGGACCUUGAGAAUACAGCAGGGGCCCUAAAGUCCACCGUAACUCCCAUAGGACGAUGAUCAGAUCACAGAAUAAAGGCAAUAGCUCUGCCAAACUCCCUGACCUAGUAUUUAUUGGCCCAAAAUGAUUUGCUUCCUGUUGAGCGGGCUAUGUGAAAUGUAGUGUGAGGAGUUUAGCUCCACUGGGCCUGCCGUUUGUUCAUCAGAGGAACUCUAUUGUCAUUCCUGGCAGCUGAGACAUGCGCGUCUUUAUGUAUUGAGAGAAGGUCGUUAUGCUCCUUGUAGCUGGAGAAGGACAAAUGUUAGUCGUUUAGGAGAACGCCUGCCCUUCCUGCCUCUGGUGCUGGGAUUGAUUACCACUGACUGGGGCAUUCUGUUGUUUUCCCGCUGCCCAACCCGACAGUGAUGAUUGACAUCCCAGUGUUGUCUGUUUUACUAGCCAAGCCAAUCAACCAGCAGAAACAGAGACUUUAAAACACAGCCACCUAAUUGUCCCCCCCCCCCCCCCCUCCCCACUGCUCUAAAUUUGUUACUGUUCUCACUCUGGCGAGGCUACCUAACCUUGGAAAACAGACAGACACACACACACACCACCGCUACACACUGCCACACACCACCGGUACACACUGCCACACACUACCGCUACACACUGCCACCACUACCGCUACACACUGCCACACACACCGCUACACACUGCCCACACACCACCGCUACACACUGCCACACACUACCGCUACACACUGCCACACACCCACCGCUACACACUGCCCACACACCACCGCUACACAACUGCCACACACUACCGCUACACACUGCCACACACUACCGCUACACACUGCCACACACUACCGCUACACACUGCCACACACCACCGCUACACACUGCCACACACUACCGCUACACACUGCCACACACUACCGCUACACACUGCCACACACUACCGCUACACACUGCCACACACCACCGCUACACACUGCCACACACCACCGCUACACACUGCCACACACUACCGCUACACACUGCCACACACCACCGCUACACACUGCCACACACUACCGCUACACACUGCCACACACCACCGCUACACACCACCACAGGCAUAUUGAUCUGGUUUUAUUGAAGCGUUGAGGCUUCCCUUCAAAUGAGCUGUCCAAACUAAUGACUCAGUUAACCGGGAGAGGCAGCAGAAUAUGGUACAGUACUAUUCAUACCUCUUACUCUCCCAGUGAGUCUCAUUCUUACAUAAGAGUGCUUCACUUCCGCUCCACCGAGAAUGGGCAAUCGCCUUUUCAUGGAUGAAUUAGCAAAAGUGUUUUCUUUACAAAUGACAAACGGAAAAGAAUGACAUUGACAUUGCUCACACAAUUUAUCACCUUUCCUUUUGAGAAGAGACUUGUUGCUGUGUGUUAUACACAGACAGUGUUCUAGAGAGAGAGAGAGAUGCUUCUAAUUCAAGGUCUUAUUUGCAUCACUGAGCCAGGCUCCUGAAUUGAGUCUUUGAAUGGUUUCCCUUUUAUCACUCUUGCAUGGUGACAAUGGACGGAAGUGGGAUCAGCUAGUCAAGUGCAGUCUCUUUAACAGCAGUGUGAGGGGGAUUUAUGAAGUGUGCAGGGCUGCUACUGAAGGGCCAGAAGAGCCCUGCUGUGUCUCUGAGGCAGACCUCUAUAGGUGGAGGUCAUUCUCUGUACACAAGGACACACAGGCCAGAAGGCACUGCAGAGCAGAGCUAACAUCAACUAGGGCUGACACUGCAAGCAAGUCUCCGCUGGAUAAAGAACAUUUAAAAAGGCUCCCACUUAGAGUAUUAGUACCAUCUAACGUACUACCGUCUACUGGUGUUGUCCUUACCACUAUUCUGUGCAUUUUGCAACGUCUGGUCUCUUGGCCGUCCCACCCCUACGGGGGCUCAGCUCCCGCUCAGCCCAGUCAAAGCUCUUCUCUGUCCUGGCACCCCAAUAGUGGAACAAGCUUCCCCUGAAGCUAGGACAGCAGAGUCCCUGCCCAUCUUCCGAAAACAACUGAAACCCUACCUCUUCAAAGAGUAUCUUAAAUAAGACAUCUCAGUCUUAUACAGUAUGUAACCUAUAUCCUAACAAUGUAAAGUCUAGGAGUUAAUGAGGUUCUGCUUAUUCCCCCAGCCAACCUUAAAGAGCUGAUUAGCCAGACAAUGGUGAGCUGGGCUCAGGAGUGCCACAUCCAGGACCCGGAGCUGGUCAGAGUGAUGUUCAGCCUUCUGAGGAGACAGUACGACAGCAUAGGAGAGCUGCUCCGGGCCAUGAGGAAGAGCUACACUAUCAGUGCUGCCUCUAUACAGGACACCAUCAACCUACUGGCCUCUCUGGGUCAGAUCAGAUCACUGCUGUCCGUACGCAUGGGCAAGGAGGAGGAGAAACUCAUGAUCGAUGGUCUGGGGUAGGCAGGGGCACAUCACAGCUAAAGUCUGCAUGAACAUAGUCUGAUAAUUAGGUAUUUUUAGUGGAUGAAAUAUCGUUUACAAGCCUUUGGUAACUUCUAAGAUCGAUACAAUAACAAUGUUGCAUGUUAAGGCAUCACUCUGUUCUAAGCAUUCUCUCACAUGUUCUGAGUUGCUUGUGUUUUGUAUUUCCGUCCAGUGACAUCAUGAACAACAAGAUAUUCUACCAGCACCCCAACCUGAUGCGUGUGCUGGGCAUGCAUGAGACGGUGAUGGAGGUGAUGGUCAACGUGCUGGGAGGAGGCAAGUCCCAGGUACAGUACAGGACUGAGGAUAGAGGAGACUGGUGUAUCACAGCAUCCAUGACAUACUGCAGAGGUGUUGAUGAGAUAUUACAUUAGCACUGUGACUACUGGGUAGGUGUCAGAUGCAGCAUACCAACUCCCAAUUAAAGGGAAUUAUUUUAAAACAUCGUUUUUAAAAAUUUUAACUACCCUCUAGACCACGUGUCAAACUCAUUCCACGGAGGGCCGAGUGUCUGCGGGUUUUCGCUCCUCCCUUGUACUUGAUUGAUGAAUUAAGGUCACUAAUUAGUAAGGAACUCCCCUCACCUGGUUGUCUAGGUCUCAUAAUAAUUGCUGGAAUGGAAUGGUAUCAAACAGAUGGAAACCAUGUGUUCGAUUUAUUCUGUACCAGCCAUUACUAUGAGCCCGUCCUCCCCAAUGAAGGUGCCACCGCCCUCCUGCGAAGGAGUUUGACACCCCUGCUCUAGUCUAAGUUGGGAGGAGGGGUUCACUAAGCUAACGUAUGGAAUUGUUUUAAGAUGGUCAUACCAAGGGUCAUUUAGCUAUUUGAUUUGGAAUUUUAGGACCCCUUUAGGUAUCCGCAAAAAAUACAAUAUUUGAUGAAACAUUGAAUUUGGCCUUACUGCUAUUAGCCCAUAGAAACGUAUUGAAUAACAGAUUCAUACGUGGAAAAACACUCUCAAAAAAUUUUUUGUUUUGAAGUGUCUGUCCUAUAUCUGAGAGAUAUAUGAAAGCCAGAAAAAGAAAAUAUAUGGAAUUAACCAUAUACAUUUAACAUGGAAAUGCCCUAUUCACUUCCAUUCAUUUUUUGGCCCAGGUACCGGGUUACCUUUCAUCCCGGUACCAUGACACUUGUGGGGGUUGUAGAGCGAAAUGGAGAACACCAUCCUGUUUGUGAGAAACUCAUCUUUCCAUAGAGGGGGGUCAUAUUACUGUGUAGCCCAAACCGUGAGAAGAAUGAUUUCGGAAGACGAUUUUCGGGAUGUCUCCUGGUCUGACAAACACAGCUGUAGCUCGGCCACCUUCCACUACAGAUGUAGAAGGCCGCUCUGAUAUCUCUAGCUUAAACAGAGGGAUUUUGAUAGGGAUUUUUUUUUAUGCCUUGAGCGGAGCAUGUGGGGAACUCAAGUGGAAAAAUUAUUUUAAUUACAUUUAUUUUAUUAUGCCCAGCUCAUUAAGCCCCUUGAUGAUGUGAGGCUUGAGGCAAUUACCUCUUCUGCCUAAUGGUAAGUCCGCCAGUGGCCAUAGGUUAUCUAUCAUACUAUCUGGUAGUGCCUGUCUUGACUGCAUCAAAUUAUUGUAAAGAAGCUAAAGUAGCAAGGCUAAUUGAGGCUAUUUUGCUGCGCUCCCCAUCCAAUGUCUACAACAGCCUACCUGUUGGUUGAUCAUUGUAGCCUACUCUUUCUCAUUUAGCCAACUUAAUUCUGUAAUUUUAAUUCAAUUUUCCAUUGACUAGAAAUCUCCCACUUCACUUUCUACACAUGGAGCCUCUGACUGUAGCACCGUUUUGAUUGACCGACAAUAACAACAAGAUACACGUGUGAAACGUGUGAAGGCUACCGGUGUGUCUUUUUUAUGGGGCACACUCAUAAAACUGUUUUAUAAAAAUGUUGAUUGUCAUGGUUUAUCUUUGUAGGCUAUGUAGCAAUGUCACAUAGACAGUCGUAUUUAAUUUUAGACAAAGCCUUUUUUUUAAAGGCCUAUUUAUUUAUUUUCUUCAUGAAUACUCUCCCAAGUAAUCGAAUAUUAACGUCCAUUCAGAUAUUCAAAUAACCGUGCCCAUCCCUAGUUGAGAGAAACUCUUCCCACAGUCAGAGCAGUGGUAAGGCUUCUCUCCUGUGUGUACUCUGAACUUUUAGCUCAGCUGAUGUUGUGAAGCCCGUCCCACAGUCAGAGCAGUAGUAAGGCUUCUCUCCAGUAUGUAUCCGUUGGUGUCUUUUUAAGUGGCCUAAUACGGAGAAACUCUACCCACAGUCGAAGCAGAAGUAAGGCUUCUCUCCUGUGUGUGCUCUCUGAUUAACUUUAAGGUCAUUUGAUGUUAUAAAGCAUUUCUCUCCUGUGUGUAUAUAUUGAUGUAUUUUUAAGUGGCCCAGUUGAGAGAAACUCUCCACAGUCAGAAGAGUGUGCACUCUGAUGAAAUGUCAGAGCCCUUGAUGUAGUGAAGCUCUUCCCAGUCAGUGCAGGAUUACAGAUUCUCUCCUGUGUGUAUUUUUUGGUAUAUUUUAAGCUUUGAUAGAAAUGGGAAAAUUUCCUCACAAUGUGGGCAGUGGUGAGACCUCUUGGCUCUGUGAUCUUCCUUCAGUUGCUCUCUGGAUGUAGAGAAUGUCUCAACACAGUGUCCUUUGUGAACAACAUCAAAAUAACAAGUCAGUUGGUAUGAUAUACAUAGGACUUCAUAUCAGUAGGCUGUACGUUACAGAAGGGGAAUAAAACUAUUCUAAAAGUGGGUAACAGUCAAUGGCAGAAGGGGAAGAAGGAGUUAAAAUUAUCGGUCAUAUCAUCCUCUACUCACUAUCACAAAGGUUAGCAAAUACAGACUAAUUUAAUAGAAUUUCAAAACACUGGCAGUGUGUCUAUCUAACGUCUUUAGUCUACUCUCUGAGCACUCCAGAAUAAAGCCUAGUGAAUAAGAUAAAUGCUGACAAUACUAGUGUCAAACCAUGCAAGUUUCGGUAACCUGAAAUGUCAUCUACCAUUUCAUUAAAAUAAUUCAUCAUGAAACAGUUCUACAGCAACCUGUCAUGCACAGUGGGAAGUUGGAAUGAACAACAGAAGCUUUGUUGAAAUUGGAAUGUCAGUGCACUUCCUGAUUUGACUGGAAUUGCAAUGGAAAUGACCCCAACCCUGGCUACUACACAGACUCAUUUCAUGGAAAUGUCACCAUGUCAUUGUUGGGUGAAAAGAAGAGCAAAUGUUGAUUACUUUUUCCAAAUUCACGUCUCCAUCUCAACCAAAAAUCAAAGUUAAAGAAUAGGACCUCAUCUAAUCAAACGUUAAAUGCACUUUCAGUAAGGUUUGAUUUUAUUUAGUCCUAUUCUUUAACUUGGAGAACUUGAUGAUUACAUUUGAAAUCAGCCAAAGCUUGAAACCCUAGGCCUUUAGGUAUUGUCUAUUUUUAGUUGAACCCUGGGGUUGAAUUGAAACAAAAGCUAUUGAUGACUUUGCAAAUGAAAUAUAAGCCUAAAUAGUAUAAUUGAUGAUAUACAGUAUAACUUAUAAAGUAUUGUUACAUUUAAUUUGCUCUGUUAAACCUACACUUUGGAAUGACUUUGAUAGCAACGGUGAAUAACAUAUUUAGUUAUUAAGAGAUCUCUCAAUAAUCAUUCUCACAAUAGCACAUAGUAAGUAGACAGUAGCCAGGUUUCCGUCCAAGCUUUUUAUGCGAGUAAAGUCAAAUGUCAGAUAAAAAAUUUAAUGACAGACCUGAUGGAAGCAGAACAUUUCAAACUUUCCAAAUGUCGACACAACUGAAUACACUAGACAAGGUGGGAUCUUUUAGUGUCUGUAAAAUUAAUUAGGCCAUGCGAGAAAUGUCGGUGGAAACACUUUAAUGCGCAAAUAUUGAUAGAAUAACCAUCAUAUUGAAGUAAACUUGGAGUCAAGCGAUGACAUGUUGUGUGGUCCUCUCACUACGACUCGUUGGGAAAGCAUGCAGUUUAUUAAUCUACAGAUUAAAUAAAUUAUGAUGAACUUCACAGGGUGGUGAAAGUGCAAGGUACGCACAGCCUUUUAUCCCCAACAAGUCAAUUUGAUGGAAAUACAUCUCUGGUGGGAAAAUGCGCAUAUUGUUUUUAUGCAGAUUUUAGAAUAUUUGCAUGAAAAUCUGUCGCCAAUUUAAUGAAAUUGAAAACCUAGCCAGUGACUAAUAUCAAAGCUAAGCAGGACUGGGCUUGUUUAAACCCUGGAUGGGAGACCAAAUGAUCUAGCUGUAGAUAGAUCAACUCUCCAGUAGGAAAUGAUCUAGCUGUUUAUAGAUCAACUCUCCAGUAGGAAAUGAUCGAGCUGUUUAUAGAUCAACUCUCCAGUAGGAAAUGAUCGAGCUGUUUAUAGAUCAACUCUCCAGUAGGAAAUGAUCUAGCUGUAUAUAGAUCAACUCUCCAGUAGGAAAUGAUCUAGCUGUAUAUAGAUCAACUCUCCAGUAGGAAAUGAUCGAGCUGUUUAUAGAUCAACUCUCCAGUAGGAAAUGAUCGAGCUGUUUAUAGAUCAACUCUCCAGUAGGAAAUGAUCUAGCUGUUUAUAGAUCAACUCUCCAGUAGGAAAUGAUCUAGCUGUUUAUAGAUCAGCUCUCCAGUAGGAAAUGAUAUAGCUGUAGAUAGAUCAACUCUCCAGUAGGAAAUGAUCUAGCUGUUUAUAGAUCAACUCUCCAGUAGGAAAUGAUCUAGCUGUUUAUAGAUCAACUCUCCAGUAGGAAAUGAUCUAGCUGUUUAUAGAUCAACUCUCCCGUAGGAAAUGAUCAGCUGUGAUAGAUCAACUCCAGUAGGAAAUGAUCGAGCUGUUUAUAGAUCAACUCUCCAGUAGGAAAUGAUCUAGCUGUUUAUAGAUCAACUCUCCAGUAGGAAAUGAUCUAGCUGUUUAUAGAUCAACUCUCCAGUAGGAAAUGAUCUAGCUGUAGAUAGAUCAACUCUCCGUAGGAAAUGAUCGACUGUUAUAGAUCAACUCUCCAGUAGGAAAUGAUCGAGCUGUUUAUAGAUCAACUCUCCAGUAGGAAAUGAUCUAGCUGUUUAUAGAUCAACUCUCCAGUAGGAAAUGAUCUAGCUGUAGAUAGAUCAACUCUCCCGUAGGAAAUGCUGCCCGCCUAUUGUUAUUUUUUUCUUAUAGUGGAUAUAACAUUGAAGAGCUGACAUUGUUUCAAAGGUACAAAUUCAACAUAUUGUGUUGAAUGUUUGUCUAUGUAUAAUUAUUUUUACAAUUAUAACAUAAUCCUGUAGUUGAAAUUCCACCCUGAUGACUUUUUCCAAUCCAAUGUAUUUUUCACAUAGAUACCACGUCACAGUACGUUGAAACAACGUUGAUUCAACCAGUUUCUGCCCAGUGGGUAACUUAUAGAAAGAAAGAACCUGCCCUUACCAUGAUAAACAUAUUUUCCAUUCUUCUCCUCUUCUUCAUCUUUAAUGUUGGCAUUCAGCUCCAGUGUUUGACUGCAGUCUUCCAGCUUCACUGAGGCCAUCUCUGGAUCCUGCGGUGCAAACUGCUUUCCACUGUCACAAACAGGCUUGGACUCUGUGUGGAAGGAGAGAGGCAGGCUGGGUUUGUCCUCACUGUACUCACUGUUAAUCUGGCAACUCUGGAUAGGAUCCCAUUCCUAUAUAGAAGUCUGAGUUCAACCUCCUGGUCGUCCCCUGUGCAUGCCACACCCUUCCCAUGGUACUGUAUGUAUGAAUAGAUUUUGAAUAAUGGCUGCCUAAAAUGCUGUGGUGCUUACAAACACAAUAGGAAAGGUGGUGGCAGAUGUGGGCCAUCACAGCUGAGUUUACAGCUUUUUCACUCUCAGCGUUCAUAUCAAUGACUCACCCUCAAAUGGACCAUCAAUACCAGAGUUCUACAAGACUAUUUACAUAAUCAACCAGGCAUUUCAAUAGCCUGAUCCUCAGUAAAGUUCUGGGCAUAUAUUGAGCUCUAACAAUGGGGCGUGGAAAGGGUCUGUUGAAAUGAAUGCUGUAGUGGUGUGAGAAAGGUUACACAAGCUUCCUCUCUGGUUCCAUUGCCUAAUAGUAAGUAUUGGCACUGUUGUUUGGUCACCUCACCAGACCUCCAAUAUGGUUAAGUAUCCUUUAUCCUUAUUGAACCAUAUCAAAAUAACAGUGUGCAAUCAAACCAUAUAACCUGGUUCAAUCAUUCAUGACAUUACCCUGACGAAGGCACUGUGAUGCCGAAACAUUGGUGGUUUACCCAAUACAUUACUGAGAGCUUGUAUAUAGACGAUGUACCGCUCUGUAUGUUUUAUAAGCAUAUAUUGAGCUCUAACAACGGGGCAUGGAAAGGGUCUGUUGAAAUGAAUACUGUAGUGGUGUGAGAAAGGUAACACAAGCUUUCUGGUUCCAUUCCCCAAUAGUAAGGUGUCAUUCUUGAAUGUUGUGGUAGUAAUGUCCUUGGACUUUAAUAAAAAAAGCUUGAGAAAACAUUGGUUGUAGGAUUUAAUGCAUAAAAGUCAGGUUUUCCAGCACUCCAAUGUGUAUGUGCUGCAGAGCAAUGUAAGAGAGACUAUACUGCACGUGGCAGGGAGGCUGAGUGUGUGUUGGGAAGGCAGGGGAGUGCAGAAAUAAAGACACCCCAGCAGGCUGACGGCUCUCUUCCAUGAUACUGGAGUAUAGAGACCCGGGCUGGGGAUGGAGGGAAGACAUAGGGGGAGUCGGCAUGGCAUGGCAGACCUUUUUAGGCAUUCAUUAGUGAAGGGGAUUUAUAGUAACAAGCCCUGAGGAAGCCAAAUAGUCAGUAGACUUAACACACUCCUCUGUCUGUCUGUCUUUGUUAAGCUUGUGUGAGAGCUAAGAUUUACAUCUACUUAUAACAUGUCAGCUGAGUCUUUGUUUUGUACUGAGAAUUGUACAGGUUGUGCCUCAUUAAGCCUAUUCUCUGUGUUCUCCUCUCAGGAGAUAGCGUUCCCCAAGAUGGUGGCAAGCUGCUGUCGCUUCCUGUGUUACUUCUGCAGGAUCAGUCGUCAGAACCAGAAGGCCAUGUUUGACCACCUCAGCUACCUCCUGGAGAACAGCAGCGUGGGCCUGGGUAGGUACACCUGGGUCAUAUUUAUUAGGGCACACUGUAUUAAAACGUAUUGCAACAGAAAACAAAAACGAGUUCAAGGCACUCCUUCCCUGUUUCAGUCAGUUUUCUUUCAUUGGUGACCUUCUUUUCGAAUAUGACCUUGCUUAGCAUUUUACACUUCUUGCUUUAUGGAGCAUCUCUGACAGGAAAAUGACAUGCUAUAACCAGCGUGUCUUAUUUCAUAUUGGGACGACUGGCUCAUACUCUAGUUACACUGGGUGUGACAGCAUCUCUGACGCUGUUCUCAUUAUUAUGGACAAUAAUCUCAUCGGGGCUUCAGGUUAGGUCCUUGAGCUGUGAGUCUGCAUACAUUAGACACACAUCUGAGAUUAAGAGGGUGUGUGUGUGUGUGUGUGUGUGUGUGUGUGUGUGUGUGUGUGUGUGUGUGUGUGUGUGUGUGUGUGUGUGUGUGUGUGUGGCCAGUCGGUCGUGUUGAGAAUUCAUCAGGUGAGAGGGUCAUUGUACAUUCUAUCAAGAGAGGUGCCACAGUCACUCUGAACACCCUGCUGUGGCAGAGAGAGAGAGCGAGAGAAAGAGAGUGCAUUCUCUUCUGGAAUAACUCACACACCAAAUGGUCCACAGGCAAAGGAUAAUCUAAUCACAGUCUUGCACCUGUAUUAGACAAAGCCUUUGAGCGUUAGCCUGAACCAAUAAUUUACACGUUUUUGAAUAUUUCUGUUUAUGAAAACACAGAAAGUGCAGUGUCCUUUAUAUCAGUCAUUUCUCCUCAGACAGUGUUCAUAGGCUUGGAUAAACUCAGUGAAACAAUAGAAGGAAUUGUUGCAAGUAGGAGCUGGAAACUUUGGUUUAGAUCAGUAUCACUCAACUGUUGACAGAUUAACAAUCUGCCAGUCCAAUCAGAGCCUGGUUCUGGUUCAUCAUGAGUGUAAGGCUGCCCCCUGCUGUUGGCUUUAUGUUACUCCCACUAUCUCCCAUUUCAAUGGUUUAUGAUUUAUGGUCCGACACAUAACGAAAAAUACAUUACAGACAAAAAUACUUAGCAAUUUAAAACAUUAACAUAGACCUUACAGACUUAUACAUAAAAAAUAAAUUAAAGACACAAAUGUACACAAUUGAUGAGUACCUCAACGCGCUGUUUCGGUGCAUGUGACAAAUAAAAAUGUGAUUGAUUGAUCAGACUUAGUGGAAUGGACAUUCAUUCUCUAUACACCAUAAUUGUUGUAAAUACCUGUAAGAAAGUAGCUACUUUAAUUGGAUCCUAUAUAUGUUUUCUGCCCAUAGCAUCCCCAGCCAUGAGGGGCUCCACUCCUCUAGACGUGGCUGCCUCCUCUGUGAUGGACAACAACGGCCUGGCCUUGGCCCUGGAGGAGCCCGACCUGGAUAAGGUAGGUGAUGCUGUCUCUAUUGGAUUUGUGUGUGUUGAUUUGUGUGCAUUAGAAUUAGUGUUUUGUGUCUAUGUGUAUAAGAUUAUCCUCAGUCCAUGUGUCUGUUAUUAAGUUUGUACUGGUUGUGUCCUGAUUGUGUCCUAGUUGUGUCUUUGUUGUGUCCUAGUUGUGUCUUGAUUGUGUCCUGGUUGUGUGUUGCAGGUGGUGACGUACCUAGCAGGCUGUGGGCUCCAGAGUUGUCCCAUGCUGCUGGACAAAGGUUACCCUGACAUCGGUUGGAACCCCAUCGAGGGCGAGCGCUACCUCUCCUUCCUGCGCUUCGCUGUCUUUGUCAAUGGUAGGUAGGAAACUGUACUGUACUGACUGUCAGCAGCUACUGUACUGAACCUUAGUCUCUGUAGGGUAAAGUGGAGAAUGGGGCUUGUGCUGUACUGUGCCUUCCACACCAGGUGUGGGCAGGGUUAGAGAGGGCCUGUCUGUCUGUAUGCUGCAGAGCAGGCUAGACUGCCUGAGGAGGUUAGUAUCUGGGAGCUACAACCUCAGCACCAGUAGAGCUCAGUGGAGGAACAGGCUCUCACUAAAGAUAUUGGAAACUGCUCCUGGCUGAACGAGCAGGGCAGCCAUUAAUUUGCUUCCUGACAGUGAUGGACCAAAAAAAAGUAGCGAUACAUUGGCAAGCACUCACUAGAUGAGGUUUAUAUCUGAUGCUGUUCACCUCUGAGGUGUUUGGGAGCCCGAGGGAGUAUUUUGUUUAUGUCAGAGUUGUUGAUAUAUGUGUGUGUUUUUCGUCCUAUGCAUUUUUCUGUGCAUCUUGUGUCGAUGUCAAUGUCGAUGUGCUAAUGCAGUUUAGCACUGAUAUAUUUGUUUUGUUAACCUGGUGUGUGUGUCUGUGUGUUUGUGUGUUCCAGGUGAGAGUGUGGAGGAGAACUCCAGUGUGGUGGUGAAGCUACUGAUCAGACGUCCGGAGUGUUUUGGCCCGGCCCUGAGAGGAGAGGGGGGUAACGGGCUGCUAGCAGCCAUGAAGGAGGCCAUCAAGAUCUCUGAGAACCCUGCUCUGGACCUACCCUCCUCUGGCCAGGGGGUCAGCUAUGACGUGUAAGAUACAUACUGUACCUGCCAUAGCUAUAGAGCAAGAGCUAACAGCAUACCCAGCUAGCACAUAACGUUCUGAAAACCAUAUGUUUCCUAGAGCUUGGUGAGAGCGUGGUUGUCCUAUGGUUAUAUUGCAUACAACCUUCCCAGAACAUUCUGGGAAUGGUGCAGGAUACCCAGCUAGCACAUAACGUUUCUUAGAUGGGAAUUUCAGUACUUCAGCAUAAUGUUUUCUAAAGGUUUACUCAUGGUUCUAUUUAAAGUCAUGUUCUCAGAACGUUCAGAAAACAUUAAGAAACAACAUUCUUCUGUGGGCAUUUCAGUACUUCAGCAUAAAGUUUUCUGCAGGUUUCCUCAUGGUUCUAUUUAAAGUAAUGUUCUCAGAACAUUAAGAAAGCUUUCCAUAAAACCACAAAAAACAGUAUCAUUCAAAGAACAUUCUAAGAAUGUUAUUUAUUUAACAUAUACAUUCUGUUCUCUAUCCACUAUCUUGUUAAGUGUGUUCAGGUGUGUUGGCCGCGUCCAUUAAUUGGCCACACCUGAUCUUAAUGAGUGCUUGUUUCAUUUGAAAUGGGGUCUGUUUGAAUAGACUAAAAUGAACAGCUUUGUAUGAGUAAAAAAUUCAUGGCAUGCUAACUCUGUCCUGGUGGCGCAGUGGACUAAUUGCAUGGAUAGAGAACAGAGGAUCAUAGGUUUGAAUCUCACUGACGCCAUGCCACAAAAAAAAAAAAUGUAUUUGCAUGAUUAAUGCCUAAGCAGAUGAAUUUACAUGUGUCUUAUCUGUGCUUGGCGUUCAAAACAGUUAACCUAAGCCAGCAGUGUUAUGAAAAGUAUUUAAUAACCUAGAAUUUCCAAUCUCAGAAUACUAAAACAACUUUCAGGGAACCAUAGUAAAACGUUCUCAGAACCUCCCUGCAACCUAAAAAUUUACGUUCCUAGAACAGGCAACAUUUUCACUUCUGUUCUCAGAACGUUUAAAAAACGUUCCAUAUUACCGUUCAGGAAACGUAUGGCUUCGUUCCCAGAACCAAUGGGAAACCAAAAACGUACGUUCCCACAACUUCCAAGGAACCAAAUGUGCUAGCUGGUUAGAGCUAAUAGUACAUAGCGAAGUAAACCCUGUAAGAUCAUCAGCAGUUAGUUAAGAUAGCAAGACAAGACCCAUAAGACCUUCUCACUCCCCCUCCUGUGUUUGUUGUGGGCAGGUCUGCUGAGGAUGAUGAGGAGGAAGAGGUGGUUCACAUGGGAAAUGCCAUCAUGUCCUUCUACUCUGCUCUCAUCGACUUAUUGGGACGCUGUGCCCCAGAGAUGCACGUGAGUUUAGCUGAUGGUCCCAUCACAGAUCAUAUGAACUCUAACCUACUCUGAGAGGCACAGUUCAUUUGCAUUCGAAACAUCUGUUCGCUUUGACUCACCUGGAUAAGUAAAGGUUGAAUGAAUGUAUGUACUCCAACAAUAGGACUAAUGUCCUUGUCCUCCUCCCUCAGUUGAUUAACAAGGGGAAAGGGGAGGCCCUGCGUAUCCGUGCCAUCCUGCGCUCCCUAGUGCCCACUGAAGACCUGGUGGGCAUCAUCAGCAUAGCCCUCAAAAUGCCCGUCAUCCACAAAGGUAGAGGACUGCCCAGUUCCUACCCAGCUCUCAUAACACACAACAGCACACAGCACACACAACAGCACACACAACAGAACAAAACAACAGCACACAACAGCACAAAACAACAGCACAAAACAACAGCACAAAACAACAGCACACAACACAAUAACAUCCCAAAUCACUCAGCCAUCAUGGCCCAUCUGCUGGCUUUCACACUUUACUCUACAAAAUCUAAAAACAAAUCAAAUUGGUUGAGUUAUACAUAAUAAAGUAUGAAACCCAAUAGUUUAAAUGGUGGUGCUGAAGUGCUGUUGAUCCCAGCUCACAGUUCAUGUGUUUUUAAUCAGCCAUGUCUUUCUACCUCCCACGGCUUUGAGUUAGCCUGCUCUGCUAUCCUCUCCUCAUCUCCCUCUCAUUUCUGUUGCUGGGUAUUUUUCUCUAUUGAUUGCUCUAUAUAAGCAUGGCAAUGCUCCGAGCCGCCACACAACGAGAGCUGUCGGCUGGCCAACAACCUACUGGCCACACACUGGUUGAACCAACGUUGUUUCCACAUCAUUUCAAUGAAAUGACGUUGAACCAAGGUGGAAUAGAUGUUGAGUUGACGUCUGUGCCCAGUGGGAACUAAAUCACUCAGCCGUGUCUCCCUCCCCAGAAACCCUCUCACAAGCUGCAGUGCUGCUAAUGAAUACAUAUGGCUUUCUUAAACAGAAGAGACUUGCUGUAAUGUAUAGGUAGCUCUCCAACUGUGUGAAUACUGCAAGAAAAACAUAUAUAAAACACAUCGUCAUAUUUACACGGAGACACACCUCCUCCAUAUUCUUAUUUAGUUUUCCUGCUUUGUGUAUCUCAUAAUUUUUUAAUAUCCUCUUUUCUCUUUCUCCACCUCUCUAUCUCCACCACAGACGGCACUGUGACAGAGCCUGAUAUGGCGGCCAGUUUCUGCCCGGACCACAAGGCCCCCAUGGUGCUGUUCCUGGACCGGGUCUAUGGUAUCGAGGACCAAAGCUUCCUACUACACCUGCUGGAAGUGGGCUUCCUGCCAGACCUGCGAGCCUCUGCUUCUCUGGACACGGUAGGUGGUGGGCUCACCCUCAGCUGAGAGGUGGGAGAUGUGGAAGACCACAAAUUAGGCUAAGGCAUCACGUUGUUUGUUUUGCCAUCUAGUUCAUUGUUUACCAGACAAGUGGGUUGAGGUAUUCAAGGAUGUGGGAGUUGAGUGGAGUGGAUGCUGUGUAUUUAAGGGCUUGUGUGUGAGAGGGAGUUAGUGUAUUGAAAGCUGCUUUAUAACAGGUGUAUUGUACCCUCUGACCCCUCCCCUGUAGGAGGUACUCAGCACCACAGAGACGGCUCUGGCCAUGAACAGGUACAUCGGCUCUGCCAUGCUUCCCCUGCUCACCCGCUGUGCCCCCCACUUCGCUGGCACAGAGCACUACGCCGCGCUCAUCGACUCCACGCUACACACCAUCUACAGGCUGUCCAAGGGCCGCUCGCUCACCAAGGCUCAGAGAGACGCUAUCGAGGAGUGUCUGCUGGCUGUCUGCAGGUAAGGUGUUCCACUAUGUAGAGUAGCACCCCUUUAGGAAACAAUAAGCUCAAUGUGUGGCCAUAGAAACACUUAAGCUAAACAGAUAGAGUAUUAUUCUGGGUGAUGUCUCUCUGACCUGUUCCCUCCCUGGUCUGGCCCUCCUCUGUCUGCAGGUACCUGCGUCCCUCCAUGCUGCAGCAGCUCCUGCGACGCCUCGUCUUUGACGUGCCCUUGCUGACGGAGUACUGCAAGAUGCCUCUCAGGGUAUGUCUCCUCUCUUUCCCUCUCCUUCUCUCUUUCUCUUUCUCUUCCCUCCUGCUGCUCUCCCUCUCUUUGCCCUCACCAGGCUAUGGUUCAGGAGUACGAGGGCCUGCCUGAAGUUAUUAGCUCUCUAUCCUGUUUAUCAAGCAUACAGCCUGUCUCUCACUCUGCCUCUCACUCUGCAUCUCUCUCCUAUUAAUGAUGUUGUUCCCAUUAUUAAGCAGAUGUUGGCAGUUGUGCUGUUUUUAAUACAACAGCCGAGCAUCGGAGAGCAGAGAGCAGCCUGGAAGAAUUGAAUUGAACCGUGUUGACUUCACUGCUCCUCUCUGUCAGUGUUUGCCCUCUAGAGAGACUGUAGUAAUAAUAGCAGCCUGCCUGUGGAAGACUGAACACAGUUGAUUCUGCCUCCACACACAUGGCUCUUGUCUGUUUUUAUGCUGAGCUAGUGAGAAUUAAUUUUGCAUGACGUAUCAUCAGCUUGAGAUCCUACUUGAGAUGUUUGGCUCGGUGCCAGGGAGCUGUCUUUCAGUACACCAGUUACUAACGCGUCUGUUUGCCUGUCUUACAGUGUAGCUCACAGCAGAGUGUACGUAUAUCCUCCCACUAAGUCUAAUGGACUGACCCUUGGUCCUGUGUGUCCUCCACAGCUCCUGACCAACCACUAUGAGCAGAGCUGGAAGUACUACUGUCUGCCGUCAGGCUGGGGCAGCUACGGCAUGGCUUCAGAUGAGGAGCUGCUCCUCACAAAGAAGAUCUUCUGGGGUGUCUUGGAUUCGCUCUCACAGAGGGUAUGACAAGGUCACCUCUAACACAGCACCCAGACGCAGGAGAACGUCAGGGCUCCUAGUUGGCUGAUAAUGAGCCAAUCAAACCAGGGCUGCACUGAGCUUUGAUCAGGAAGUGCUAACCACGCGGAUACAUGUUCAGGCCAAUAUAUCAUAACCUUUAGUAAUCUUGUACCACAUUUUCGACAUUGAGCAUUAGUACCCUAUUGAAUUUUCUCUGUAAGAGUGUCUCAUUGCCUUUCCUUUCCUUGUUUUGCAUUUCAAUUGUCUGAAUCAAAGUAGAUAUGAAUAUGAACAUUCAAUUCAUGAUGGUUCAGCUUGUAUGGUCCUCUAGUUUAUGUAAAUGCCUGGACAUGAAAGUGAAGCUGGUGAGAGAGAGCCCAGGCUGAGAACAUCAUCGAUCUCUGGAUCUGCUCUCUGUAACUGGGACGACUCUGCAUUAAGCAUCACUCUUAUCCUCUAGCCAUUCCUGCAGUCUCUAGUCACUAGAUUAGCCUUAUUGAGACCUCAGUGGAGGUUUCUCUGAUAGUUCAGUAAUCACACACUGUCUCCCUGCAGAAGUACGAUGCAGAUCUCUUUAAGAUGGCCAUGCCCUGUCUGAGUGCCAUAUCUGGGGCCUUACCGCCUGACUACAUAGACUCCACCAUCAGCACCACCCUGGAGAAGCCUGUGUCUGUGGACGCUCAGGGCAACUUUGACCCCAAACCCAUCAGCACAGCUAAGUGAGUGGCAAUCAGAGACUAAAGUACGGGGUGACUGUCAGAGCAAAUUAAGGACACUUUAAAUUAAGUGAUACCACUCUGACUUGUAAUUGAAUAGCUUGUUAUAGGUGCCAUGUAGAAACUAUGCACACCAUUUAUUUGAUGUAAUGCGCAGUGCUUUUAUAUACUUUAUCACUGUGCAUUUACAUAUGCUUUACUCCAGCAUGCAUUAUUUUGGAUGCUCUAGAUUUAUACCUGCAGUAAGUAAGUUUGACUCUGUCUUUACAGCAUAUCUCUUCCAGAGAAACUGGAACAUGUUGCCAACAAAUAUGCUGAGCAUUCCCAUGACAAAUGGUCAGCAGAGAAGGUAGGCCAAAGAUGAGCUCCUCUGCCAGGGAAAUGUGUAUUCGAUGCUGCAAAAUGACACCUGGAAUCCAUUCUUUAUUACAGGGCAUAAAGAUUAAGAAUAAAAUGUUUUUGCACUGUAUUUUAUAAAGCCUUUUCAGUACUCUCUUGGAAGAAAUACUAGGAGGCUGGUUUCAGGGUUGCUUACUCUCUAUCCUAUUUGCUUUUAUUUUGGUUGAAGAACUAGCUGGUAAAAUGUAAUAUCAGCUCUGUAGAAGGGUCAUACUUGUCUGUGCACUUCAGGUGAUGUUGGGAUGGAAAUACGGGGACUGUAUAGAUGAGAAGGCCAAGACUCACCCUCAGCUCAGGACCUACAAAGGCCUCACAGAGAAGGUAUAGUUCAUUGCAGCAUUACACAACAUAGGAUUCGAAUUUCAACUACAGUAUGCACUAAUGUGAGCACUAGUGACUUCCUAACUGAUUGUAUCUCUUGCUAACUCUUGGUGUGUGUAUCCGUGUUUGUGUGCUGUGUGGACUCCUGUGGUCCUCAGGAGAAGGAGAUCUACAGGUUGCCGGGAAGGGAGACUCUGAAGAGCAUGCUGGCUAUGGGCUGGAACAUUGACAGGACCAAGGAUGGAGAGACCAUGUCCCUACGGGAAAGUGAGAAGAUGCGCAAGAUCUCCCAGUCCUCCUCUCAGGUACUCAGUUUGAUAGCCCACUCCUCCUAGUGCUGUACAGUGACGGAAAAAACGUAUUUGAUCCCCUGCUGAUUUUGUACGUUUGCCCACUGACAAAGACAUGAUCAGUCUAUAAUUUUAAUGGUAGGUUUAUUUGAACAGUGAGAGACAGAAUAACAACAAAAAAAUCCAGAAAAACGCAUGUCAAAAAUGUUAUAAAUUGAUUUGCAUUUUAAUGAGGGAAAUAAGUAUUUGACCCCUCUGCAAAACAUGACUUAGUACUUGGUGGCAAAACCCUUGUUGGCAAUCACAGAGGACAGACGUUUCUUGUAGUUGGCCACCAGGUUUGCACACAUCUCAGGAGGGAUUUUGUCCCACUCCUCUUUGCAGAUCUUCUCCAAGUCAUUAAGGUUUCGAGCCUGACGUUUGGUAACUCGAACCUUCAGCUCCCUCCACAGAUUUUCUAUGGGAUUAAGGUCUGGAGACUGGCUAGGCCACUCCAGGACCUUAAUGUGCUUCUUCUUGAGCCACUCCUUUGUUGCCUUGGCCGUGUGUUUUGGGUCAUUGUCAUGCUGGAAUACCCAUCCACGACCCAUUUUCAAUGCCCUGGCUGAGGGAAGGAGGUUCUCACCCAAGAUUUGACGGUACAUGGCCCCGUCCAUCGUCCCUUUGAUGCGGUGAAGUUGUCCUGUCCCCUUAGCAGAAAAACACCCCCAAAGCAUAAUGUUUCCACCUCCAUCUUUGACGGUGGGGGUGGUGUUCUUGGGGUCAUAGGCAGCAUUCCUCCAUCUCCAAACACGGCCAGUUGAGUUGAUGCCAAAGAGCUCGAUUUUGGUCUCAUCUGACCACAACACUUUCACCCAUUUCUCCUCUGAAUCAUUCAGAUGUUCAUUGGCAAACUUCAGACGGCCCUGUAUAUGUGCUUUCUUGAGCAGGGGGACCUUGCGGGCGCUGCAGAAUUUCAGUCCUUCAUGGCGUAGUAUGUUACCAAUUGUUUUCUUGGUGAUUAUGGUCCCAGCUGCCUCGAAAUCAUUGACAAGAUCCUCCCGUGUAGUUCUGGGCUGAUUCCUCACCGUUCUCAUGAUCAUUGCAACUCCACGAGGUGAGAUCUUGCAUGGAGUCCCAGGCCGAGGAAGAUUGACAGUUAUUUUGUGUUUCUUCCAUUUGCGAAUAAUCGCACCAACUGUUGUCACCUUCUCACCAAGCUGCUUGGCGAUGGUCUUGUAGCCCAUUCCAGCCUUGUGUAAGUCUACAAUCUUGUCCCUGACAUCCUUGGAGAGCUCUUUGGUCUUGGCCAUGGUGGAGAGUUUGGAAUCUGAUUGAUUGAUUGAUUCUGUGGACAGGUGUCUUUUAUACAGGUAACAAACUGAGAUUAGGAGCACUCCCUUUAAGAGUGUGCUCCUAAUCUCAGCUCGUUACCUGUAUAAAAGACACCUGGGAGCCAGAAAUCUUUCUGAUUGAGAGGGGGUCAAAUACUUAUUUCCCUCAUUAAAAUGCAAAAAAAAAAUUAUAACAUUUUUGACAUGCGUAUAUCUGGAUUCUUUUGUUGUUAUUCUGUCUCUCACUGUUCAAAUAAACCUACCAUUAAAAUUAUAGACUGAUCAUUUCUUUGUCAGUGGGCAAAUGUACAAAAUCAGCAGGGGAUCAAAUAUUUUUUUCCCUCACUGUAUAUACCAGGACUGCGGAGUCAUAUGUUCAAUGUUUGUUUUGAUUUCUAACUCGUUUUUCAUGUUGUAUUUUGGCAGGGUAACGGUUUCAACCCGAUCCCAAUAGACACCAGCGAUGUGGUUCUGUCUAGAGAGUUACAGGUGAGUGAACCUCACAGCUGUUAUUUUGUAGCUGUAAAUAACUAUUUUGUUUCUGACUAGGCUGUGAGUAUGUUAUUUAAUUAACAGAUGUCCUCUUUGCUCUUUGGAUCAAGGGCAUGGUGGAGGUUGUGGCUGAGAAUUAUCACAACAUCUGGGCUAAGAAGAAAAAGAACGACCUUGGAAUUAGAGGUGGUUCUAUAAUACUCCUCACUCCCUGUGAGAUGGAGGAGCCAGAGGAAUGUAGUCAGAGUAAAUGUGUUUGUUCUCUUUGUUUCAGUGUUGUUGUUUGUGGUUCCAGGUGGGGCAACUCACCCUCUGCUGGUGCCCUAUGAUACCCUGACUGCCAAAGAGAAGGCCCGGGACAAAGAGAAGGCCCAGGACCUGUUCCGCUUCCUACAGAUCAACGGCUAUGCUAUCACCAGGUCAGUGAGUGUGUGUGUAAGUGUGUGUGUCUGUGUGUUUGCAUGUGUGGGUGUGGGUGUGAAGACUAAAGACACCUUCAGUCAAGACUGAAGACAUUGAUGUGCGUUGGUGUGACAGAAUGACACUUCAUCUGUCCCUUCCCUCUGUGUUGUAGAGGUCUGAAGGACAUGGAGCAGGACUCUUCCUCCAUGGAGAAGAGGUUUGCCUUCAAGUUCCUCAAGAAGCUCCUCAAGUAUGUGAACUCAGCCCAGGAGUUCAUCGCCCACCUUGGUAAGAGCCUGCUUAACAUUCAUAUCCAUGUCUUUGAAUGCUCCUCUACCUUUUCUCUGUUAUGGACAGUGCUGCCUCAGUCUUCUCUUUAUUGACCUUUGACCUUGUCAUUUCAGAGGCCAUAGCUACCAGUGGUAAGACAGACAAGUCACCUCAUGAACAAGAAAUAAAGUUUUUCGCCAAAGUGAGAAUAUUGCAAAUCUGUGUGAAACAAAUGAACAUUUAAAUACAGAUUGCACAAAGAUUCUCACACAUCUCCUAAAUGUUUUUUUCCCCUUUGCCUUUAGGUCCUCCUCCCUCUGAUAGACCAGUACUUCAAGAACCACUGUCUCUACUUCCUGUCUUCUCCCAGUAAGAACCUGAGCAGCAGCGGCUAUGCAUCUAAUAAGGAGAAGGAGAUGGUCACCAGGUCGGUACACUACCAUCUCACUACCCUGCAGAGUUACACUUUCUCACUACCUGUGUAUGCUACUUACUUAUUACUCUUCUCUGAAUACUCCCUUCAUCUAGUCAUCUUUUCCUCCUCUUACCCUUUAACCUCCCUGCUUUCUUUCUUUCUUUUUCUUUCUUUCUUUCUUUCUUUCUUUCUAUCUUUCUUUCAUUCUCUCUUUUCCAGCCUGUUCUGUAAACUGGCAGCUCUUGUCAGACACAGGAUUUCCCUAUUUGGUAAGGAGCUGAUUCUCUGCUUUUUGUAUUGCUUUUAUGAAUGACUUAGUGUGUGAUAUGUGUGCUAAUCGCUGUACUGUGUUCUCCUGUAGGGAGUGACUCCACCACCAUGGUGAGCUGUCUCCACAUCCUGGCCCACACACUGGACACCAGGUGGGUGGAGCUCAGUCCUAUAGUCCUAUGUCACAAUAUACGUCCACAGAGUUUGAAAUUAAAUCAAAGGUUUGGAAGAGGUCUGUUACGUAGCAAUUUUACAGUACAUGUCAUUGGAAUAGAAGCCACCUCAUGUCUAGCUUAUACAACAUUACAUUACUUAGACACCAUGUUUCUACUCACCAGUUUUUGUUAUUCAUGUCAUCUUGGAAUCAUUGACAUUAAGAGAAAAGACUCCCGCUGGCAUUUAUACAAGUACACUCAGCAUGCAUAGACAGCAUGUACUGUAGCUAGCUCUGGGCUCCUAGUGUUCUUCAGAAACAAUGUGUUGUUUGAGGCAACAGUUCUAAAAAAUGAGGUUACAAUAGCAAUGCAUUAAACAUGAUGUUGAUACUGAGGAUGUAGUUACUAUACUGUACUUGCCCAUAGGCUUUGUCUUUCACCUCCCACAUCACAGCAUCAAAAAGCAUUACGAGUCACAAUAUACUUUACAAAAUAUUGACUCAUCUAAUCUGCUUAAUGUAGGGGGGGGGUAAUAUGUCUGCACAUACCUACACUGACAACCUUCCCUUGAAUCUAAAUAUUUACAUAAUUUACUGUAUAAAUCAUGCGCUAUAAAUAUUCAUGGUCAGAUGGGAGCUCAUAUCUCAGUCACAUGAUAAUACUAGAAUCCCUUGGGAGCUCUCUGUAGUAUAGCUGGCACUUCUCUAUGAAAAUGAAGCUGUCCUUUGGGAACUCUUCUAUCAUAUGGAAAUGAUUGUUCUCAAAUACGAUAACUUUAAUAUCCUACAUGGGGACAUUGUGUGGUUAUUGUGUUCAAAAACAGCAACAAUGACAGACUACAUUCUCCUCCAUCACUAUUAACCCCUUCCCUCCUCUCCUCCUACAGGACGGUGAUGAAGUCUGGCUCAGAGCUGGUGAAGGCGGGGUUAAGGACGUUCUUUGAGAACGCAGCAGAGGACCUGGAGAAGACCCUUGAGAACCUGAAGCUGGGGAAGUUCACCCACUCCCGCUCACAGAUGAAGGGCGUGUCCCAGAACAUUAACUACACCACGGUGGCCCUGCUACCCAUCCUCACUGCCCUGUUUGAACAUAUCACCCAGCACCACUUUGGAGUGGACCUGCUCUGUGAGUGACCACAGCCAGACCUACAGAUGUAGGAGAUAGGAGGAGUGGAGUGUGCUUUAAAUCAUGUCACUGAUGCUGUGCAUAUCAAUGUAAGCACGCUUUCUACUUUGUGUUUUCAGUGGAUGAUGUCCAAGUGUCCUGCUAUCGUAUCCUGACCAGCCUCUAUGCGCUCGGGACUGGAAAAAACAUCUAUGUUGAAAGGUACUAUUAUUUACAUAUUGCUAUGAGACUGAUAUCACAGAUAGUAUAUGGCUGUGAUUUGUGUGUCUGUCUCUUCCUCUCCCCUGCAGGCAGCUGCCGGCCCUGGGGGAGUGUCUGGCCACCCUGGCAGGUGCCAUGCCUGUUGCCUUCCUGGAGCCACUGCUCAACAAACACAACCCCUGCUCUGUGUUCAACACCAAGACCGCCCGCGAACGCGCCAGUGAGUUACACACUAUUAUGAUGCUGUAUACCAUAAUACUGCAUUAAAUGGUUGUUUGCUUAUAAUUUGUGUUGUGUUUGUGGUGUGUUUGUGGUUGUGUUGUGUUUGUGUAGUCCUAGGCAUGCCAGAGGCGGUGGAGGAGAUGUGUCCGGAGAUGCCUCGUCUAGACGUCCUGAUGACGGACAUCAACGACAUGUCUGAGUCUGGGGCGCGCUACACAGAGAUGCCCCACGUCAUCGAGGUGGUGCUGCCCAUGCUGUGUAACUACCUGUCCUACUGGUGGGAGAAGGGCCCAGAGAACCAGGCGUCUCCAUACAGCGGGGGCAGUGUUGGGGGCAGUGUGUUCUCCACCACCGUCACCUCAGAACACCUCAGCCUCAUCCUAGGAAACAUCCUGAAGAUCCUCAACAGCAACCUGGGCAUCGACGAGGCCUCCUGGAUGAAGAGGAUCGCAGGUUAGUUGGGUUGCAUUACUGUGCGGGAGUGUACAGUAGUCUGUCACAGUGGGUUGAAGCUUUAGGAAAUAUACUACUUUUGAGGGAAAAACUAUUUCCAUAUUUGUAUACAGUACUGAUCAGAUGAACCUUAGACUGACAAGAUUGUCUUUUGCAUUCCUAGCAAGAGUGCUUUUUUUUUCUUUUUUCUUUUUUCUAAUAAUAACGACUAACAAUGUGUGUCUCACUAUGACUUCUGUGUGUGCAGUGUACGCCCAGCCCAUCAUCAGUAAGGCCAGGGCUGUUCUGUUGAAGAGUCACUUCCUGCCUACGCUGGAGAAGCUGAAGAAGAAGACAGUGAAGGUGGUGAUGGAGGAGGAGCUACUGAAGGCUGACAGUAAGGGAGACACCCAGGAGGCUGAGCUCCUCAUCCUGGAUGAGUUUGCCGUGCUCUGCAGAGACCUCUACGCCUUCUACCCGAUGCUCAUCCAUUACGUAGACAACAACAGGUGAGCCCGCUGAACAGUGGAGUGAAAUGGGAGGAUGUGGUUGUGGUUCAUCAGUACCGUAGGACCUAUUGUAAUACAAGACUACUCUGGUUUGGGGGCAAGGCUGUGGAGCAGAGGAUAUUAUAUUGAUAUAAUGUUUGUUCAUCUCUCAUAACAUAUUAUAUAUAUACACUACCGUUCAAAAGUUUGGGGUCACUUAGACAUUUCCUUGUUUUAGAAAGAAAAGACAUUUUUUGGUCCAUUAAAAUAACAUCAAAUUGAUCAGAAAUACAGUGUAGACAUUGUUAAUGUUGUAAAUGGCUAUUGUAGCUGGAAACGGCUGAUUUUUAAUGGAAUAUCUACAUAGGCGUACAGAGGCCCAUUAUCAGCAACCAUCAGUCCUGUGUUCCAAUGGCACGUUGUUUGCUAAUCCAAGUUUAUCAUUUUAAAAGGCUAAUUAAUCAUUAGAAAACCCUUUUGCAAUUAUGUUAGCACAGCUGAAAACUGUUGUGCUGAUUAAAGAAGCAAUAAAACUGGCCUUCUUGAGACUAGUUGAGUAUCUGGAGCAUCAGCAAUUGUGGGUUCAAUUACAGGCUCAAAAUGGCCAGAAACAAAUAACUUUCUUCUGAAACUCGUCAGUCUAUUCUUGUUCUGAGAAAUGAAGGCUAUUCCAUGCGAGAAAUUGCCAAGAAACUGAAGAUCUAGCCAUAUCUCAGACGGGACAAUAAAAAUAAAAUUUUAAGAUGGGCAGUCUGAGAUAUUGCUUUUUCUUUGCAACUCUGCCUAGAAGGUCAGCAUCCCGAAGUCGCCUCUUCACUGUUGACGUUGAGACUGGUGUUUUUCGGGUACUAUUUAAUGAACCUGCCAGUUGAGGACCUGUGAGGCGCCUGUUUCUCAAACUAGACACUCAUGUAUUUGUCCUUUUGCUCAGUUGUGCACCGGGGCCUCUCACUCCUCUUUCUAUUCUGGUUAGAGCCAGUUUGCACUGUUCUGUAAAGGGAGUAGUACACAGCGUUGAGAUCUUCAGUUUCUUGGCAAUUUCUCGCAUGGAAUAGCCUUCAUUUCUCAGAACAAGAAUAGACUGACGAGUUUCAGAAGAAAGUUAUUUGUUCCUGGGAAUCGUACAAGCUAACAGGCGGGCCACAAACACACAAAUAACGCACACAAAUAACGGUGCAGUGGUGUGCAGAAUGACACAACUCGUCGAUCCUUGUCACGGAUGAGCUAUUGCAGCAGACGACCACACCAAGUUCCACUCCUAUCAGCUAAAAACAAGAAGAGGCUCCAGUGGGCGUGCGAUCACCAACACUAGACAAUUGAGGAGUGGAAAAACAUCACCUGGUCCAACGAAUCCCGGUUCCUGUUGCGUCAUGAUGAUGGCAGAGUCAGGAUUUGGCGUAGGCAGCAUGAGUCCAUGGACCCAUCCUGCCUGGUUACAACGGUACAUCCUGCCUGAUGCCAUCGCCUCAGCAUGGACCAACAUCCCUGUGGAACGUUUCCGACUUGUAGAAUCCAUGCCUGAAGAAUUCAGGCUGUUCUGGAGGCAAAGGGGGAUCUGACCUGGUACUAGAUGGCUGUACCUAAUAAACUGGCCGGUGAGUGUAUAUUAUAUAUAAUAUAUAAUAAUCUCUUCUCUCUCCUUUCUCCUGCAGGUCCAGGUGGCUGAAAGAACCAGACGCUGACUCCAAUGAACUCUUCAGAAUGGUGGCUGAGAUCUUCAUCCUCUGGUGCAAAUCACAUGUACGAUUUCUCCUUAUCAACAAUGGACAAACUAACAAUUACAAUAGAUAGGACAUUUAGAUUGAGAAAUGAACCAAGCAGAAGGUGUCUACAUCAUGUACAUUGGUAUUGUUCUUUCCUCAGAACUUCAAAAGGGAAGAGCAGAACUUUGUGGUUCAGAAUGAAAUCAACAACCUGUCUUUCCUGACUGGUGAUAGCAAGACGAAGAUGUCAAAGGUAGGGCUUAUUAAUAUGUGGCUGCUUUCAAAAUAGUACAGCAUAUUCUCCUUAUUUCCACUGCUGGAGAGCUCUACUCUAUACUAGGUCUUGGAGCAGUCUGCACCCCCUGUGGUCAUGUACAGUGGGGGAAAAAAGUAUUUAGUCAGCCACUAAUUGUGCAAGUUCUCCCACUUAAAAAGAUGAGAGAGGCCUGUAAUUUUCAUCAUAGGUACACAUCAACUAUGACAGACAAAUUGAGGAAAAAAAAUCCAGACAAUCACAUUGUAUGAUUUUUAAUGAAUUUAUUUGCAAAUUAUGGUGGAAAAUAAGUAUUUGGUCACCUACAAACAAGCAAGAUUUCUGGCUCUCACAGACCUGUAACUUCUUCUUUAAUAGGCUCCUCUGUCCUCCACUCAUUACCUGUAUUAAUGGCACCUGUUUGAACUUGUUAUCAGUAUAAAAGACACCUGUCCACAACCUCAAACAGUCACACUCCAAACUCCACUAUGGCCAAGACCAAAGAGCUGUCAAAGGACACCAGAAACAAAAUUGUAGACCUGCACCAGGCUGGGAAGACUGAAUCUGCAAUAGGUAAGCAGCUUGGUUUGAAGAAAUCAACUGUGGGAGCAAUUAUUAGGAAAUGGAAGACAUACAAGACCACUGAUUAUCUCCCUCGAUCUGGGGCUCCACGCAAGAUCUCACCCCGUGGGGUCAAAAUGAUCACAAGAACGGUGAGCAAAAAUCCCAGAACCACACGGGGGGACCUAGUGAAUGACCUGCAGAGAGCUGGGACCAAAGUAACAAAGCCUACCAUCAGUAACACACUACGCCGCCAGGGACUCAAAUCCUGCAGUGCCAGACGUGUCCCCCUGCUUAAGCCAGUACAUGUCCAGGCCCGUCUGAAGUUUGCUAGAGUGCAUUUGGAUGAUCCAGAAGAGGAUUGGGAGAAUGUCAUAUGGUCAGCUGAAACCAAAAUAGAACUUUUUGGUAAAAACUCAACUCAUCGUGUUUGGAGGACAAAGAAUGCUGAGUUGCAUCCAAAGAACACCAUACCUACUGUGAAGCAUGGGGGUGGAAACAUCAUGCUUUGGGGCUGUUUUUCUGCAAAGGGACCAGGACGACUGAUCCGUGUAAAGGAAAGAAUGAAUGGGGCCAUGUAUCAUGAGAUUUUGAGUGAAAACCUCCUUCCAUCAGCAAGGGCAUUGAAGAUGAAACGUGGCUGGGUCUUUCAGCAUGACAAUGAUCCCAAACACACCGCCCGGGCAACGGAGUGGCUUCGUAAGAAGCAUUUCAAGGUCCUGGAGUGGCCUAGCCAGUCUCCAGAUCUCAACCCCAUAGAAAAUCUUUGGAGGGAGUUGAAAGUCUGUGUUGCCCAGCGACAGCCCCAAAACAUCACUGCUCUAGAGGAGAUCUGCAUGGAGGAAUGGGCCAAAAUACCAUCAACAGUGUGUGAAAACCUUGUGAAGACUUACAGAAAACGUUUGACCUGUGUCAUUGCCAACAAAGGGUAUAUAACAAAGUAUUGAGAAACUUUUGUUAUUGACCAAAUACUUAUUUUCCACCAUAAUUUGCAAAUAAAUUCAUUAAAAAUCCUACAAUGUGAUUUUCUGAAAAAUAAUUUCUCAUUUUGUCUGUCAUAGUUGACGUGUACCUAUGAUGAAAAUGACAGGCCUCUCUCAUCUUUUUAAGUGGGAGAACUUGCACAAUUGGUGGCUGACUAAAUACUUUUUUCCCCCACUGUAUGUUCACAUCCUAACCCAGCUAACCUCAGUCCAACCUCCUGCUUCUAUCUGUCAGCACAUUCCAGCUGAGCCUUGUUACUGGGCUCCAUUCUGCAGAGGCAGCCCUUUCUCUCUCCCUGCUCCAGCAACCCUAACACUCAUAUCCCCCGUGGCCAAACAACACAACCUCAGGGACAGGGAAUAGAUUUGUUGAUAGUUUUUUUUUAUCCUGUCUGCUUUUACACUCCAUUCACUGGAAAGAGCAGCAUCCAACACAUUUUAGUAAUUUAGCAGAGCGAUUUACAGUAGUGACUGCAUAUAUUUUCAUACUUUUCCUGCUGGUCCCCCGUGGGAAUCAAGCCCACAACCCUGGCGUUGCAAGCGCCAUGCUCUACCAACUGAGCCACAAGGGACCACAAUAGUCUGCCCUGCCUUGCUGUUAACACAUUAUACCAGCCAAUCAUUAACGCUUAUCGCCCCUCCUUCAUCUGUCCUGCCUGACAUCAUAACGAGCGUUUCUCAUUCCCUUAUGGGCCGCCACGUCCCAACUCUGUUAUUGAAAGUGAACACGCCCAUGACAAAUAACAUGAUCACGUCACUGGUGUUUCUGGGUGAUGGAUAUCCUGCGCUGGUGUGUAGUGGCUCCUGCCUCCCACUGGCUGUCUCUAUUAGUCACUCAGCUCCUGCACUGGUCGAAGGUGUGUGUGUGUGCAUCCAUACAGUUAAUGGUGUUUCUUUCUCUCUUGCUGAGUUGAAUAUGAGUGUCUCCUGUGUGCCAGCUUCUUCCAUUUGCCUUUCUCAGUGCAGUCCUUUUUCUAUAAUACCUCACUGUAUGGGUAGAGGCAAACUGUGGGCGAAUGCUGCUUUCAGGCUAUAGCUACAUUUUAAAUGCUUCAUGGGCAAAGAUUUUCAGCCUCUGCAGAUUUUGCUAGCGAUGAAAAGAUGCCUUAGUUCCCUCUGCUACCCAUAGGUUUAAUUCAGCGUUCGGUGUGCAGUGUGCUGUGCUCCCACUGUGAAAUAAGCUCCAGUGAAGUACAGCACAGUUAGAUCAAGGUAGCAAUUGUGACUGCAUUGGCUCUAUAUAAAAAAUGGUAUGGCCCAUCUGAUAUAUUACCAAAUGGCACCCUAUUCCCUAUAUAGUGCACUACUUGCACACAAAAGUAGUGAACUAUAUAGAAAAUAGGGUGCCAUUUGAGACAUAACCCAGGUAUUUUUUCAUUGAGUGCCAGGUGAAGUUAUGAAUGUGUCAUUCCAUCCUGGUAUCAGUCAGGGGGUCAGGACCAGGAGAGGAAGCAUAAGAGGAAGCGAGGAGAGUUCUACUCCAUCCAGACCUCCCUGAUCGUGGCUGCCCUGAAGAAGAUGCUGCCCAUCGGACUCAACAUGUGCACCCCCGGGGACCAGGAGCUAAUCUCCCUGGCCAAGACACGCUACCUCCUGGUGAGAGGGCCUGCCUAGCCCACACGGACCCAUACUGAUUGAGGAUCAGGUGUCACUGGCUACACAGUACCUGAUGACGGUGUAUCUAAUUGUUUUCUUGUUUUGCUCAACAGAAAGACACAGAUGAUGAAGUGAAGGAACAUGUGCGGCAAAAUUUGCACCUUCAAGAGAAGGUGAGCUGUAUAUUAUGGCAUUAUUGUCAUCCAUAAAACUAGAACAGCAACUCUAUCAAAAAUCAUUGAUGUUUUCUAACUCCUACACUGUGCUAACCCACCCCCAGUCAGAGGACCCUGCAGUGAGGUGGCAGCUGAACCUGUAUAAGGAUGUGAUGGUGAAGAACGAGGGGCCUCCAGACCCUGAGAGGACAGUGUUCAGAGUCCAGAGCAUCUCAGCUGCAGUCUUCCACCUGGAGCAGGUCAGUGGCUGGCUGCACCACGCAUCACCCUUACUGCCUACAUCCAGUUUUCUACAUUCUAUAUCUGUGCCCCAUAUCUCCAAAUUCUAGAUCCUUAAGAUGUGUCCUAUAUGCUGGAUGCUUUAUGUCCUGCUCUAAUCUUUACUCAACAUGAUAUACUCACAUUUGUGAUCCAAACCAUGCACCCUAUUUCAUAUGUUAUAUUACAACUUACCUAUUUUGUCUUCAUUUAUUCAUUGUAGGUGGAGCAGCCAUUGAGGUCUAAGAAGUGUGUUUGGCAGAAGCUGCUGUCCAAGCAGAGAAAGCGUGCGGUGGUGGCCUGCUUCCGCAUGGCUCCUCUCUACAACCUUCCCAGGUAUCACACAACCAUCUACAUUUUGUGUACUCACAUUCCUUUACAAACACAAAUAUUACAAUAGAAUAGUCAAAUAUUUGAAUAGAAUACCCCAGCUGCUGAUGUCAGUACUGAGAGGCAGCAGGCUGUGUAAAGUUUAGUAUUGUCUUUCUCAUUUCCAAGCCAACCCUACACUAUCUCUUUCUCUAUGCCUCAUGAGUCUCACCCCUCUUUCCUGGGCUCUGACCCUGUAUUAAUGUGAAGCGUCCUUCCCCUAAUCUGUACGACAAAUGUCUCGCCUCAGACUGUUAUCAAGGAAUAGAAAAGGACACUAGCAAUUUCAUGCCCUGUUGCACUGUAACUCAAUCACAGAGACGCAGCAGGAGAGACAGAGGGGAGAAAAACAAUUAGGAGCCCAACCUAGGGGCGGCCAUCUUUAAUGUGUGCUCUGAUGUCGCUCCUCGGCACCAAAUGACUAAUUCCACCUAGUUAUUGGUGUUCUUUUGGGAAUGUGACCAUGCAUCACAUUGUUGAGUAAUCAGUAAGCACUGGCCUUUUGAGUCAGGGUAAAUCUAGAAAUGUUAAGGACAUUUGAUGCAAUGUCACUUUUCCCUUGCACCUCUAAUACUAUCACAUAACUCUCUCUGUACCCUUUGAUUCAGUGGCUUGCCACCCUUUUUACAGUAUAUCUACUGUCUCUACUACUUCAUCCUCUCUCUGUUCUCUCCUGAAUGACAUCACUAUACUGUACCUCCCCUCAGGCACAAAAGUAAUAAUUACCUCCUGAACGCCUACCGACGCUAUUGGCUCGAAAAAAUGCAUGAGAACUCAGACUAUGACAGUCUGCUCUCCAUGCUAACGGUAAUGUAAUGCUUAGACAAUGUUUGUGACCUCCUGUUCCUCCCCCCUCCUCCCAGCCAUGGUUUGUACUAUAACUAGAACUCUCAUACAGUGAUCCCACUGGCAUUCUGACUGGUACGCCUAUUAUAAAGGCCUGUGAGCUACACUCAUCACUAAAAUAUUAAAUCAUUCACUCUGACCAAAUGUUUUUUCUUCUGAGUUAUAGGUUUCUGUACUGAUGUUGCUGUAAUUUAUAUACCAUAUAUUCUAUUUAGCUUUAAUCAUUACAGUGUACUGUUGAUGUUGCUAGAAUAAAUAAGUGUGAUAAUUUUUUAGUGGUGCAUACAGUGGGGGAAAAAAGUAUUUAGUCAGCCACCAAUUGUGCAAGUUCUCCCACUUAAAAAGAUGAGAGAGGCCUGUAAUUUUCAUCAUAGGUACACAUCAACUAUGACAGACAAAUUGAGAAAAAAAUUUCUCCAGAAAAUCACAUUGUAGGAUUUGUAAUGAAUUUAUUUGCAAAUUAUGGUGGAAAAUAAGUAUUUGGUUACCUACAAACAAGCAAGAUUUCUGGCUCUCAAAGACCUGUAACUUCUUCUUUAAGAGGCUCCUCUGUCCUCCACUCGUUACCUGUAUUAAUGGCACCUGUUUGAACUUGUUAUCAGUAUAAAAGACACCUGUCCACAACCUCAAACAGUCACACUCCAAACUCCACUAUGGCCAAGACCAAAGAGCUGUCAAAGGACACCAGAAACAAAAUUGUAGACCUGCACCAGGCUGGGAAGACUGAAUCUGCAAUAGGUAAGCAGCUUGGUUUGAAGAAAUCAACUGUGGGAGCAAUUAUUAGGAAAUGGAAGACAUACAAGACCACUGAUAAUCUCCCUCGAUCUGGGGCUCCACGCAAGAUCUCACCCAGUGGGGUCAAAAUGAUCACAAGAACGGUGAGCAAAAAUCCCAGAACCACACGGGGGGACCUAGUGAAUGACCUGCAGAGAGCUGGGACCAAAGUAACAAAGCCUACCAUCAGUAACACACUACGCCGCCAGAGACUCAAAUCCUGCAGUGCCAGACGUGUCCCCCUGCUUAAGCCAGUACAUGUCCAUGCCCGUCUGAAGUUUGCUAGAGUGCAUUUGGAUGAUCCAGAAGAGGAUUGGGAGAAUGUCAUAUGGUCAGAUGAAACCACAAUAUAACUUUUUGGUAAAAACUCAACUCGUCGUGUUUGGAGGACAAAGAAUGCUGAGUUGCUUCCAAAGAACACCAUACCUACUGUGAAGCAUGGGGGUUGAAACAUCAUGCUUUGGGGCUGUUUUUCUGCAAAGGGACCAGGACGACUGAUCCGUGUAAAGGAAAGAAUGAAUGGGGCCAUGUAUCGUGAGAUUUUGAGUGAAAACCUCCUUCCAUCAGCAAGGGCAUUGAAGAUGAAACGUGGCUGGGUCUUUCAGCAUGACAAUGAUCCCAAACACACUGCCCGGGAAACGAAGGAGUGGCUUCGUAAGAAGCAUUUCAAGGUCCUGGAGGGGCCUAGCCAGUCUCCAGAUCUCAACCCCAUAGAAAAUCUUUGGAGGGAGUUGAAAGUCUGUGUUGCCCAGCGACAGCCCCAAAACAUCACUGCUCUAGAGGAGAUCUGCAUGGAGGAAUGGGCCAAAAUACCAGCAACAGUGUGUGAAAACCUUGUGAAGACUUACAGAAAACGUUUGACCUGUGUUAUUGCCAACAAAGGGUAUAUAACAAAGUAUUGAGAAACGUUUGUUAUUGACCAAAUACUUAUUUUCCACCAUAAUUUGCAAAUAAAUUCAUAAUAAAUCCUACAAUGUGAUUUUCUGGAAUUUAUUUUCUCAUUUUGUCUGUCAUAGUUGACGUGUACCUAUGAUGAAAAUUACAGGCCUCUCUCAACUUUUUAAGUGGGAGAACUUGCACAAUUGGUGGCUGACUAAAUACUUUUUCACCCCACUGUACAUGACAGGGUUAUGAAAUGGGGGGGGGGGGGUACAGUUCAAUCUUCCAAGGUGACCAGUUGGAUUUGCCAGUGCCCUAUAUCAGGGUUUCCAAAACUCUAUCCAGUUUUUUGUCCUAGCACUACACAGCUGAUUAAAAUAAUCAAAGCUUAAUGAUGAGUUGGUUAUUUGAAUCAGCUCUGUGGUCCUUGGGAGGGGGGAGGGGGUUCCAGGACCGAGUUUGGGAAACCCUGUCCUAUACUAACAAGUAUUAACUGUUUUUAACGUAAUCUCCCCCUCCUUUCCUCUUCCUCCUGGUCCACCCUGCUAACCCUCCUAAUCUCCCUCUGCCCCCCCCCCCCCCCAGGCAUCGCUCUAUUAACCUCUUCCUCCUGGGCUAUCAGAGAAUAUGGAUAGAAACAGAGACGUACUCUUUUGAAGAGAAGCUAGUGCAGGACCUGGCAGUAAGUACUGUACCUGUCCCCCCAGUGCCCAGCCCUCUCUGUGUGCUCUCUCUGUGGGGCUAGCCUCUUCUCUCCCUCCUCACCUGGCCGUGCUACAACACGAACGCUUCGCCAGCACAAUGCCCGCCAAACGCCGCAGGCGUUCUGCCAGUCAUCCAUGUUCUGCCCCUGGCUCUGUGUAGCUCUGUCCCUUGCCAACUGAAACGCCUACGCGGGCACGCAUGACAUCACCCUGGAUGUCAGUGCCGGCUGGACUGUACUGUAACUGUACCGUUGUCCGUUUCUAGAGCUGUCCCCUUUCCUACAGGGGUAAGAGAGCAUCCAACCACGAUGCUACGGCUUACUGGUGAAAUUUAUGGAAGGUGUGGUGUCCUUCAUAAAUUUUCUGUCACAGCAUGGACACAGUAUAGUGUCAUAUUCAGGUCAUUUGAAGAAUCAAAGAACUCAGAUAUACUGUCCCUGUAGGGUUGCUUUCUUUACAGCUUUGAUUCUAGAUGUCUCCGAAAUUCUUCAAAAACACCAUGCCAUCCUGUGUAAGAACCUGCUACAUUGAUCAAAACAUCAAUGAAGAAAAUGGUUAUAAACACUCUAUAACACUUUAUAAGCCUUUUUAUAAAUAUGGUAGAUUUAAAAUAUAGGGAAAGUGGCUACAUCCUAAAAGAGAUGUGGAAUAGUAUUCCCUCUACCACUAUUUGUGCCCCAUCAUUUCCUGGUGGCCUCUCUUCAUUAGGAGAGUAUCUGUGGUGCUCAUAGGGAUAAAGUGGUAGACUAGUGUAAAGUAUUAUAGAGUAUGGAUCAGGCUAAUGGAGAGUCAUGCUUAACUUCCAUCUUCCUCCUGUAUCUCUACUGAACACACACCUUGACACCGCUAACCUUGAUACUGCUGUACCAUCUAAAUGUGCUGUGUGUAUGUCCCUGUGUGUGUGCCUGCAUGGUCUGCUGAUGAGUGGCGUGUCAUACCCGUAAUGCUUUCAGUCUGUGUGAUUCAAUGGGCCAUCACACUAGUAAUGAAGCAACAUGGUGAGACAGGGUUUGACUGCACAUUCUGCAUCUUUAAUUUCAAUGUGCUUCUGUUGAUCAAGUACACCUUGUUGUCUCUAAGGUGAUGUACAGAGGAGACUGUUUAUAUAAUGGCAAUGGUAACUGCAUAUGGAUGGUAACUUAUCCAUAUUUCUGCUUGAUACCUUCCCACUAGGCACAGACGUCAGUUCAACGUCUAGUUUUGAUUUACAUUUUGUUGAGUUGUCAACUAAUGUGAAUUCAACGUGCAAUCAACAAAAACAAUCACCAUGUCAUUGGAUUUAGGUUAAAAGUUGGGUGAAAAAAAGCCCUUACUUUUUGCAAAUCCAAUCGUUUUCCACGUUGAUUCAAUGUCAUCACAUUGAUUUUUUGGGUUGAAAUUACGUGGAAACAACGUUAAUUCAACCAGUUUUUGCCCAGUAGGUUGGCCUUUGUAAUCGUUAUUUCUGAAGCGAGUUGCAGCGUAAUUUGAACAACUUUAACUUUAUUUGUUGCAAUUUCACUAAUUCAAAGUAAAGUUAUUGUGAUCUUUAAAAUGUGUAUCAGCUCAGUGUAGGCACAUUUUGUCACUUCAGAGGGUAAAGGGCACUGCUGUAAUGACAGGGGAUUGGGUGUCAGGGUAGGGUGGGACUCUGAUGUGUGGCUGGGUGUUUGUGCAGAAGACCCAACUGAAGGUGGAGGAGGAGGAAGAGGAGGAGGCAGAGAUGCAGCCAGACCCUCUUCAUCAGCUCAUAUUGCAUUUUAGUCACAAUGCGCUCACUGAGCGGAGGUAAACAGACACACACACACACACACACACACACACACACACACACUCACACCUGGGCACCUGGCAUCGUGCUGCUAGCUCCAUCUGUGCUAUGUAAUAUUGCCGGUGUAUCCCUUUGUCUUAUAAACUGUCGCAUUAAACUAAAACACUGCAGCAUUUCUCCCCACACAGGGCGAUGCCCUCGAGCACAAGUAAUUGUGUCACAUUUAUUCUUAGUCAUGCACCUGAGAGAUUUGUUUGUUAUGGAGUGUAUUUGUUUGAGUUAUGUAAGGUUAAUUCACACAUGUUUAUCCUGCUUUUCCAUUCAGUUCUUUGGAAGACGAUCCUUUGUAUAUUGCAUAUGCAGACAUGAUGGCAAAGGUACAAAGCCUAUAUGAAUCUACUUUUGUAUACAUGUCUUUAGUGUCAUGUAGAGGUCAACAGAGAUCUGACUACCAAAGCUUUUGUCUUUAGAGUUGUGCAGAAGAUGAAGAAGAGGAAGAUGAAGAAGGAAAAGAGAAAACAUUUGAGGUGUUUUGGAUCUCCCAUCGAGAUAUUAGAUUUGACUAGUUUCAAUGGUUUUGUAAGGAGCUGUGUUUGUUUACAUGGUGUUUGUUUACAUGGUGUUUGUUGACCUGCUAGGAAAAAGAGAUGGAGAAACAGAAGACUCUGUACCAGCAGGCCAGGCUGCAUGACAGAGGAGCUGCUGAGAUGGUGUUACAGAUGAUCAGCGCCAGCAAAGGUACACACACACACACUCACAGUCUUGUACAGCUAACCUUGUGGGGACACACAAUUCAGUCCCAUUCAAAUCCUAUUUUCCCUAACCCUAAACCUAACCCUAACCUGUACUCUUACCCUUACUCUAACCCUAAUCCUAACCUUAACCCAAAACCUAACCUUAACCCUAACCCUAACCCUAAACCUACCCUAGCUCCUAACUCUAAAACUAACCCUAGCUCCUAACCCUAACCCUUAACGUAAUCCUAACCCUAACACUAAUUCUAACCUUAACCCUAAACCCCCUAGAAAUAGCAUUUGACCUCGUGGGGACCAACAUAAUGUCCCCAGUUGGUCAAAUCUUUGUUCGUUUACUAUUUUUGUGGGUCCACACACACACAAUAUGAUCCCUGAUUAUCCUCUUUAGGUUCACUUGGGCCCAUGGUGACCUUUACCUUGAAACUGGGCAUCUCUAUACUCAACGGAGGCAACAUACUGGUUCAGCAGGUAUAUCAGAAUAUUCAUGGUCCAUAUAAAUUUUUUCAGUAUGUACAGUGACGCUGUACAGCUCAAUUUCUUUUGUGUAUUUCCUUUUUUGUAGAAAAUGCUUGACUAUCUGAAGGAAAAAGGAGAUGCUGGCUUUUUCAAGAGUUUGUCAGGACUCAUGCAGUCUUGCAGGUAAAAUGAUAUCACAACACACUAACGAAUCUUUGACGGUUUGACAUUCAAACAGAGCAAAACUAUACGUGUUCAAAGACAUAAACCAUGUUGGCUCUCUUUCCUUCAAAUUCAUUAGUGUCCUGGAUUUGAAUGCAUUCGAAAGGCAAAACAAAGCAGAAGGUCUUGGGAUGGUGACUGAGGAAGGAUCAAGUAAGUGAGGAGAGAAAGAUGAGGAGAAACACUAGACUACCUCAGACAGACAUAUGCACAGGAACCUCUCUUUCCUGUCAGAAAGGAAUGACAUUUGAGUUCUGAUAUAUUAAAUAAAUACGUAUCUUAGAAUUUCUUUGUGUUAUCAACAAUUUAUUUUCAUACUUUUGAGAGUCAAGUCCACUUGGUGCUAUUGGCGAAUGCUGAACCAUGAUGCUCCAUACAGAUUUGUUAUAAGUGUCUAAAACCCUAAACAAGUAUAAAAUAUAAUAUUAAGUAGAUAACAAAUAUAAUUCUAAAGGAUCCGUGUUGAUUUCAUCUGACCCCUCCCACUUCCUCCCACCCAGCCACAGGGUCAUAAGUCGCCUGUCAUCUGAUCUCCAACCAGUGAAUGCUCCCAGACAAAAGCCUGUCUAAAAUUGCAUUAUUCAACUAAUGUGAUUUUUGGUGGGUUGCUUUUACUGCUUGUGCUACACCUAGUGGUCAAUGUGUUCCUAUUAACACCUUGUUGUAAAUUCUGAAUCGGCCCAUAGAGAAACUGAAUUCAUUAAUGGAGACUUACUGGACCUUGUGAUGGAGGUAAUGUCAUGUCAGGAUUACAUCUGGAGGCUAUUCCUUCAUAUUUAUACGCAAACAAUAACAGCAGUCCAGAAGGAUACACCACCUGUCAUUACGAUUGGUCAGCCAAUGUCCAACCCACCAGCUAAUGAUUGGCCCAUGCCUUUGUUGUGUUAGAAGAAGGCCUGUGAUAGGGCUACUACAGAUACAUGGUGCAGCAUUAGCGCGCCACAUUCACUCUUAUGUUUGUGAUGAAAAAGCUCAUCUCCAUGUCACAUAUGUCAUUGUGUCUGUGUUCAUGAACCUGUGCUACUGUAUGUUCCAGUCAUGUGACGUCUGAGCACUGUCUGUCAACAAGAUAAAAAACAGAUCUAUACACAAUAGGUCACCCACAACAGAAGCGGUUGGAUCUAAUGGAGUGCAUACAGUAAAUGGCUAUGUUCUCAUAGAUACUCCAGCUCAUUCCCACCUCAUGUAAUCAGGCAUAAGUGAUGGUGACUGCACUCCUGUAGUGUUUCUCACCCACCGUCCAACACCAGUCCUGCCAAACUGUGCAGCAGAACCUGUAGGUCUACCUACCAGAGACUCUUAACCGCAUGUCUACUGUAUGUCCAACACCUAAAGUGAUGUCGAUAUAUCUCUCUUCUUCUUCCUUACUUCUUAUUGAAACUCAAUGUCUUCUCCUUUGCUUAUGUCUGCUUUUUCUGUUUGUUUGUUUCUUCUUAUCAUAUUUUACCUCAUCGGUCGCAGUCAACGUGAGUGAGCGGGGUAAAUACAUGGUUUAGAUUCUACUCAUUUCGCAAUGCUGCCAUCCUGAUUGCUCUCCGUCCAGCUCCCACCCCUUCCCCCCCUCCCCUCUGUCUGGAAUGUGAUAAUAACCUACUGAUCUGAAGGAACACAUGCAUGCUCCAAUAAGAUAUUUGGUCAGAUUGUUCAAUCCAUAGAAUCAGACCCAAACUGACUCUUAUCGCUCUUUCCUCCUAUACAAAGUUAGUGCUUGUGGUCUAUGUGGAAACUUGUCUGUCUCUUUAUGUUGAUACUACUAACCAAUAUUACUUGAUAAAGUCAAUUAGGAAUAAGAAUACAAUUCCCAAAGCUUUGCUUGUAUCUGAAGUACAGAACAACAAAGCUCUGCCAUGCAGUUUUAUUCCUAUUAUCCCUCCCUGCAUACAGUAUGUGCUCUAUAUUAAGUCAAGGUGAUAUGAGUGUCUCAUAGAGGGAGCAUAUACUGUCAUGACAAAGUCUCCUAGUCUAGGAGCUUGAGGACUAGACAGCAGCUUUCUAUUGAAGUGAAGGUUAUGCUAGCCAUGGUGUAAGCUUGUGUUAGAUCAGGCUGAGGGGGUUGUCUGGUUUCUAGCCCCCUCCUAACCAAAGGGGAAAGUUGUCAAUCUCAUCUCCUGUGUCCAGGUUCCAAAGUACUGCAGAACGAUGAGUUCACUAAGGAUCUCUUUAGGUUUCUGCAACUGCUCUGUGAGGGACACAACAACGGUACGUCCAAAACUUCUAGAACACCUUACCUCAAUACUGGUUAAGGUACUCUAGCUUACCUGUGUAUUUAGAAGUGUAUUUAGUUCUGAGAGAUCCAUAUUAUUUGUGUUUACUGCCCACAAUGUACUAUGUAUAACAUUACCUGAUCCUCUCUAACCAUUCAUUGGUAUUUUACCCCUUUCUCUUUCUUCAGACUUCCAAAACUUCCUGCGGACUCAAACAGGGAACACGACCACCGUAAAUAUUAUCAUCAGCACUGUGGACUACCUGCUCCGUCUGCAGGUAAAAUACUAUCCCCCAACUUUACUCCCUAUAUUCUUUGUGUGUAGUGUAUGUUUAUACUAUCAUGUGUCACAUGUUUAUUUAUUCAAUAUUAGGAAUCCAUCAGUGAUUUCUACUGGUACUACUCUGGGAAAGAUAUCAUGGAUGAGGCUGGUCAGCGGAACUUCUCCAAAGCCCUGGCUGUGGCCAAGCAGAUCUUCAACUCUCUCACUGAGUACAUACAGGUAACAUAAGACUCUUGGGUUGGAAGAAACUAACCUUCACAGACAGGAAUGUGUUGUAUGGUUAAUCAUGGUGAUCCAAUCAUCCUGACUGUAGUGAUCUUCUCUUUGUGACCCCAGGGCCCGUGUAUUGGGAACCAGCAGAGUCUGGCACACAGCAGGCUAUGGGAUGCAGUGGUGGGAUUCCUGCAUGUGUUUGCCAAUAUGCAGAUGAAGCUCUCACAGGUACAACUUAGUACAAUUUCCUAAUCAUCUCACUUUUACUCGGCCAGCCGCUCAAUUUUCAUUCUAUGUCAUCAAAUAUGAAAUUGAAUAGCAUCUAAUUUAUGUGAUGCAACAUCAAACUGAAUGUGGAUAGUGUUCAACAAUCUGCUGUGUUGCCACUAGAGGUCUCUCUUAGCUCAGGGAUGUACUCUGCAGCAUGUCUAGUUGACAGGCUUUUCUCCCUGCCUUAAUUUGAAAGGUUCUGAAGGCUGUGAUCCAUCACUCCCACAGCCUUAGAUGUGCUUUGUAGCCAAUAAACCAGGUGGGAUCAGAAUGAAACCUCUCGGACCGUCACACCGUCUUAGCUUAUCUCAGGGUUAUCCAGAGGGGAAGGGCUGUUUGCAGGCGGCCGGAUUGACAGGGCGGCUGGGCGCGUUUUGAUUAAGCUAAUCAAAGUCCCUCCUCAGAAUUAUUGCAUGCUGGGAGCCAUCUCAAAGGAGGCCCAAAGUGAGUCAGCCCCUCCCAGCCAUCUGCUUGGGCCCAACAGAAUCACAUUAGGCUGUGUGCUGAUGGAUGGCUGGGACCUAGCGGGACCCAGCGCUCGCAGAGGGCCUUGAUCUCUCCAAAUGCCAUGCUGGGAUAUUAGCAGCUGACUGGCCCCAGACAGAGAGCUGUGCUAACCUUUUUGAUGUGGUGAAGGAUGUGUCACAAAGUUGCUUUUGUUUCCUCUCCCCCAGGACUCAAGUCAGAUUGAGUUAUUGAAGGAGCUGCUGGACCUGCAGAAGGACAUGAUCGUGAUGAUGCUCUCCCUUCUGGAAGGUUCUAUUACACCUUUUCAUCUCAGUCGUGACUCAUCAUGGAACACAUUGUGGUCAUAUCUAGUGGCACUGAUAGAACGUUACCCUUAUACCUAAAACCCUUUAAACAGAUUUCUUUGCUUGAAAUGAUAUUACAUGAUAUCAAACACUUAUCCACUCUACUUCGAGAAUUCAAUUAGCAAAUUGUAUUAUGGUUACUGUGUACUUUCUAUUGUAUGUUCUAAACCAGGGGUGUCAAACUCAAUCAGCACAUGGGCCAUAUUAUAAAAACACAUCGAAUUCGCGGGCCAGACAUAGCCUAUUAUGUUUGUUUUUACAACAACAAAAACGUGCAUGCAACUGCGACCCAAACUGGCCAUUGUUUUAUUUGAAAUAAUAUGGCCCUUUAUAAUGUCCACUUAUGUACAUAGGGUGAUAUAUUUAGCAUUUUAACAUAUUAAAACAAGAGAUACAUACAGUGCAUUCGGAAAGUAUUCAGACCCCUUCACUUUUUCUACAUUUUGUUACGUUACAGCCUUAUUCUAAAUAAAAUAAAAAUCCUCAUCAAUCUACACACAAUGCCCCAUAAUGACAAAGCGAAAACAGGUUUUUAGAUGUAUUCAUUUGUGGAUGUCCAUCACCCAUUUCAUAUAUGUUAGGAAUUAUAAUAUGUAUUAUAUGUUACAAAGUUGCAAAACGUACAAUAUGUUGCAAAUUUGCAAAACGUAUAUGUUAAGAAUUCUAUCUAGGUGGCUAACGUUAGCUAACUGGCUAACGUUAGCUAGGCUAGGAUUUAGAGGUUAGGGUUAAGUUUAGGAGUUAGGUUAAAGGGUGAAGGUUAGGGUUAGCUAAAAUGGUUAAGGUUAUGGUUAGGGGAAGGGUUAGCUAACAUGCUAAGUAGUUGCAAAGUAGCUAAAAAGUAGUAAGUAGGUGAGAUAAGAUGAUAAGUUCGCAACUUUUGGGUUGCUAGAUGUAAGCGUUAAACGCCUACCCAUCCACCCCGACCAACCACCCUACUUUCGUUUUUAACAUAAUAAAAUAAUCUCCAUCAAAAUCAGUCAGUUUAUCAGAAUCAGUCAGUUUAAGCUAGAGAUCAAUGUUUUUUUGCAUUGGAUGCGUCUAAAUCCGCCAAUAUCGCAGUUAAGCAUCUGCGGUGAAAGGUAGCAGAGCUAGAGCAGGUGUUUGUCAGACCAUGAGACAUCCCGAAAAUCGGUCUUCUCACGAAAACGUCUGUAGUGUCCGAACGGUUUGACCUAAAAACUCUAUGGAAAGGGGGGAUUCUCAUGAACACGAUGGUGUUCUCCGUUUUGCUCUACAACUCCCGUGACUAUUGUGAAGGUAACAUGUACAGAAAAAAAAAAAAAAAUGGAAGUAUGAAGGCAUUUUUGUGCCUACCCAAAAAAGCGGUUAAAUAUGUUUAAAAAAACAAACAAAAAAUAUUUCCUUGAUAUAGGACAAACACUUCAAAACACUUGUUUCUUAUGAUGUAUUUUUUGGAGUGUCUUUUUUGCCAUUUAUGAAUGUGUUAUUCAAUGCGUUUCUCUGGGCUAUAGUAGUAAAGGCCAAAUUCAAUAUUUAAUCAAAUAAUUGUUUUAUUUUAAAUUUUUAUACCUAAAAUUCAAAAUCCAAAGCUAAAUAAUCCAUGGUAUGACCAUUUGACAACAAUUACAUAUGUCAAUUUAUGCCACCUUUAGUAAUCAUCUGUCUUAUGUAACCACAACAAACGUAACAUAUCAUACUAAUUUGAGUGUCCCGGAUUUGCAUUUACUAUGUCUAGUCUAUGACACCAAGCUGCAACAAAAUGUCUUGUAGGCCUAGUUGAGUAGCCAGCCUAGGCUACUGCUCACAUGUUGCUGUAAUGGGCCUACAUGUUUUCCUUUGCAUGUUUUUUGUUGCAGGUUUAGUUUUUUGGUUAUUCAUUGUCAAGCUUUAAAAACCGAAGCCAUACCUGCAACAUGUUAGUAGCCUAGCUAGGACUGUGGCAUGUGUCUGUACACUUUCCCUUGCUUUAAACGGGACACACGAAAGCAGCACAAUUGAUUGUUGAAUUCACCGAUGUAAGCGCAUUAGGCUAUAAUUUCAUAAAGUAGAUGACUCAGCUGUUGACUCAUUUAUACUCGCUUGUGUGUCCUAUUGUCCUUUAGUAGUAAUUUAUACCCACAUGUGAAUCCUUUAUCUUAUAACUUUUUGACAACCAAGAUGACAUUUUCUGUAGGCUACAGCAAUGACCCGUUGGAACCAGAACUUGGCAUGGACAUUUAGCCUACAACACGUUUAAACCUUCGGUCCGGUAGAAGAUUUGGUCAGUGCCAUUAGUGAUGAUAUGAUACAGUGCACUGGCUGGCUUGUGUGUGGGUGUGUGUGGGUCUGGGAGGAGGGGUGUGUGUGUGGCAAUGCACUGCCAUUUGGCGUGCAGCAUGUUGGCAGUGCUUGCUGACUUGUAGUGCAGCACGGGCGGUAUAUAAGCAGGCCAAAAUGAAUUGACAACCCAAAUCAUUGCGCGGGCCAGAUAGAAAUGUGUCACAGGCCGAAUCCCUUGUGUUUGACACGUGUUCUAAACUUGAGUAACCCCCCCCCACAGGUAACGUUGUCAACGGAACCAUCGGCAAACAGAUGGUGGACACCCUGGUGGAGUCCUCCAGCAAUGUGGAGAUGAUCCUCAAGUUCUUCGACAUGUUUCUCAAACUCAAAGACCUUACCACCUCGGACAACUUCAAGGAGUACGACCCGGAGAGCAAGGGAGUGAUCUCCAAGAAGGAGUUCCAGAAGUCCAUGGAGAACCAAAAGCAGUACUCCCAGUCGGAGAUCGAGUUCCUGCUCUCCUGCGCCGAGGCUGACGAGAACGACAUGUUCAACUACGAGGAGUUUGUGGAGCGCUUUCAUGAGCCGGCCAAGGACAUUGGCUUUAACGUGGCGGUCCUGCUCACCAACCUAUCAGAACACAUGCCUCACGACGCCCGUCUGGCCACCUUCCUGGACCUGGCCGAGAGUGUGAUCAACUACUUCGAGCCGUACCUGGGCCGCAUAGAGAUCAUGGGCGGGGCCAAGCGCAUCGAAAGGGUCUACUUUGAGAUCAGCGAGUCUAGUCGUACACAGUGGGAGAAGCCCCAGGUCAAAGAGUCCAAGAGACAGUUUAUCUUUGACGUGGUGAACGAGGGUGGAGAGAGUGAGAAGAUGGAGCUGUUUGUCAACUUCUGUGAGGACACCAUUUUUGAGAUGCAGCUGGCCUCACAGAUAUCUGAGCCUGAUGCAGUGGAGCGUCCCGAGGACUACGACGAGGACAGCCAGAGUGUGACGGAGUUGCCAGAGGAGGAAGAGGAGGACAGCAUGAUGGAGACUCACUCAGCCUUCACCAACUCCUGUGUUUCCAUGAGGAAGAACCUGUCCAGCUUCCGCCAGCUGCUCACCUUCAAAAGCAUGAGGCGGCAGUACAGGAGGUUCAGGAAGAUGAGUGUGAGGGAGAUGGUCCAAGGCUUCUUUUCUUUCUUCUGGAUGAUUUUCACGGGCCUCUUCCGCUUCCUCUACAACCUGGUGUGGGGCUUCUUCCACAUCCUGUGGUCCUCCAUGUUUGGCGGGGGCCUGGUGGAGGGGGCCAAGAACAUGAAGGUCACAGACAUCCUGGGGAACAUGCCCGACCCCACACAGUUUGGUAUCCAUGGUGAUGUGCUGGAGGAAGAGAAGAUGGAGGCGAGUGAGGCGUCAUCUGUGGCAGAGAUGGGCCACAUGGGCCAGGGGGACAAGGCAGAGGCAGACCUGAUGGCUGAGCUGCUUAACAUCCAAACCAAGAGCCAGGGGGGAAAGCAUGCGGCCGAGCCAGGUCUGGGGGACAUGGGUGAGGUGGUGGGGGUUGACGCCCCCUCUUUAGCCAGUGCCGUCAAGCAGAAGAAGGCCAAGGUCGGUAUCUGAAUCUCCUCAGAAAUAACACAUAUUCAGUCUUAUAAAAAUAGUAAUGGUUAUCUGUGUAAGAUCAGGCCUCUGUUAUGUAUAUGUCACCUAAUGGUAAGGUGUGAAAAUUAACUGUAGUUUAACCCAUUCUUCUCAAAAUGUGCCACAGAACAAAUUCUGUUUGGUGUAAAUGCAUCAAAUUUGGUGUCGAGACAGGCCACAUUGACAGUGUCAAUCAAAGUUGGGAUUUUGAGAAAAUGUGAAAAUCAUUAAAAUGACUAAAGCAUAUGUAUUUUGAAAUACAUUUCAGAAUUAAAUUGUUUAAGACCAUAUACAGUUGAAGUCGGAAGUUUACAUACACCUUAGCCAAAUACAUUUAAACUCAGUUUUUCACAAUUCCUGACAUUUAAUCCUAGUAAAAAUUCCCUGUCUUAGGUCAGUUAGGUUCACCACUUUAUUUUAAGAAUGUGAAAUGUCAGAAUAAUAGUAAAGAGAAUGAUUUAUUUCAGCUUUUAUUUCUUUCAUCACAUUCCCAGUGGGUCAGAAGUUUACAUACACUCAAUUAGUAUUUGGUAGCAUUGCCAUUCAAUUGUUUAACUUGGGUCAAACGUUUCAGUUAGCCUUCCACAAGCUUCCCACAAUAAGUUGGGUGAAUUUUGACUCAUUCCUCCUGACAGAGCUGGUGUACCUGAGUCAGGUUUGUAGGCCUCCUUGCUCGCACACGCUUUUUCAGUUCUGCCCACAAAUGCUCUAUAGGAUUGAGGUCAGGGCUUUGUGAUGGCCACUCCAAUACCUUGACUUUGUUGUCCUUAAGCCAUUUUGCCACAACUUUGGAAGUAUGCUUGGGGUCAUUGUCCAUUUGGAAGACCCAUUUGCGACCAAGCUUGAACUUCCUAAAUGAUGUCUUGAGAUGUUGCUUCAAAAUAUCCACAUCAUUUUCCUUCCUCAUGAUGCCAUCUAUUUUGUGAAGUGCACCAGUCCCUCCUGCAGCGAAGCACCCCCACAGCAUGAUGCUGCCACCCCAGUGCUUCACGGUUGGGAUGGUGUUCUUCUGCUUGCAAGCUUACCCCUUUUUCCUCCAAACAUAACAAUCGUCAUUAUGGCCAAACAGUUCUAUUUUUGUUUCAUCAGACCAGAGGACAUUUCUCCAAAAAGCUUUUUUAUGGCAGUUUUGGAGCAGUGGCUUCUUCCUUGCUGAGCGGCCUUUCAGGUUAUGUUGAUAUAGGACUCGUUUUACUGUGGAUAUAGAAAAAAAAAAAUAAUAUAUAUAUAUAUAUAUAUAUAUAUAUAUAUAUAUACAGUGAGGGAAAAAAGUAUUUGAUCCCCUGCUGAUUUUGUACGUUUGCCCACUGACAAAGACAUGAUCAGUCUAUAAUUUUAAUGGUAGGUUUAUUUGAACAGUGAGACACAGACUAACAACAAAAAAAUCCAGAAAAAUGCAUGUCAAAAAUGUUAUAAAUUGAUUUGCAUUUUAAUGAGGGAAAUAAGUAUUUGACCCCUUUGCAAAACAUGACUUAGUACUUGGUGGCAAAACCCUUGUUGGCAAUCACGGAGGUCAGACGUUUCUUGUAGUUGGCCACCAGGUUUGCACACAUCUCAGGAGGGAUUCUGUCCCACUCCUCUUUGCAGAUCUUCUCCAAGUCAUUAAGGUUUCGAGGCUGACGUUUUGCAACUCGAACCUUCAGCUCCCUCCACAGAUUUUCUAUGGGAUUAAGGUCUGGAGACUGGCUAGGCCACUCCAGGACCUUAAUGUGCUUCUUCUUGAGCCACUCCUUUGUUGCCUUGACCGUGUGUUUUGGGUCAUUGUCAUGCUGGAAUACCCAUCCACGACCCAUUUUCAAUGCCCUGGCUGAGGGAAGGAGGUUCUCACCCAAGAUUUGACGGUACAUGGCCCCAUCCAUAGUCCCUUUGAUGCGGUGAAGUUGUCCUGUCCCCUUAGCAGAAAAACACCCCCAAAGCAUAAUGUUUCCACCUCCAUGUUUGACGGUGGGGAUGGUGUUCUUGGGGUCAUAGGCAGAAUUCCUCCUCCUCCAAACACGGUGGCAGGUAGCUUAGUGGGUAAGAGCGUUGUGCCAGUAACCGAAAGGUCGCUGGUUCUAAUCCCCGAGCCGACUAGGUGAAAAAUCUGUCGAUGUGCCCUUGAGCAAGGCACUUAACCCUAAUUGCUCCUGUAAGUCGCUCUGGAUAAGAGCGUCUGCUAAAUGACAAAAAAAAUAAAAAAAAAUACCAAAGAGCUCGAUUUUGGUCUCAUCUGACCACAACACUUUCACACAGCUCUCCUCUGAAUCAUUCAGAUGUUCAUUGGCAAACUUCAGACGGGCCGGUAUAUGUGCUUUCUUGAGCAGGGGGACCUUGUGGGCGCUGCAGAAUUUCAGUCCUUCGCGGCGUAGUGUGUUACCAAUUGUUUUCUUUGUGACUAUGGUCCCAGCUGCCUUGAGAUCAUUGACAAGAUCCUCCCGUGUAGUUCUGGGCUGAUUCCUCACCGUUCUCAUGAUCAUUGCAACUACACGAGGUGACAUCUUGCAUGGAGCCCCAGGCCGAGGGAGAUUGACAGUUAUUUUGUGUUUCUUCCAUUUGCGAAUAAUCACACCAACUGUUGUCACCUUCUCACCAAGCUGCUUGGCGAUGGUCUUGUAGCCCAUUCCAGCCUUGUGUAGGUCUACAAUCUUGUCCCUGACAUCCUUGUAGAGCUCUUUGGUCUUGGCCAUGGUGGAGAGUUUGGAAUCUGAUUGAUUGAUUGCUUCUGUGGACAGAUGUCUUUUAUACAGGUAUCAAACUGAGAUUAGGAGCACUCCCUUUAAGAGUGUGCUUCUAAUCUCAGCUCGUUACCUGUAUAAAAGACACCUGGGAGCCAGAAAUCUUUCUGAUUGAGAGGGGGUCAAAUACUUAUUUCCCUCAUUAAAAUGCAAAUCAAUUAAUAACAUUUUUGACAUGCGUUUUUCUGGAUUUUUUUGUUGUUAUUCUGUCUCUCACUGUUCAAAUAUACCUACCAUUACAAUUAUAGACUGAUCAUUUAUUUGUCAGUGGGCAAACAUACAAAAUCAGCAGGGGAUCAAAUACUUUUUUCCCUCACUGUAUAUAUAUAUAUAUAUAUAGAAAAAUAAAUUUAAAAAAAUGAAUUAAAAAUAAUAAUAAUUGUAAAGUGGUUGUCCCACUAGCUAUCAUAAGGUGAAUGCACCAAUUUGUAAGUCGCUCUGGAUAAGAGCGUCUGCUAAAUGAUGUAAAUGUAAAUGUAAUACUUUUGUACCUGUUUCCUCCAGCAUCUUCACAAGGUCCUUUGCUGUUGUUCUGGGAUUGAUUUGCACUUUUCGCACCAAAGUAUGAUCAUUUCUAGGAGACAGAACGCGUCUCCUUUCUGAGCGGUAUGACGGCUGCGUGGUCCCAUGGUGUUUAUAUUUGCGUACUAUUGUUUGUACAGAUGAACGUGGUACCUUCAGGCGUUUGGAAAUUGCUCCCAAGGAUGAACCAGACUUGUGGAGGUCUACACAUUUUUUUCUGAGGUCUUGGCUGAUUUCUUUUGAUUUUCCCAUGAUGUCAAGCAAAUAGGCACUGAGUUUGAAGGUAGGCCUUGAAAUACAUCCACAGGUACACCUCCAAUUGACUCAAAUUAUGUAAAUUAGCCUAUCAGAAGCUUCUAAAGCCAUGACAUCAUUUUCUGGAAUUUUCCAAGCUGUUUAAAGGCACAGUCAACUUAGUGUAUGCAAACUUCUGACCCACUGGAAUUGUGAUACAGUGAAUUAUAAGUGAAAUAAUCUGUCUGUAAACAAUUGUUGGAAAAAUUACUUGUGUCAUGCACAAAGUAGAUGUCCUAACCGACUUGUCAAAACUAUAGUUUGUUAACAAGAAAUUUGUGGAGUGGUUGAAAAACUAGUUUUAAUGACUCCAAGUGUAUGUAAACUUCCGACUUCAACUGUAGUAUUGUUAUUUGACCUGUUCUAAGCCCAAAUAUGCCAAAUAUAUGAUUCAACUCAUUGUCGUUUGUGACAUACAGCCGUUUCUGUAUCACAUUAUAUUUAGUCUUUGGACACAUUGGGUUACAGUUUUUUACACAUUUAAUUAAUCAAGUCAUGUGAAUACAGGGAGUUCAGGUGGGCCUUCGCGCUUCAGAAAACAAAGGAAAGGAGGGGUCCUCAACAACAAUGACAACAAUCACGAAAAGGGAUUACCAAGAAAAACUUCCAAAAGGUCUAAUUCGAGGUAAAAAGGAGUUGGAACACAACACAAAAAGGAGUUCCCACAUAUGCUUAGCACUUGUUGGCUGCUUUUCCUUCACUCUGCCGUCCGACUCAUCCUAAACCAUCUCAAUUGGGUUAAGGUCGGGGGAUUGUGGAGGCCAUCUGAUGCGGCACUCCAUCACUCUCCUUCUUGGUAAAAUAGCCCUUACACAGCCUGGAGGUGUGUUGGGUCAUUGUCCUGUUGAAAAACAAAUGAUAGUCCCAAUAAGCCCAAACCAGAUGGGAUGGCGUUCGCUGCAGAAUGCUGUGGUACCCAUGCUGGUUAAGUGUGCUUUGAAUUCUAAAUAAAUCAGACAGUGUCAACAGCAAAGCACCCCCACACCAUAACACCUCCUCCUCCAUGCUUUACGGUGGGAACUACACAUGCGGAGAUCAUCCGUUCAACCACACCGCAUCUCACAAAGACACGGCGGUUGGAACCAAAAAUCUCCAAUUUGGACUCCAGACCAAAGGACAAAUUUCCACCUGUCUAAUGUCCAUUGCUCGUGUUUCUUGACUCAAGCAGGUCUCAUCUUCUUAUUGGUGUCCUUUAGUAGUGGUUUCUUUGCAGCAAUUCGACCAUGAAGGCCUGAUUCACACAGUUCCCUCUGAACAGUUGAUGUUGAGAUGUGUCUGUGACUUGAAUUCUGUGAAGCAUUUAUUUGGGCUGCAAUUUCUGAGGCUGGUAACUCUAAUAAACGUAUCCUCUGCAGCAGAGGUAACUGUGGGUCUUCCAUUCCUGUGGUGGUCCUCAUGAGAGCCAGUUUCAUCAUAGCACUUGAUUGUUUUUGCGACUUCACUUGAGGAAACUUUGAAAGUUCUUGAAAUGUUCCGUAUUGACUGACCUUCAUGUCUUAAAGUAAUGAUGGACUGUCGUUUCUCUUUGCUUAUUUGAGCUGUUCUUGCCAUAAUAUGGACUUGGUCUUUUACCAAAUAGGGCUGUCUUCUGUAUACCCCCCCCCCCCCCCCCCCCCCCAACAAAGGGUGGCUAUUUGUUUAACACUUUUUUGGUUACUACAUGAUUCCAUAUGUGUUAUUUCAUAGUUUUGAUGUCUUCACUAUUAUUCUACAAUGUAGAAAAUAGUAAAAAUAAAGAAAAACCCUUGAAGGAGUAGGUGUGUACAAACUUUUGACUGGUACUCUAUAAAUAUACCAAAAAUGAUUACGUUCUGAUCAUUUGGAACAUGUAUUCACAUUGCUUGAUUCAUGAAAUGUGCAAAAAACAGUAACCCCCAAAGACAAAAUAUAGUACAAUAUCAAACACUCACAUUGUAGACAAACGCUUUGGCCGAUUUUAAAACAUUUCUUCAGAUUUGUCCAUCAGUAUGCUCAGAGAAAAAGUGUACCAAAUGAUUUAUUUUUUCCCGUUAUGAACAUGAAUGGGUUAACCAGGAUUCCAUGUGUUUCUUGAAGGAGGCUGCGACUAAGGAGCCUGCCAACGGAGACCACAAAGUCGAGCCAGAGAAAGCAGAGUGAGAGGCCUCAUACAUUCUUGAUCCUUGAUGUGAUGUGAUGUGAUUGCACCUGAUUUGAUUCCCAGUGUGAACACAAUAUUCCCUACCCCAUUCAGCCGUAACAGCAUUUGUUUUGCUCCUGCUGGGAGCUGAACUGAUUUGGUGAGGGUGCUUGUUGUCUGUCGGUCUGUCUGUGCAUCACCCUGUUUGAUGGUGUAUGUUUGUGUCUACAGCCCAGAGGAUGGGGAGAAGAAGGACAAGGACAAAGCCAAAGAGGAGACUCCCCCAGAACCCCCACCGGAGGAGAAGAAGGCCCCCAAGAAGAGACCUGGACUGAAGAAAGAGCCCCCAGAGGCCUUCAUGGCCAGCUUCUUCUCUGGCCUGGACAUCUACCAGACCAAGAUGCUGGUGAAACCACACACUGAUGUUACACCCAUUCACAUCCUUUAGCCCUGUCAUCAGAAUAGCUCAUUAGUGUUUGAGGUGUUGCAUAUGACACAUCCUUGUCUAAUAUAUACUUGUAUGUGUUUUUCAGAACUAUCUGGCCAGAAACUUCUACAACCUGCGUUUCUUGGCAUUGUUCGUUGCAUUUGCCAUAAACUUUAUUCUGCUCUUCUACAAAGUAAGUCAAACCCUAUAUAAUCAAAUAGAGCACAGAGUUACUAUUGGGCUGUCAUGAAUAUAAACUGAGUGUGUAUUGUGUCAGGUGACUGGUGAUGACGGGGAUGACAAUGAUCCAGAUCCCUGGCAUGGAGGUGAAGCUACUGAUGAAGAGGAUGAUGAAAGUGGGAUGGAGUAUUUUGUCCUCCAGGAGAGCACAGGCUACAUGGCACCCACACUGCGCUUCCUGGCCAUACUACACACAGUCAUCUCUUUCCUGUGUGUGGUGGGAUACUACUACCUAAAGGUACAUUUAGCAAACAGACACACACAUACAGAUAACUAACUUAUAUGCACACAUACCAACAUAUUUAUAAUAUUCCUAGAUAAUGUAUUUUUCAACAUUAUAAUGGACUAGUAAUAAACACAACACCUGAGUGUGAUGAUAUUAUCUCCAGACAGUACCCUAUGGGGCUGUGAUCUAAUGUUCUGUCUGUGUGUCUGUCCGUGUCCCCAAGGUGCCUCUGGUGGUGUUCAAGAGAGAGAAGGAGAUCGCCAGGAAGCUGGAGUUUGACGGCCUCUACAUCACAGAGCAGCCGUCAGAUGAUGACAUCAAAGGACAGUGGGACCGCCUCGUCAUCAAUACCCCGUGAGUCAUAUAGAGCAUGGCUAUAAUCAUCACCGCAAACUAUAAUCAUCACCGCAAACUAUAAUCAUCACCGCAAACUUUAAUCAUCACCGCAAACUAUAAUCAUCACUAUUUUGGUAUUUGAAAGUAGUAUUCCGAUUGUGGAUUACUUGUUUAUACCAAGGUUUUUGUUUGUAACUCCCUGUCAUGUAACUUCUUCAUGUAAUAAUGAUAUUUUCCAUCCUCUUUUGUAUAGUUCCUUCCCUAAUAACUACUGGGACAAGUUUGUGAAACGCAAGGUAAGUAGACAGUUUUUAAUUCAUUCUUGGUGGAAUUUUAAUUAAUUAUUCACCAGAUCAAUAUGACUUGAGCAUGCACAUACUAUUUCUACUACUUACUCUGUUUCUCCUUGUUAUCUUGGCCUGCUGCUGUUAGGUGAUCAAUAAGUAUGGAGAUCUGUAUGGAGCAGAGAGGAUAGCAGAGCUUCUGGGGCUGGAUAAGAGUGCUCUGGACUUCAACCCCACAGAGGAGACGGUGGUGAAGGAGGCAUCGCUGGUGUCCUGGUGAGACCCUGGGAGAGUAGCCUAUAAUAUAGUUAUAGGGUUAGCAUACACAGAGUGAAGUCACAAACAAUACCAUUCACAUCAAUCCACCUCUUUUGACAGGUUGAGCUCUAUUGACACCAAGUACCAGUGCUGGAAAAUGGGUGUGGUGUUUACAGACAAUGUGAGUGUUCCACAUUUACAAAGAGCAUCAUUUGGUAUAUGAUAACACCACAUUAUUGUUGACAUGAUCUGACUGAUCUGUUUCUAUGUUGUGUGUCCCUGCAGUCGUUCCUGUACCUGGUGUGGUACACCACCAUGUCCAUCCUGGGUCACUACAACAACUUCUUCUUCGCUGCCCAUCUGCUGGACAUCGCCAUGGGCUUCAAGACCCUCCGGACCAUUCUGUCCUCGGUCACCCACAAUGGCAAACAGGUGGGUGCAGUUUGGCCACCAGGCGGCAGGGUUCAGUGUUGAGUCAGAGCUCUAGUUCUGCCUUGGUAUUAACCAUAGAGAUAAAGUACAUCACAGUGGUAGUAACCUGAGGUAUUCUCUGUCUCAGCUGGUUCUGACUGUAGGUCUCCUGGCGGUGGUGGUCUAUCUGUACACUGUGGUGGCCUUCAACUUCUUCCGCAAGUUCUACAACAAGAGUGAGGAUGACAACCAGCCCGACAUGAAGUGUGACGACAUGAUGACUGUGAGUCCUUGGAUUUUUCACUAACAUUAACAUUGAACAUUUAAGUCAUUUAGCAGACACUCUUAUCCAGAGCGACUUACAAAUUGGUGCAUUCAACUUAGGAUAGCCAGUGGGACAACCACAUCUUGAUCACAGUAAGUACACUUCUUCAAACAAGCAGCUGUGAGCAAAGUCAGUGCAAUCAGGGACAACUACAUCUCGAUCACAAUAAGUACAUUUCUUUAAACAAGUCAGUGCUAGCAGGUGAAAUAAGUCAGGUGUUAGUUUAGACAAAAGACAGUGGUAGUAAAGGGGGGGUAGAAGGAUUACUAUUAUACUAUUCCAGGUAUUCCUUAAAGAGGUAGGGUUUCAAGUGUCUCCGGGAGGUGGUCAGUGACUCCACUGUCCUGGCGUCGUGGGGGAGCACCAUUGGGGUGCCAGAGCAGCGAAUAGCUUUGACUGGGCUGAGCGGGAACUGUGCUUCGUUAGAGGUAGGGGGGCUAGCAGGCCAGAGGUGGAUGAACGUAGUGCCCUCGUUUGGGUGUAGGUUCUGAUCAGAGCCUGAAGGUAAGGAGGUGCCGUUCCCCUCACAGCUCCGUAGGCAAGCACCAUGGUUUUGUAGUAGAUGCGAGCUUCAACUGGAAGCCAGUGGAGUGUGCGGAGGAGCGGGGUGACGUGAGAGAACUUGGGAAGGUUGAACACCAGACGGGCUGCAGCGUUCUGGAUAAGUUGCAGGGGUUUAAUGGCACAGGCAGGGAGCCCAGCCAACAGCGAGUUGCAGUAAUCCAGACGGGAGAUGACAAGUGCCUGGAUUAGGACCUGUGCCGCUUUCUGUGUAAGGUAAGGUCGUACUCUGCGAAUGUUGUAGAGCAUGAACCUGCAGGAUCGGGUCACCGCUUUGAUGUUAGCAGAGAAUGACAGGGUGUUGUCCAGGGUUACGCCAUAACAUCAUAAUGUAGAGAUAAAAAAUUUUAUAAAUAGAUUAAACACCAGCCCAGUUUUCAACAAUAUUGAAAUGAAGGCCUAACCAUCCUGUUUGGUGCCUUUUGAGUGGAUCUAUUCUAUAUCCAUCUAGCCUCUCACUCUCUAUCUCACCUUCUCUCUGACUCUCUCUCCUCCAUCAGUGCUACCUGUUCCACAUGUACGUUGGUGUGAGGGCAGGGGGUGGCAUCGGCGAUGAGAUCGAGGACCCUGCGGGCGACCCGUACGAGCUCUACCGCAUCCUCUUCGACAUCACCUUCUUCUUCUUCGUCAUCGUCAUCCUGCUGGCCAUCAUCCAGGGUACGUACUGUACUGGUCUGGGUCACAGGAGGCAGUAUCAGGGACAGCGAGGGGGACCAGGGUGAGACCCAGCAGGGUCAAAGUCACUCUGGCUCCCUGGUGUCAAAGUCACCCUGCUCCCUGUGGGCUGGAAGGGGCCACAGAGAGAGACCCACAGCUCAGUAUGUCUGUCUGUCUACACCAGUCUCCACCAGGCCCUGACAGACAGACAGACUCCCUCCUACAGAGUAAUGUUUCUCUCACAGUCAGAAAGCCUCAAACUUUCCAAUGGUUUUUCCACCUCUCAAACAGAGACAAUCAGUCAGCCUCAUGUCUCUCCCACAGACACUCAAACUGACUGCUCACCUCACAGUAAGUCCAGAACACAUAGACAGAUAGAGACACAGAUGUAGCCUGUACCCUAAAACAGAGUAAUGCUGCUUCCCGUAGUCAGACGCGGUUCAGCCAUUAAAUAUUUUACACUGCAAUACAAAAAGCUGGGGGGAAGGAGAAUUGUGUUAAAUUGCCCUGUCCAUAAAGAGACAUCCUCACUGUUGGUUGUGUGGCUGCAGGUCUGAUCAUUGACGCUUUUGGAGAGCUGAGAGACCAACAGGAACAAGUGAAAGAGGAUAUGGAGGUGAGAGACUUUCGUUUACAUUCAUCUGUAGUGCAGGUCAACAGAAGACAAUGUUUGAAUAUUUUGUCUUUUUUUCUCCUCAGACCAAAUGUUUCAUCUGUGGCAUCGGUAAUGACUACUUUGACACGACGCCUCACGGCUUUGAGACACACACCUUACAAGAGCACAACUUGGCCAACUACCUGUGAGUAUCCCUCUGUAUCUAGACUGAAUGUAACCCAGCACUUAAAAGCUAAACUUUUUUGUCUCUGAAGUAUCAAUUAGCCGACAGGUCUUUCGUCUUCCUGCAUCUUUAUACCAACUUGUUUAUUAUUAAGUCAUCUGAUUGAUGGCUUUUACACAAUAGUAGAUGGUAUCUAUGGCCAAGUUAAAAAUACCAGUAGUGCCCCGCAGUGCCAGCCUCCUUCCCCCCUCUAUAAGCUCAGUGCUCAUCUAUUGUUUAUCUCUGCUGGCUAGCUGGACAAUAGGAAGCCAUGUGGUCUUAAUCUGCCCACUCAGUCAACUGGAGGAGGAUAUGACGCUAACCUUAUUAGCUCAUGCUGUUUAGGUUGGUUGGAAAAUAGGUGUGUGAUAUCACCUUAUGCAUCAUACAUUUUUAUUUAUUGUGCAGUGGUACACAGACUCAGUACUCUGAUUGUUGUUCUAUGGUUGAGGAUAAGACACAUGUAUGAUUGAUAAGAUCAUCAAGGACUAUAACAUUAUGCUUGAAUGAGACGUUAAUUUCCUCCUGCUGUAGCCAUUUGUAGUUGUGAAAAGGUCAUUUGUAGUUGUGAAAAGGUCAGUUGUAGUUGUGAAAUGGUCAGUUGCUCUUUGAGAUGUUGAAUGAUACAAGUGAACCUUGACCAUGGAUUAAGUGGUCAUUUUCAUGUCUUGCCAAUUUGACUUGACAGGUUUUUCCUGAUGUACCUUAUCAACAAAGAUGAGACAGAACACACUGGUCAGGUAUGGAGCUUGUCACCCUUUUGACCCCUUUGUCCUGUGAAAAUGUUGUCAUUUCAGGAACCAAAGUUUACUGUGACUCACCAGUUUUUAGGCUGGGCUCAUUCGCUGCUAUAGAUUGACCAGUCUUUUUGUCUGUCUACUUCCUCCAGGAGUCAUACGUGUGGAAGAUGUACCAGGAGAGGCUCUGGGACUUUUUCCCUGCUGGAGACUGUUUCAGAAAGCAGUAUGAGGAUCAGCUUGGA